GCCCUCCUGAGCAGUUGGAGCAUUCCCAGCCUCGCCUCGGGUGGAGGGAUUGCGAGGAGGGAAAGCAAAACUACACGGCCACUCUCUGUGUAGUUUUGUUUUUGUCAGGGAAUAUUUCGAGGCUCGACCGUUCUCACCUUGGAUUUUUCUGCACAAACCGUUCUGGAUAAGGGGGCUGCUGCCCGUUAGUCAGUCGGGCUCCGUCCCAUCACUUCCAGGCACUCUUGUGGAAACAAGGUGCCGAACACCAUGUCAACACAAGCGCCAACGUUCACACAGCCGCUACAGAGCGUCGUGGCACUGGAGGGUAGUGCCGCCACGUUCGAGGCUCAAGUUAGUGGUUCUCCAGUUCCUGAGGUGAGCUGGUUCCGUGAUGGCCAGGUUCUUUCCGCCGCAGCUCUGCCAGGCGUUCAGAUCUCGUUCAGCGAUGGCCGCGCUGUUCUGAGGAUCCCCGCUGUGACCGCCGCACACAGCGGACGCUUUUCUGUCAGAGCCACCAACGGCGCUGGACAAGCCACGAGCACCGCUGAGCUCCUCGUUACAGCGGAGACGGCGCCUCCCACCUUCCUUCAGAGGCUGCAGACCUCCUCAGUGAGGCAGGGCAGCCAGGUGAGGCUGAAUGUCAGAGUCACCGGUAUCCCCACACCUGUAGUGAAGUUCUACAGGGAGGGAGCUGAGAUCCAGAGCUCUGCCGACUUUCAGAUCCUGCAGGAUGGCGACUUAUACAGUCUGCUGAUCGCUGAAGCCUUCCCAGAGGACUCUGGGACGUAUUCGGCGACAGCCACCAACAGCAGUGGACGGGCCACGUCCACCUGCGAGCUGCUGGUUCAAGGUGAAGAACCGGUUCCAGCAAAGAAAACUAAGACCGUGAUUUCAGCCUCUCAGAUUUCACAGACCAGAAUCACAAGAGUGGAAAUGGGACGCCAGUUCAUCGGAUCACAGAAAAUGGAGGUCGAGCUGACUCAGACACUUGGUCACAAGACUCCACCCAGAGUCCCACCCAAACCUUCGUCAAAGUCUCCCACCCAGCCCUCGCUGGUCUACAAGGUGACCGGAGGGCGCCAACAGUCUCCAUCACCUGUCAGACACGUGAAGGCGCCCACGCCCACACCUGUCAGGCCGGUGAAGUCUCCCGUCACCACAAGGAAGCAGCCUGCUCCCACCACUGAAGUCCCCCCGCCGUGGAAACGGGGAGAUGAUGGGAAAGCAGUGCAUCAACCAAUCACAGAGCCCAAAGAGGCUGAGGGAGGGAUAAGAGCCGGGGCGGUGGCCAAAGUGGUGGCCGCCGUUGACCUGGCUCGUGUCCGCCUGCCCGCGCAUGUCGAGGGCGGUCGAGCUGAAGAGGUGGAUACUGUAGAGGCAGAAAUGAGGCAACAGACAGUUGCUGUGGCUGCCGAUCAGCAGUAUCAAAUUGGGUGGACGUCAACGAGAAUGCAGGCUGGUCAAAUGCUCACUGCUGCUCAGGAGUUCACAUCUGACCUGCAGCAUCAGAUUCAGAGAGGAGCAGAAAUCUCCUACGAUGUGGACACUGGUCUCUCUCCAUCUCCAGUUCCACAUUUCACGGUCUCUAAAGUUUCUGUCCCCAAACCAGAGUCUGUUGGGGAGGUGUCCAUCGCCGGCUCGGCUAUCGCCACUCUGCAGAAAGAGUUAUCCUCGUCCUCUUCUAGAAAGAUCAUCAAACCAGUCAAGUCUCCCAGUCCGUCUCUUAAAGUGGUUAAGACCAGUGAGACGCUGGAGUACGUCCCACCGCCUUUCAAAGAGUCCUCUGAGAAAUACCACUCCGGCACCCAGAUUCAGACGGGGGUGGUACACAUGGUGGGCAUGGACAGAGUCUAUGAGGACUGGAGAGCCAAGGGGCCCGAGGCAGCAGCUGUACCGUCUGCAGGUGGCGCUGUUGUCCCACCCACACUAGUCUCUGGCUUGAAAAACACAAACGUGACCGAGGGCGAGUCGGUGACUCUGGAGUGUCAGAUCAGCGGCCAGCCCACCCCCGUUAUAAUGUGGUUCAGGGAGGACUACAAGAUCGAGAGCUCCAUCGAUUUCCAGAUCAGCUACGAGAGCGGAUUCGCUCGGCUGGUGAUACGCGAGGCUUUUGCUGAAGACAGCGGACGGUUUACGUGCACCGCCACCAACGAGGCUGGAACCAUCAGCACCUCCUGCUACCUGCUCGUCCAGGUGUCUGAGGACAUCGAGAGCAGGCAGGAGAUGGUUUCCAUCGAAACUGCUCAGACACAAGUUACAGUAGAAGUUAAAGAAGAGACCAUGUCCGAAGUGAGCGCGGCGGAGUCAGAUGCCCCUCCUGCUGCUCCCUUCUUCAUUAAGACUCCCAGUGUCCAGAAGCUGGUGGAAGGAGGGAGCGUCGUGUUUCAGUGUCAGGUGGGCGGAAGCCCCAAGCCUCACAUUGUCUGGAAGAAGAGCGGAGUGGCGCUCACCACCGGAUACAGGUAUAAAGUUGCCUACAAGAAGGAGACUGGAGAGUGCAGACUGGAGAUCUCGAUGACCUUCGCAGACGAUGCUGGAGAAUAUUCUGUCUUUGCCAAGAAUCAGCAUGGAGAAGUCUCAGCCUCCACGAAUCUUCUGGAGGAAGAGGAAUAUGAAGUCUACAUGAAGAAACAGGAAGUGAUUGCUCCGGUGCAGGAGCCCAAACCUGGAGACAUUCCCUCCAUCACUGUGGAUACGAUGACCACCAUCAUCUCUGGACAGGAAUUCCAUUUGUCCGCCAUGGAGCUGAGGAUUAUCCAGGAGAUCGAGUUCUCCAUCAUGAAGAUCACCUACAGAGAGAUUGUAAGCGAGGACGGAGAGUUGAUGGUGACCGCCACUGCCACCGAGGCGGCGCAGCCGGCCUUCGACACGCCGGUCAAAAACUAUAGGAUCAUGGAGGGAAUGAGCGUCACCUUCCACUGCAAGAUGUCGGGAAUGCCGCUCCCCAAGAUCGCUUGGUUUAAAAACGGCCAGCGCAUCAGGCCGGGUGACCAGUACCAGAUGGAGGUUCUCCAGGACGGACGAGCCAGCCUCCGGCUAUCUAUGGUGCGAGCAGAAGACGAAGGCGUCUACACGGCCUUCGCCACCAACAUGAAGGGGAACGCUGUCUGUUCAGGGAAGCUUUACGUGGAGUCAGCCGCAGCUGCUCCUCAAAGAUACACACCACAGCCGGCAAUGCAGAGGAUUAGAUCCACGUCUCCUCGUUCUCUGAGCCGCUCUCCUGGACGUUCUUCCAGCCGUUCACCCAGCCGGUCACCCGGACGCUCUCCCGCUCGUCGACUUGAUGAGACCGACGAAGCGCAGCUGGAAAGACUUUACAAGCCAGUAUUUGUCAUGAAACCUACUGCGUGUAAAUGCUCUGAGGGACAAACGGCUAGAUUCGACCUGAAGGUCGUUGGCCGACCGAUGCCUGACACUUACUGGUUCCACAACGGACAACAAAUCGUUAGUGACCACACCCAUAAAAUCGUGGUUAAGGAGGAUGGGACUCUGUCCCUGAUCAUCGUCCCAGCCAUGCCCCAUGACUCCGGAGAAUGGACGGUGGUGGCUCAGAACAGAGCCGGGCGUUCAUCCAUCUCCGUUACCUUGACAGUGGAUGCUAAGGAAACCUUGGUGCGUCCGCAGUUUACAGAGAAACUGAGGAACAUCAGCGUGAAGGAGGGUACUCUGGUUGAACUGGCUGUGAAAGCUAUUGGAAACCCACUGCCUGACAUCGUCUGGCUGAAAAACAGCGACAUCAUCAGCCCACACAAGCACCCAAACAUCAAGAUUGAAGGAACCAAAGGAGAGGCCAAAUUCCAGAUCCCAUCAGCCGGUGGCUCAGACAGCGCCUGGUAUACCGCCACAGCCAUCAACAGGGCCGGCAGAGACACCACCCGCUGCAGAGUCAAUGUGGAGGUGGAAUAUGUUGAGCCUGAACCAGAGAGGAAGCUCAUUAUUCCCAAAGGAACCUACAAAGCCAAAGACAUCAGCCCUCCUGAGCUAGAGCCUCUGCACCUGCGUUAUGGCCAGGAGCAGUGGGAGGAAGGCGACCUUUAUGACAAAGAGAAGCAACAGAAACCGGUGUUUAAGAAGAAGCUCACAUCUGUCCGCAUGAAGCGUUUCGGUCCUGCUCACUUUGAGUGCCGGCUGACUCCCAUUGGAGACCCCAACAUGGUGGUGGAGUGGCUGCAUGACGGCAAGCCUCUGGCUGCUGCCAACAGGCUCCGUAUGGUCAAUGAGUUUGGCUACUGCAGCCUGGACUAUGAGGUUGCUUAUGCCAGAGACAGCGGUGUGAUCACCUGCAGAGCCUCCAACAAGUUUGGAGUCGACCAGAACUCGGCCACCCUGAUCGUCAAGGACGAGAAGGGCCUCGUUGAGGAGUCCCAGCUGCCCGAAGGCAGGAAGGGAGUUCAGCGAAUCGAUGAGAUGGAACGGCAGGCUCAUGAAGGUGGACCUUAUGGAGUAACUGCUGAGGAAGAAACUGAGAAAAUGAAACCCGAGAUCGUCCUGCUUCCCGAACCGGCGAGGGUGCUGGAAGGUGACACAGCCCGGUUCCGCUGCAGAGUGACCGGCUACCCAGCUCCAAAGGUCAACUGGUACCUCAACGGACAACUCAUCCGCAAAAGCAAGAGGUACAGACUCCGCUAUGAUGGUAUUUACUACCUGGAGAUCACAGAAAUCAAGUCCUAUGAUUCAGGAGAGGUUAAGGUUAUAGCAGAUAACAACCUGGGUUCAGCUGAACACACCGUGAAGCUGGAGAUCCAGCAGAAAGAGGACUUCAGAACCCACCUGCGCCACGCUGCCGAGCCUAAACCAGGGGACGUUCCUUCUGAGUCGGGGAAAGUAUCAUUUGAGGUGGUGAAGGCCGAGCAAACAGCCGAGGACUCCCAGCUUAAGGAGGUGGUCAAGCUUAAGAAGGCCCAAAGAAUUGUCCAUGAGAAGUCCGUAGAGGAGUCCGAGGAGCUGAGGAGCAAAUUCAAGCGCAGGACAGAGGAGGGCUAUUACGAGUCCAUCACUGCUGUUGAGCUCAAGUCCCGUAAGAGAGAUGAUUCUUAUGAAGAUCUGCUAAAAAAGACAAAGGAGGAGCUGCUCCACCGUGCCAAGGAGAAGGAGGAGGCUGAGAAGAAGAAGGAGGAGGAGCGCCUCAAAGUUACUGCGAAACCUCUGAAACCAGAAAGGAUCAAGCUCUCAGCCAGCAUGGAAGCUCCUAAGAUCCUGGAGCGAAUCACUAGCCAGACUGUUGCCCUGGGAGAUGAGGUCAAAUUCAGAGUCAGAGUCGUUGGUAGGCCGGAUCCUGAGUGCCAGUGGUUCAAGAACGGUGUUCAGCUGGAGAAGUCCGACCGUGUUUACUGGUACUGGCCUGAAGACCAUGUGUGUGAACUGGUGAUCAGAAACGUCUCCGUUGAGGACUCAGCCAGCAUCAUGGUUAAGGCGACCAGCAAGGCUGGAGAGACAUCCAGCCACGCUUUCCUGCUGGUGCAAGCAAAACAAGUCAUCACCUUUACACAGAAGCUGGAGGAGGUGAAUGGCAAGGAGAAAGACACGAUGGCAACCUUUGAGUGUGAAACCAACGAACCAUUUGUGAAGGUCAAGUGGCUCAAGGAUAACAUGGAGAUCUUCUCCGGAGACAAAUACAGGAUGCACUCUGACAGAAAGGUCCACUUCCUGUCUGUGCUGAUGCUGGAAAUGAGGGACAACGCAGAAUAUUCCUGCGUGGUUAUAGAUGACGAGAGUGUCAGGACCAGCGCCAUGCUCGUUGUUGAAGGAGCCCCUCUGGAGAUGCUGAAGCAGCUGGAGAACGCUGAGGUGCCUGAGACCUACUCUGGAGAGUUUGAAUGCGUUGUGAACCGUGAAGAUGCUGAAGGCAGCUGGUUCUUUGAGGGCAAGCUUCUGUCUCCCAGCAGUAAAUAUGUCAUGUCCUCCCGUCGUGGAAGACACAGCCUGUCCGUGAGAGAUGUCAAGAAGGAGGACCAGGGCAAAUAUACCUUCAAGGUUGGCGAAUUCACUUCAACCGCCUCGCUAAAGAUGAAACUGCGUCCUGUGACCAUGGUCCAGCCUUUAACGGACCUUACGAUUUGUGAGGGUGAUAUUGCUCAGCUGGAGGUAAAGUUCUCCCAGGAAAACGUUGAGGGCAGCUGGCAGAAGAACGGACAACAACUUACAGCUUCUGAACGUGUGCACAUUGUUAUCGAUAAACAAGUCCACAAACUCCUGAUUGAAGAUGCCACCAAGGACGACUUCGGAUCGUAUUCCUUUGUGGUACCUGAUCAUGACAUUACAACCUCUGCAAAGCUGAUCAUUCGCAGUAUUGGCAUCCUUGUUCCACUGAAGGAUGCCUCUGCUAUUGAAGGCACCAAGGCUGUCCUGGAGGCUAAGAUCUCUGCUCAGGACGUUAGCACCGUCAAGUGGUACCACAAUGACAAACUGUUGGCGCCCAGCGACCGGGUCAGCAUGGUGGCAAAGGGAGCCAAGCAGCGUCUGGUUUUCACCAGGACCUACGCUUCUGACGAGGGUCACUACAAGAUGGUUGUCGGCCGAGUGGACAGCAGCUGCAAAUUCACCGUUGAGCCUGUGCAGAUCCUGAAGCCAAUGCAUGACAUGGAGUGCUCUGAAUCAGAGAACGUCGCCUUCGAAGUUGAGGUUUCCCACCCAGGCAUCGACCCCUACUGGACCUUCAAGGACCAGCCGCUCAAAGCCAGCGCCAAGCACAAGAUGGAGACCAAGAAUAAGCGCCACACCCUGACAGUCAUCAACGCAAUGAAAGACGAAGAGGGCGAGUACAUGUUCGCUGCUGGUGAGAAGACGUGCAGAGCGUCGCUCACCGUAACAGGUGGCGCCAUCAAGAAGCCUUUAAGGGAUCUGGUCGUAGCCGACUCCCAGACUGCAGUGCUGGAGUGCCAGGUAGCAAAUCCAUCAGCUGAAGGAAAGUGGCUGAAGGACGGACAGCUGGUCGACUACAGUGAGAACGUGCUGAGUGAGGUGGACGGAGCUGUGAGACGGCUUGUUAUCGUUAUCACCAAAGCCACCGACGUUGGAGAAUACACCUACCAAGUGGCCACCUCCAAGACCACUGCCAAUCUGAAGGUUGAAGCUGUGAAGAUCAAGAAGACCCUGAAGAACCUGAACGUGGUGGAGACUCAGGAGGCCGUGUUCAGCCUGGAGCUGACCCACGAGAACGUCAGGGGUGUGCAGUGGAUCAAGAACGGCAUCGAGAUCCAGCCCAGCGAUAAAUUUGAGAUCAGUAUGGAGGGCAUGGUUCACACCUUGAAGAUCAAGAACUGCUCCACACAAGACGAGUCUGUUUACUCCUUCAAACUGGGAAAGCUGUCUGCAAACGCCAGACUCAAUGUUGAAACCAUUAAGAUCCUGAAGAAGCCAAAGGAUGUAACAUCACUGCUGGGAGCAACAGCUAUGUUUGAAGUGGGCAUCUCUGAAGACAACAUCCCAGUGAAAUGGAUGUUCAAGAACACGGAGCUGAAGUCUAACGAGCACUACACCAUACUUUCUGAGAAAAGGACCCACAAAUUAAUCAUCCAGAACGUUGAUAACAGCAAGGAGGGAGAGUACACUCUGCUGGUUGGUCAUCUGCAGUGCAGUGCUCACCUGACUGUCGAGUCUCUGCGAGUUACCAGACCCAUGAAGAACGCGGAGGUCCCAGAGACUCAGGUGGCCACCUUCGAGUGUGAAGUUUCUCACUUCAGCGUCCCUUCCACCUGGCUAAAGAACGGCGUGGAGCUCGAGAUGAGCGAGAAGUUCAGGAUCGUGGUUCAAGGGAGACUCCACCAGCUGAAGAUCAUGAACACCAGCAGGGACGACUCUGCAGAGUACACCUUCGUCUGCGGGAACGACCGCGUGUCAGCGACACUUACCGUCAACCCUAUUCUGAUCUCAACGAUGCUGGAGGACCUGAACGCUCAGGAGAAAGACACUGUCACGUUUGAGGUGAACGUCAACUACGAGGGAAUCACCUACAAAUGGCUGAAGAACGGCGUGGAGAUUAAGUCCACAGACAGAUGCCAGGCUCGCUGCAAGCAGCUGACGCACACUCUGAGCCUCAGGAACGUCCACUUUGGAGAUAGCGCCGAGUACACCUUCAUGGCCGGGUCGGCAACCACCACAGCCAAACUUUACGUGGAGGCUCGUGUGAUUGAAUUCACUAAACACCUGAAGGACCUGAAGAUCACGGAGAAGAAGAGGGCGACCUUUGAGUGUGAGGUUUCUGAGCCGAACGUCCAGGUGAUGUGGAUGAAGGACGGCCAGGAGCUGGAGAUGUCUGAGAGGUUCAAAAUGAGCUCAGACAACUUUGUGCACCGUCUGGUUCUGCCGUCGGUCCGCAUGUCUGAUGCCGGCGAGUACACGGCUGUUGCCGGGUCGAGCAUGUCUGUUGGACACCUGGCAGUCGAGGGACGAGAUGUUAGAAUCUCCGAGCCUGAAAGCAGAGAAAUCACAGUGGUGGAGAAACAAAGAGCGACCUUUGAGUUUGAGGUAAACGAGGAUGAGGUGGAGGGUCACUGGUUGAGGAACGGAGUGGAGAUCCACUUCUCAGAGGAAGAGCGGUUCACCUACGCCACCAUCAGGAAGCUGCACCGCCUCACUAUCUCAGAGACGUACAGGAGCGAUGCCGGAGAGUACACCUUCAUCGCCGGCAAAAACCGCAGCACCAUGAACCUUCAUGUCAGACUGCCAGAGCCGCCCCAGAUCAUCCGCCACAUGGAGCACCAAACAGUGAUGUCGGGUCGGUUGGUGCGUUUCUCGGUCCAGGCCAGCGGCCUCCCUCGACCUCAGAUGUCCUGGUACAAAGACUCCCAGCUCCUGACCACCAGCUACAAAUGCAAGUUCCUCCACGACGGAGAUGAGCACACGCUACUUCUGCUCGAGGUCUUCCCAGAAGAUGCCGCCACCUACAGCUGCGAGGCCAAGAACGACUUCGGAGAAGCCACAAGCUCCGCCACUCUCACCGUGGAAGUUCCCGAGGUGGUUGAGACCGUUCACAUCUCUCCUCCGGUUCUGAUCACUCCCAUGCGGGACGUUCUGGUCUCAGAGGGAAAUCCGGCCCAGCUGAAGUGCACCAUCUCUGGGGAAGAUCUGCAGAUUUCUUGGUUCUAUAAUGACAAAGAGAUCCGACAGUCUGACAUCUUCAGGAUGUCUCAUUUGGAUGAAACCUGCCUGCUGGAGAUUUCCAGAGUCAUCCCUUCACAUGAGGGAGAGUAUUCAUGCAUUGCCACAAACUCGGCAGGAAUGGUCACAUGUUCUGCCACGCUGAACCUUGACGAUGAAAAAGCCUUAGCUAGUGUGUCGAGCUAUGAGACUAAAAUAACUCAGAGACUGGAGGCUGAGACGGAGAGUUUCACCUCUCUGUCGGUGGGUCAGUCAGCCCACAGUUUUGAGUUUUCGGAGACGGUCUCUGAAGCUUCGUCCAUGUCCUUGAGGACGUUUGAGGUUCAGAUGGAGAGCGUAACCUCAGUGGAGACGAGCUCUCACAGCAGCUUUGAUUCGAAGCUCUCGGCCAGCCCCCAGCUGCUGAUGGAAAUGAGCGACAUCAGAGUGAAAAGUGGUGAGAUGGCUGAGUUCAGCUGCUCCUUCGAUGGGCAGCCCUUCUCAGGAGUGGUCUGGGAUCAUAACGGUCAGACAUUGCUGGACACGGAGCGGGUAAGGAGCUCUCGGAGCGGGGGCCUGUUGUCUCUGGUCAUCCACAGUGUCGACGUGGCCGACCAGGGACUGUACCGCUGCACAGCCACCAACCAGCACGGUCAGAACAGUUCUUCUGCCAGGCUCACUGUUGAAGCCAAAGAAGCAAACCUCAAAGCAGAGACCCCCAUCCCCACCGAUUCUGUCCGUAAAGUGUCUCAAACAGAACGAGAGAGCUCUAGAGACCUCUCUGAGCAAGAGAAGCAGGAGUCAAAGAAGAAGCUCGGAUCUUUGCCCAAAUCUUCCCAGAGACCGUACCACCUCAUCAGCCAGUUGUAUUUCCCGGAUGUCGUGCCUCACGAUGAGCGCAGUCACCGCCUCUCCUACAGCCCGGAGUUUCUGAUCAAACUCCCGCCUGAGCUGCUGAUCAGAAACAAAGACAGCGACUCCCUGUACUGCAUUAUGAAGGGGCUUCCCCCCUCGUUUGUCACUUGGCUUUACAACCGUCUGAAUGUCAAGGAUGCCGUUUGGUACACUCUGAAACAAGACAGCCCUCUUUGCUGUUUAAAUGUUGAUAAUGCGGGAGCCAGACCGGGGGGCUCGUACACUUUCAAAAAUCUAACGUCAGCUGGAGAUGCUGAGUGCAGCACAGUGAUGAAAGUAACUGCAGUGGAGAAGGAACCGGCGGUUAAGCAGGAAGUCAAAGUGAAACCUGUGUUUAAACACAGAAUUGUCCCGCUGGAGAUCAACAUCGGCUCUACUGCCAGAUUUGAAUGCGAUACAGAGGAUGCUCCUAAUGUGAACUUCAAGUGGUUCAAAGAUGGGCACCCCAUCAAAGAGGGGGAUAAAUACAGGAUAAUCAGUCGCUUCGCUGCAUCCUCUCUGGAGGUUCUGAGCCCAACCAAGGAUGACAGUGGAGAGUAUACCUGCAAGGCAUCCAACCAGCAUGGCAGUGACGAAUGCUCUGCUUCUCUCAAUGUGACAGAGAAAUUUCCUCCAGUGUUCCAAACUAAACCUGACAGCCAGACUGUGUAUGUUGGAAAGAGGGCACUGAUACAGUGUGUAAUAGCGGGAUCCGCUCCUCUAAAUGUUGUGUGGCUUAAAGACCACCAGGCUGUGCCCUCAGUGCCAGAACACUACCAGGUGUCUUGUGAAAAGAAUAAGCACACUCUUGAGCUCAAAAAGGUUGAAGCAGCGGACCAGGGGCUGUAUGUGUGCAGGGCGUCUAAUGAUGUUGGGAUGGCUGAGUGCAGCAUGGAGCUGCGGGUUGUUGAUAAGCCCAACUUUGUAAAGCCCCUGGGUCCAGUCGCUGCCGUGGUUGGAGCUCCUCUUCACCUGGAGUGUCAGGUGGACGAGGACACAGGAGUAACCGUCACCUGGACCAGAGAUGGUCGGAAAGUCCACCAGUCUCCGGACUGUAAACUGUCUUUUGAGGAUAAGACAGUAAAUCUUGAUAUCCUAAAAACCACACUGAAAGAUUGUGGGAAUUAUGUGUGUACGGUGGCAAAUGAAGCUGGAAGUGCCUCUUGCUCCACUUCUGUGAAAGUACAAGAGCCGCCAGUCUUUGUAAAAAGGCUGGAAGCCACGACGGUUUGGAAGCAAGGCAGCACCUCUCGGCUGCAGUGUGCAGUCACUGGAUCCCCCGAGCUGCACGCCACCUGGUUCUUCAAUAACAAUGAGCUGCCCGCUGCAGGCAGAUACACCGCCACUUUUAAAGACAGCGUCGCCACUCUUGAGAUAAGCAACGUCACGUUGAGUGACGCCGGAAACUACAGCUGUGAAGUUCUGAACGAGUCGGGCUGUGAGAGCUGCAGCACCAAAGUGACAGUCAAAGAGCCUCCAUCGUUCAUUAAGGACGUGCCCUCCCUAGAGGCAGUGAGAGGAUCGAUAGCUGUGCUGGAGUAUGAGAUAGCAGGUUCUGCACCGUUUGAAGUGACGUGGAAAAAGAACAAGAAACGUUUGACAUCAGACAAAAAACACAGGGUAGUGUCCCAGGGAUCCCUGACCUCUCUGGAGAUCCACUCAUUCGAGACGGCUGAUGCCGGCGAAUACGAAUGUGUUGUCUCAAAUGAGGUCGGCUCAGUGACCUCUAAGUCAGUGGUUAAACAAAAAGAGCCGCCUGUGUUCUCAAAGAGGAUUGAGAGCUCUACAGUAGUGUUGGGAAAUGUAGCGAAGCUUCAAGGAGUCGUGAAGGGCUCGGCUCCCAUCUCCAUUAAGUGGUUGAAAGACUCUAAGAUGCUAAUAGAUGAUGAUUCCAGUGUCACAACGUCAUUUGAGAACAAUGUUCCCUGUAUUUCCUUCAUCGCUGCUGAUAUCAAACAUGGCGGCAAGUACACUUGCAUUGCCGAAAAUGAGGCAGGCCAGCAGAAAUGUGAAGCUGUUCUCACCAUUCAAGAACCGGCCAAGAUCAUAGAGAAAGCAGCAUCCAUCAGUGUUACAGUCGGUGAGUCCGCCACGGUUGAGUGCACCAUCUCUGGGAGCCCUGAGCUCAAAAUCAGGUGGUUCAAAGAUGGCAAGGAGAUGAUCAGUGGUCGUAAAUAUAAGAUGACUGUGAAGAACAACACCGCUGCCCUAAAGAUACUUUCAGCAGAUAAAGGAGACACUUCAGAGUACAAGAUGGAGGUCUCCAAUAAAGUGGGAAAAGACGAGUGCACAUGCUCCGUCACGGUUAUAGAUCGUGCGGUUCCGCCAUCCUUCACUAAAACACUAAAGAAAAUGGAUGGAAGUAUUGGUAGCAAUGUUACCUUGGAGUGCAGAGUUGCUGGAUCACAGCCAAUGGUUGUUUCUUGGUUCAAGGAUGACAAAGAAAUCCAUAGUGAUGCUAAAUACCAGCUUGAUUUCAGUGAAAGCACAGCCUCUGUGACGAUAGCACGUCUCGAUCAAAGCGAUGGAGGAGUUUACACGUGCCGCGUUUCAAAUAACGCUGGAGAAAACGCGACCAGCGGAACACUGACGGUCAAAGAACCUCCAACCAUCACAGUGAAACCCGAGUCCCAGGAUGUUUCACCAGGAACCGAUGUUGUGAUAAAAGCAGUCUUCACUGGGUCUGCUCCACUGGUGAUUAAAUGGUUCCGAGAGGAGAAAGAGAUUUUCUCUGCGGGAAAAUGUGUCAUAAAAAAGGAUAUGUCUUCAAGCUCCUUGGAGCUUCAUUCUGUAAGACCCAGUGAAUCCGCUAAAUACACCUGCCAAGUGUCAAAUGACGCCGGGAAAGCAGACUGCACCGCCACCCUCUUUGUGAAAGAACCGCCUGCAUUUACAAUGAAGCUUGAGCCUUCACGGCUGCUAAAAGCUGGACAGCCUCUGAAACUCUCCUGUAAAGUGCAGGGCACCCCUGUCAUUUCCAUCACGUGGAUGAAAAACGGCUCAGAAAUCAGUUCUGACCGCAGACACUCAAUGUCCUUUGAGAGCGGUGUCGCCUCUCUGGAGGUGGAGGACUGCUGUGUAGAAGAUAGUGGAGAGUAUGUGUGUUUGGCUUCUAGCGAGGCCGGCAGAGAGCAGUGCAGCUGUUCAGUAACCGUCAAAGAGCCUCCAGUGUUUGUAAAGCCUUUUGAAUCAGCUGAGUUUGUGAAGGGAUCAGACAUUAUCCUGACAGGAACUGUCUCAGGUUCCCCUCCGUUUGAAAUAAGUUGUUUCCUCAACGAUAAGCUGAUCAGAAGCAACAAUAAGCAUCAGCUCCAUGUUCAAAAAGACACAGUCACCCUUCAGAUAUCAGACUGUGACAGCAGGGAUGAUGGGACGUACCGCUGCACGGUUGCAAAUGAUGUUGGGGAGACAACAUGUUCUUGCCAGGUUUCUUUGAAAGAACCACCAUCAUUUAUUGAAAAACCACAGGACAUGUCCUGCAUGGUUGGCUCUGAAAUCUCUAUGAAGUGCAUGUGUACCGGAGCGCUUCCCAUGACGUUCCGAUGGAACAAGGAUGGUCAUGCCCUCACAGACGACGAGCAUGUUAAGAUGUCCUGUGAAGCCAACAUUUCUGAGUUGAGCUUGAAAAAUGCUCAGUUGUCCCACUGUGGGAAAUAUGUGUGUGAGGCGCAGAACAAAGUUGGGACUCAGAGAUGUGCCGCCAUGGUCACGGUGACAGAUGCUGUGGCCCCGCCCACAUUUCUUAAAAAACUAUCAAACAUCCACGCAGUGAUGGGUUCGGUGGUUACGAUGGAGUGCAAACUGGCUGGCUCGCUUCCAUUUUCUGUUGAAUGGCACAAAGGGAAACAAAGGCUCAGCGAGGGUCCAAAGCACAAACUCUUAACCGUCGGAAGCACAGUUUCUCUGGAGUUAAAACUGACCGACGGCAGCGACACAGGAGAGUAUUCCUGUAAAGUCACAAAUGAAGCAGGCAGCUGCAUAUGCAGCGGCUUUCUUACAGCUAAAGUGCCACCGAGAUUUCUGGUGGAGGUCAAGUCUCAGUCAGUUAAUCCAAAGUCAACGGCGACCUUCAGAACUGUUUUUGAAGGAACUCCUCCAUUUACAGUGGAAUGGUUCAAGGAUAACCAAAAACUCCUCGCUGGAGCCUUGUGCACGAUCAGUAUAGAGAAAUAUUCCUCUUCAUUGGAGCUGAACUCAGUCGAGGCCGAGCAAAGUGGAAUUUACUCUUGCCAAGUUAGCAACGAAGCUGGCACAGUGACAAACGCAGCAGAGUUGUUGGUGAAAGAGCCUCCUCGAUUUACCCUGAAACUGCCUCCCACAACCUUUGUGAAGCAGUGUGAGGGACUCCGUUUAGAAUGCAAGACCACCAGCGCACGCUCUCUGCAAAUGUGUUGGUACAAAAAUGACCAAAAGAUAAGUGACGGAGGAAAUUAUAAAACCACUUUCGUUGAGUCGACUGCAUACCUCCAGCUACGCUCCGCAAGUCUGGAGGAUAACGGAGUCUACACAUGUGAGGCUCAUAACAAUGCUGGCAGUGUGAGCUGCAGCACCACUCUCACAGUUCAAGAGCCCCCAUCUUUUACUAAAACUCCCAACCCAGUGGAGGGCAUUCAUGGGAAAGAUGCCAGUCUUCACUGCGAGAUGUACGGCACCCCACCUCUUCAGGUUUACUGGUACAAAGACAAAAGGCCGCUAAAAGAGAGUAGGAAAUAUAAGAUGGUUAGUGUGGGCAACUCUGCCACACUUCAUGUCAUGAAACUGGAGCAGAACGAUGUUGGGCUUUAUGAGUGCAAGGUGUCAAACGAUGUAGGAAGCGAGUUCUGCCGUACUACUAUCACACUAAAAGAACAACCGGCGUUUGUCACGAAGCUCGUCGACCAGUCGGUAAGAGUUGGCCAGCAGCUGACGCUGACCGCUACAGUGAAGGGCUCUGAGCCACUGACCGUGUCCUGGGUCCAGGGCAAGGAUCAUGUCCUCAGAGACAGCGAUAACAGGAAGAUCACCUUUGAGAACAACGUGGCCACUCUUGUAGUUCCUGAGGCCAACUCAGGAUCAGCGGGUAGAUACACCUGCCAGCUGAGUAACGACUCAGGAGUCGUAGAGUCAGUCUCCCAAGUUACCGUUUUAGAGCCUGCUGCCAUCGUGGAUAGUCCAGAAUCCAUGAGCAUCACUUCAGGAGAAAACACCUCUAUCGAAGUUACAGUGUCUGGUUCACCAGAACUGAAAACCAAAUGGUUCAAGGACAACAAAGCUCUCAGUGCCGGUGCCAAAUAUCAGAUGUCCUUCACAAAGAAAGUUGCUGUUCUGAAGAUCCGUUCGGCUGACAAAGCAGAUGCUGGAGAAUAUAAACUAGAGGUUACAAAUCAUGUCGGUACAGCUUCUUGUAAAACCAAGCUCUUAGUCUCAGAUAAAUUGAUUCCCCCGAGUUUCAUAAAGAAGCUGAAGGACACCCACUUUGUUGUGGGUAAGACUGGUGAGAUGGAGUGCAAAGCCGCUGGAUCGUCUCCUUUAACAUGUUCCUGGUUCCAUAAUGGCCAAGAGAUCCAGAGUGGUCCAUGUUAUGACAUCAGCUCCACAGAUAAUAACUACACACUGCGAGUUUCCUCUGUCAGCAUGUCCGACUCUGGCAAAUAUACCUGUAAGGCAGCAAAUGCUGCAGGAGUCAGUGAGACCAGUGCUUCAGUUAGUGUGACAGAACCUCCCUCAUUUGCGGAAACGCCUGAAGCCAAAGAAACUUUGCCCGGCAAAAAUGUAACAUUCUCAGCUAAAGUAAAAGGCAGUGCCCCGCUGCAGGUCAAAUGGUUCAGGGGAGCCAAAGAAAUGCAACAUGGACGAGGCUGUGAGAUCUUAAUGAAGGGUGACGUGGCCUCUUUGGUGCUUCAUAGAGUGGAUACGUCUCACGCAGGAGAGUACACCUGCACGGUCACAAAUAAUGCAGGAAAGGAGAGCUGCCCUCUUCAUCUUUUUGUGAAAGAACCGGUCCACUUUGUGAAGAAGCUGAGAGAUAUUUCUUCUGAGAAGGGUAAGCCUCUGAGGCUGGAGGUCACGUUCUCUGGAACGCCCAGGGUAAAUGUGACCUGGAAGAAGGAUGGGAAGCUCAUCUGGGCCUCCUAUGAGUACACCGUGAUCACCACAGACACGUCCUGCAUCCUCGAGGUUCUUAACACCGACCGAAUGGAGGCCGCUGGCAAAUACUCUUGUGAAGUAGACAACGGAGUAGGAAGUGACAGAUGUCAAGCUCACGUUUCAAUUAUAGAGCGACCAUACUUUGUUGAUGGGAUGGAGCCGGUGGAGGUUGCUAUGGGUGAUGCAGUUACCCUCAAAUGCCGUAUUGCAGGAACUCCUGAUAUCUCUGUAGCUUGGUUUAAGGCCGGUGGAAAGCUGCGAAAGUCCCCCACUUGCUCCAUGGAUUUCUCAAACGGUUUAGCCACUUUGAAACUGGUCAACGCGACUAAGUCUGAUGACGGCGAAUACACCUGCAAGGCUGAGAACCGGGUUGGUUCAGCCUCUGCCAGCUGCAGCGUGACAGUGAAAGAGCCUGUGCGCUUUAUCAAGAAGCUGGAAGACACAACUUUCAUGGUUGGUCAGCCGCUGAGACUAGUCUGCACAUACACUGGGAGCCAGAGGGUGUAUGUGACAUGGAAGAAGGACAACCAGCUCAUCUGGGCCUCUUAUCAGUACAACGUUAAAACCACUGACUCUACCUGCAUUCUGGAGGUCCUGAACAGCGACCGGCCUGAAGCAGCAGGAACAUACACUUGCGAGAUUUCUAAUGGCGCUGGAAGUGAUGUUUGCCACGCUCAUGUCAGCCUAGAACCACCUCGCUUUGUGAACAAGCUGGAAGACACAUAUUUCAGACUGCGGGAGUCUUUGGUCCUGAAGUGCACAUAUACUGGCAGCCAGAGAAUACACGUUACCUGGAAAAAAGAUGACAAACUAAUCUGGGCCUCGUACAAGUACAACGUCAAGACCACCGAUGAUACGUGCAUCCUGGAAGUCCUCAACAGUGACCGAGAAGAAGCUGUGGGAAGAUACACCUGUGAAAUUUCUAAUGCUGCAGGAAGCGACGUCACCCACGCUAAUGUAAAAUUAGAACCGGCCCGAUUUGUGAUAAAGCUGAGAGACACCUUCUAUAAAAUUGGCCACUCCUUGACGCUGGAGUGCACCUUCACAGGCAGUCAGAGGAUUUAUGUCAGCUGGCUGAAGGACGGCAAACCUAUCUGGGCUUCGUAUAAGUACAACGUUAAAACGACCGACUUCUCCAGCACCCUGGAAGUUUUAAACAGUGACAGGCGGGAAGCUGAAGGACAAUAUUCCUGCGAGGUUUCCAAUUCAGAGGGCACUGACAUCUGCCAUGCUAUGGUCAAGAUAGAACCUGUGAGCUUCAUCAAAGAGCUGGAGGACACCACUUUCAGGCUCGGUGAGCCCUUGUCGCUGUACUGUGGCUUCAGUGGCAGCCCCAGGGUCUACGUGAGCUGGAGGAAGGAUGGCAAACCCGUCUGGGCUUCUUAUAAGUACAACGUCAAGACCACAGAUAGUUCCUCCAUCUUGGAGGUUCUUAACAGUGACCGGCUAGAAGCAGCAGGAAGAUACUCCUGUGAAAUCUCUAACUCUGAGAACAGCGCUAUCUGCCAUGCUCAGGUCAAACUAGAACCUGUGCGCUUUGUGAAGAAACUGGAAGACAUGACCUUUAGGGUUGGUGAACCUUUGAGCCUUCAGGUCACAUAUGCAGGCAGCCAGCAUGUGUAUGUGAGCUGGAAGAAGGACGGAAAGCCAAUCUGGGCCUCCUACAAGUACAACGUCAAGACCACAAACAGCUCAUGUGUCUUAGAGGUCCUCAACAGUGACAGAGAAGAGGCUGCUGGGAAAUAUUCCUGUGAAAUAUCUAACGCUACUAGCUCUGCUACCUGCCAUGCUCAUGUCAGACUAGAACCAGUGCUUUUUGUGACAAAGCUAGAGGAUACUUCGUAUAGUCUGGGUGAUAGGCUGACUCUAUCGUGCACAUACGCUGGCAGUCAGCGAGUCAACGUGAGCUGGACGAAGGACGGCACGCCGAUCUGGGCUUCAGACAAAUACAAUGUCAGAACCACAGGUUCCUCUUGCGUUCUGGAAGUCCUCAACAGUGACAGAGAGGAAGCGGCUGGACUCUACUCUUGUCAAGUUUCUAAUGCAGAGAGCUCUGCUGUCUGUGAUGCUUAUGUCAUUUGUAAAACACCUAAAAAAGAAGCUCCCCGCUUCAUCAGAAAGCUGGAAAACACCACAUUCAGAGUUGGGCAACCGUUGGCAUUUAGAGUUGCCUUCACUGGCAGUCCGAGGGUGAGCGUCAGCUGGAAGAAAGAUGGGAGGCUGAUCUGGGCCUCCUAUCAGUACAAUGUCAAGACCACAGACUGCAGCUGUGUGCUAGAAGUUCUCAACAGCGAUCGAGAAGAGGCUCGCGGGAGAUACACAUGUGAAAUUUCCAACAGUGAAGGCUCAGAUACCUGCCAUGCUUAUGUCAGAUUAGAACCUGUAAAGUUCACCAAGAAACUAGAAGACAUCACCCAUCAGUUGGGCAAACCCUUGAGGCUGGAGUGCACGUACACCGGAAGCCAAAGGGUCUUUGUCACAUGGAAGAAGGACGACAAGCUAAUCUGGGCUUCCUACCAAUACAACGUGAAAACUACAGACUCGUCCUGCGUUCUGGAGGUCCUCAACAAUGACAGAAUUGCUGCUGCAGGGAAAUACACCUGUGAAAUUUCCAAUGCAGAAGGAACUGACACAUGUCACGCUCAUGUUAAAAUAGAACGCAAAGUCCCUCCAAACUUCACUAAGAGGCCGUCUGAGUCCAUCGUGGAUUCAGCGGGUAAGGUAAUAAAGAUGGAGGGCCGGGUGUCCGGCUCCCAGCCACUGAACAUCACCUGGUACAAGGACAGCAACGAGAUCCAUUCUUCUGAAAAAUAUGACAUCAGCUUCAAGAACAACAUGGCUGUGCUGUGUAUCAGAGACUCUGCGGUUUCUGACAGCAGUAUCUACACAUGUGAAGCUUCUAAUGAAGCAGGCAAAGCUUCAUGCCAGGUGUCCCUCACAGUUUCAGAAACUGGUCAGCCUCCUAAAUUUGACGUCCCUCUGGAACCUGUGACGGUGAGCGAGGGGGAGAAGCUGACCCUCAAAUGCCACGUUAGAGGCUCUGCACCUCUUAACAUCCAGUGGAUGAAGGACAGGCGGGAGCUGAAGUCCAGCGAUUCGACCAAAAUCGCAUUUGUCGGUGGGUCACCCUCCCUGGAGGUCAACUCAGCGUCAAAGGCCGAUGCAGGGGAUUACCUCUGCAAGGCCAGCAAUGCAAGCGGCAGUGACUUCUGCAAGUGCAAGGUCACUGUGACGGACAAAGGAGCCAAGGCUGCCCCCACCGAGGCCCCGGCCCCAGCUGCAGCUGCCCCAGUCAAAAGGCUGGACAACCUUUUCUUCAUUGAAGAACCCAAAAACAUUUCAGUCACAGAGAAGGGCACUGCCACCUUCAUCGCCAAGAUUGGAGGUGAUCCGAUCCCCAGCGUGAAGUGGAUGAAGGGCAAAUGGAGACAGAUCACCGCCGGUGGUCGCAUCUCCAUCGAUCACAAGGGCCAGGAUGCCAAACUGGAGAUCAAAGAGGUGACCAAGUCCGACUCUGGUCUCUACAGGUGUGUUGCCACCAACAAACAUGGAGAGAUCGAGUGCGGGGCUGAGAUGGAGGUCACCAAAAAGGAAGAAGGGGGAGGACUGGGAGACAUCAGAACAAGACUCAAGAAGACUCCUUCCAAGCAGAAAAGCCCAAAGAAACUUGAAAACGUCAGUAUUGUUGACUUGCUCAGAGGUCAUGACCCUAAAGACUAUGAGAAGAUCCUAACUGAGCAUGGAAUCCACGACUACCGAGCCAUCCUGCAGGCUGUGGAGUUACUGAAGAGGGAGAAGGAGAUGGAGACCGGAAAAGUGGAGGUGGAGCAUGGUGGCCGGGUUGAAGAGGAGGACAUGGCCAGACUAAUUGAGCAGCUGGAGGGACGUAUGGACUCGGAGCCCGUCUCUGUGAUGGAAGACAUCUCUGACCAGACAAUCACAGAGAACCAAACAGCAAUGUUUGAGUGUGAGAUCCGGAUCAACUACCCAGAGAUCUCGCUGACCUGGUACAAGGGCACACAGAAACUGGAAAACAGCGACAAAUACGAGAUCAGCAGAGUGGGAGACCGCCACUGUCUGAAGAUCAAGAAUUGCCAGGUCAAAGAUCAGGGCAACUACCGCGUGGUGUGUGGUCCUCACAUCUCCAACGCCAAGCUCACCGUAACAGGAGCUGAUUACAAGUCAGCCGACCAAAUUCAGUUUACUAAAUGCAUCCGAAACAUCGAGGUCAGCGACCGUCACGCCGCCACCUUCGAGUGCGAGUUGUCCUUUGACAACGCCACAGUUACGUGGUACAAAGACUCCUGGGAGCUCAAAGAAAGCCCCAAAUAUAACUUCAGGACAGACGGCCGACGGCACUUUAUGACGAUCCGCAACGUGACGGCAGAGGACGAAGGCGUUUACUCCGUGAUCGCUCGCCUGGAGCCGAUGGGAGAGGCUCGCAGCACCGCUGAGCUUUACCUCUCAGGCAAAGACGUUGCGUUAGGAAAGGUUCCUCAGGACAUCCCAGACUUGUCGGUUCAGCUCCCAGAAACGGCUUCCAUGAUAAUUUGCCAAGAAUCGUCAGAGUUUUAUCACUACGAGGAACGAACUGAAGCCAAAGAGUUUAAGAGUCUGGCGGUCGAAGAAGAAACGGUUUCGGUUCGGUUCUCCUCCGUCUCAGAAGAGAAAAAGGCCGUGGAAGAAAUUAUUGAGCGGACUCAAGUCAGAGAGGAAACCCCUGCAGUUCCUGAAGCUUACAGGAAACCCUCUGAGCAUGAAGCUCCGCCCUCACCUGCAGUCACAGAAGCUGAGAUAAAGAAGCCACGACUUGAAGAUACUUUCGCAACUCCUCCUCAGCGAGAAGAACCUGGAGUUCCACAAGUCUACACCGAACCAAAACCUGAACCCAAGCCCAAAGAACCAGAAAUUGUUCCUCCAGAACCAAAACGUCUGCCUCAGAAGCCAGCGGUGCCAGAGCCUAAAGUGUCUGAAGCCCCAGAAGUUAAACCCAGCAGGAAAACUCCUUCAGUUCCUGACUCGAUAGUCCCAGUGGAGACCAAAAUCCAUCCAGUGGCUGAGAAGAUUACUCCUACAAAGACUGAGAAGCUCGUACCAAGAGCACCAGAGCCACCAAAGGCAGAAGAACCUUUAGUUCAACCAUCUGCAGCGCUGGUAAAACCAUCAGCACCAGAACGCCAACCCGCUGAAGUGCAAGGUGCAACCAGACCAGAGAAACCUGUUGUCCAAACAUCUGAACCUAAAAUGCUUCCCGUCCGGACUGAAGCUGCUCCAGUUAAAGUUGCCUUAGAACCAAAGGAGCUUGAAGUUACUGGAAAACCACUUCUUGUGGCUAAACCUGAGCCAGAAGUUUCCAAGGUUUCCCCUGAAAUCGAACCGCCAAAGCUUGAAGUAAAACCAAAGAAAGGUUUUGAAGAAGCAGAGAAGGUUAUCAAGUUUCCUAAAAAGGUCGAAGAGACCAAAGCACCACAAGAAACUGAGAGGUUUCCAGAUGUGCCGAAAAAGGCCCCAGAAACACAGACAAAGACGCCAGAAAAAGCCAAACUGAUCCUAGAAGCACCAAAGCUGGUUCCUGAAGCACCAGCCAAGGUGUCAGAAAAGACAGAGGAGAAAAUGAAGAGGCCUUCAGAGCUUCCCAAAAGACUUCCAGAAACACAAAAGAUUGUUCCAGAAAAACCUAAAGAAAAGAAAGUUUUAGAUGAACCAGAGAAGGUUUUGGAGGUUUCCAGAAAGGUUCCUGAAACACCAAAGAAGGUUACAGAGCCACCAGCAGAGCCAAAGAAGAAACCAAAAGGCCCAAUGAUAGAGCCAGAGAAGACUCUGCCGGAUCACAGAGCGCCGCCGGCAGAAGACAAGACUGAAAAACCUCUGCAGAAAGUGUCUCCUCCUGAGGAGAAGAAACCAUCAGUGCCAGAACCAAAGCCCUCACCUCCUCCUCAGAAGGUUACUCCUCCAGCAGAGGAGAAGAAACCAGCCCCAGAACCAAAGCCUUCACCUCCACCUCCUCAGAAAGUGACUCCUCCUGCAGAGGAGAAGAAACCAGCACCGGCACCAAAGCCUUCACCUCCACCUCCUCCUCCUCAGAAAGUGACUCCCCCUACAGAGGAGAAGAAACCAGCACCAGCACCAAAGCCUUCACCUCCACCUCCUCCUCCUCAGAAAGUGACUCCCCCUACAGAGGAGAAGAAACCAGCACCAGAACCAAAGCCCUCCCCACCUCCUCAGAAAGUGACUCCACCUGCAGAGGAGAAGAAACCAUCUCCACCAGAACCAAAGCCUUCACCUGCUCCUCAAAAGGUUUCUCCUUCUGCAGAGGAGAAGAAACCAUCAGUACCAGCACCAGCAGCUCCUACGCCCAAAAUUGCGCCUCCUGCAGUCUCUCCUCCAGAAGAAAAGAAACCAGCUGCACCAGCAAGAGAACCACCAGCAGAAAAAGUGGUUCCUCCAGCAGCUCCAGCUGCACCAGUGGAGAAGAAACCUUCAGAGCCAUCUGUAAAGGCUGAACCGAUCAGCGCCUCAGAGCGAAUGUCUCCACCCGAAGACAAGGAACCAGUUUCAGCUCCUGGACCAACUAAAGUGCCAACUGUUAAACAAAAGGGUAGAAUUCCCAUUCAGGAGGAAAAAACUACUGAGUUUCCUAAACUAAAGACUAAAUUUACCAAAAUACCCAAAGAGAAAGAGCCAGAAAAAGAGACCAUUACGCUGAAGAAGGUUCCAGUGAAACCUCCAGAGCCUGAGAAACAGGUUGUAACUCAUAAAGUAGAGGUGAUGAAACAUCAUGUUGCCGAACUAUCGGUGCACGGACUUCAUGACAGAGAAGACCGGGAGGUAAUAAGCCUCGGAAGAACUGAAAGAGUCUUCACUGCAGAGCAGGAAACAAUUCAGCUGACUCAAAUGGAAGAGACUGAAACACUUAAAAUUGUCCAAACUUCAGAGAAAGAAGGUUGGACAAGAGCCACGAAACCCAAGAAAGAAGAAGAACCCGAGGUUCCUGGUGUAGAUAAGAAGAAAAUCAAGAAGCUGCCCAAGACUGAUGAGCAAAACGAGUCAGUGAAGCUAAAACCUGUUGAAAGGUCUGGAAAGUCAGAACAAGAGCAGAUAAAACCGAAACCGAUUCCAAGUGUGCCUAAAGUCCCGGAAAAAGAAAUUUCUGCAAAGAAACCUCAUGAGAGAGAAGAUCGAGAGAAAAUCCCACUGGAAAGACCUCAAAGAGGGUCGCUUCCUGCUGACCAGCCAUCUAAACCGGUUCAAACAGAGGAGCCUAAACAGCCAGAGGAAGAAGAUAAAUCUAAAUGGAACAGAACCGCAAAGCCACAAAAAGAAGCAGAACCUGAGCCAGAACUAUCUAAGAAGAAAAUCAAGAAAUUACCCAAGAAAGAUGAAGAACCAGAAGUUGUGACGUUGAAGCCUUUUGAAAAGCCUAAAAAACAAGAAGCAGGUGAACCAGUAAUGGCUAAAGAUGAAGUUCAGGCAAAGAGAGAUGCUGAGCGUUCUCCUUUUAAACGGGGUGAGAUGAUGCCCAAAGAUCCGCCUACAAUGGCUCCAAAAAACAGAGAAGACACAGAUGUUUCUUUGACAAGUCCAGACAAAACUCCAGAUACUAGCAAACCCCAACCGGAAACACCGCAGCAGAAAAAGGUUGAUCAAACACCAAAGGUUGAAGCAGCCGAUAAACCUAAAGUAAAACCCAGACCGGAGAAAAAGGAAGAGCCGGCCGUGUUGAAGCCUUUGACCAAAGUCAGCAAGCCAGAAAAAGUAGCUGCUGAAGAAAUGACGAAGCCUGAGGAUACAGAGAAACAUGUGAAGAAGGAAGAGCCAGCUGUUCCAGCCAAGAAGCCGAGUCCUCCAGGUCUUAGAGAGAAGAUCCCACCUAAUGAGGCAGAAAAAUUCCCAACAAAACCGCCUGAGGUGUUAAAGAAAGGCGUUGAGCUCAAAAGGACUCCUUCCCCCAGGGUCAGUACAGAGAAACCAGAAGUCAAAACAGCCACGAGGCCUGUUGAGGAACUGAAGAAGGUUGAGCCAAAGAAGACUGAGCCGAGUUCUGAAAAAGUCAAACAGAUCCCCAAAGCUGUUUCCCCCAAAGACUCGAUCGAAGGCGUAACGCUCAAAAAGGUUCCCAGGAAGCCGUCAGCAGAGGAGGCUCCAGAACCAGAAAAGCCUGAUAAGGGCCGGAUCCCCCUGUUGAAGGAGAUUUCUCCUGGCGCUGUGCAGAUGAAGAGGGUGACAACUCAGCCUGAGGAGGAGGUUUCUGCACAGGAGCCUGAAGAAGGUGAGGUAGAGGAAGAGUCCUGGGGCUGGGAUCUUGUUCCCUCCGAGGACUGGGAAGGAGAAGAGGUGGACGGGGCCCGUGAAACUCCGGGUAUGCCUGGUGCCAGACGAGAUGGAAAACCCAGUGAGGAACCAUCGAAAGGCAGAGGCAGAGGAUUUGGGGCGAGACAAACGCCCUCUCCUGGUGAUGGUGGAAGGGGCCGGGGCUUGAGACCUGGUGGAAAAGGUCCAUCACCACCAGAGGAGCCGAGUCCAAUGUUCAAGCUCAAACCCGUGGCUUUAAAGUUUGUGAAGAAGAUUCAGGACAUCGUCCUGCAGGAGGCCGAAUCCAUCGGCUCCUCUGCCGUGUUUGAAUGUGAGGUUACACCAAACACAGCCAUCACCUCCUGGAUGAAGGACGGCGGUAACCUGCGUGAGAGUCCCAAGCACAAGCUCCUCUCUGAUGGCAAAGAUCGGAAGCUGCACAUCCUUGAUGUCCAGCUGUCCGACACUGGAGAGUACACCUGUGUGGCCAAGAACGCUGGAAAGGAGAUUUCCUGCACUGCUAAGCUGCUUGUUGAAGAGCUGCCUGUAAAAUGGGUGAAGGAGUUGGAACCUGAGACCUCAUGCAUGAAAGGUCAGCCGAUGUACCUGACCUGUGAGCUGAACAAGGAGAGAGACGUGGUCUGGAAGCACAACGGAGGACUCCUGAAGAAGAAGGCAGGGAAAGUAGCCAUUAAUGUGAUCGGUUUGCAGCACGCUAUAACCAUCCAGAACUCCACCGAUGACGACGCUGGCAUCUACACCUGUGAGGUAGAGGGUCAGGAGAACAUCAAGACUUCAACCACCGUCAAAGUGAUUGAAAUCAUCAAAGAUUGGCUGGUAAAGCCUCUGAGGGACCAGCAUGUGAAACCAAAGGCCAAGGCAACGUUCAAAUGCGAGCUGUUCAAAGACACUCCCAACUGGAAAUGGUACAAAGGAGAGAAUGAACUAAAUCCUUCUGACAAAGUGCAAAUAGAAAAAGAUGGAAAGGACAUGAAGCUCACCAUCAACAACUGCCAACCUGACGAUGUGUCAGACUACACCAUCGAAGUCGAAGACCGGAAAUACACGGCCAAGCUCACACUAGGAGAGCGGGAAGCUGAGAUCCUGAAACCUCUUGACAGUGUUGAGGUGGUUGAGAAGGAGGAGGCUCACUUUCAGACUGAAAUAUCUGAGGACGAUGUACCCGGUGAAUGGAAACUCAGAGGUCAGGUGUUGACGAGAUCUCCGACAUGUGACAUUAAAGCCGAGGGCGGAAAGCGCUUCCUCACGUUGAAGAACGUACAGCUGGACCAGGCCGGAGAAGUGUCGUUCCAGGCCCUGAAUGCCAACACCAGCGCCAUGCUGACCGUUAAAGAGAUCGAAAUGGCUUUUGUUGACACGCUGAAGGACGUGUCUGUGCCUGAAAAGAAACAGGCUAAGUUUGAAUGCACUAUCACCAAGGAUGUACCAAAGGUCAUGUGGUUUAAGGGGGUGGAAAUCAUCACCCCCAGCCCUAAGUAUGAAUUAAUCGAUGAUGGAAAGAAACACAUGCUGAUUAUAAACAGCUGUGAGUUUGAUGAUGAGUCUCAGUACACAGUAGAGGUGUUGGAUAAAAGGUCGACGGCUCAGCUGACGGUGGAAGGCAUGAGGCUCAAAUUUGUGCAGCAACUUCAGGACCAAACAAUCAAAGAAGGUAACACGGUGCGCUUUGAUCUCGAGUUGACUCACGAGAACGUGCCGGUAGCGUGGUACCGAAACGAAGUGAAGCUCCACGUGAGCCGAACGGUGCUCAUACACGUGGAGGGAAGGAGGCACACUCUAGAAAUGAGGAGUGUGAGUCUAGAUGAUACGUGCCUGAUAAAGGCAGAGGCCAAAGGAAUUUACUCCUCAGCCAAACUGACGGUCAUAGAGGGAGACGCCGUCUUCGUGGUGAAGCUGCAGGAUUACACCGCCACCGAGAAAGACGAGGUGACGCUGGACUGCGAGCUGAGCAAAGACGUUCCCGUGGUCUGGUACCACAACGAGAAGGAGGUCAUCGCCUCCAAGAUGGUGGUCAUGAGGUCAGAGGCCACCCGCCGGUCUCUGGUCCUGAAGAAAGUGGUGCAGACUGAUCAAGGAACCUACGUAUGUGACUGUGGAACCGAUAAAACCUCGGCCACCAUAAUGAUAGAAGCACGUGACGUUAAGGUUGUCCGGCCAAUUUACGGCGUAGAGCUGUUUGACGGCGAGACAGCUCGGUUCGAGGUGGAGAUCUCUGAGGACGACGUGCACGGCCAGUGGAAGCUGAACGGAGAAGUGCUCAGUCCUUCAUCUGAUGUGGACAUCAUCGAGGAGGGAGGCAAACACACUCUGAUCCUGUACAACUGUAAGGUGUCCAUGACCGGAGAGGUGGCGUACUCUGCCGCUAAUGCCAAAUGUUCUGCCAACCUGAAGGUCAAAGAACUUCCUCUGAACUUCCUUACACCGCUGAACGACGUUCAGGUGUACGAGAAAGAUGAGGCCCGGUUCGAGGUGGAGGUGUCCAGAACUCCAAAGAGCUUCCGCUGGCUCAAAGGCUCCCAGGAGCUGGCGAGCGAUGAAAAGUACGAGAUGAUACAGGAGGGGAAAAUGUACGUUCUGGUGAUCCGAUCCGCCGCCUUUGACGACGAAGCCAAGUACAUGUUUGAGGCAGAGGACAAGAGGACAACCGGCAAACUCGUCAUUCAGGGUAUUCGCCUGGAGUUUGCCAAACCCAUUAAGGACGUGACGGUGAAAGAGCGGGAAACGGCAGAGUUCAGCAUUGAACUGUCUCAUGAGAACAUCUCAGUGGUUUGGUUCAAAAACGACGUGCGGCUGCUUCCCAGUAAGGUCGUUCAUAUGUCGGAUCAAGGAAAGAUCCACACUCUGGCCUUCAAGGAGGUGACGAUCGACGACACGUCUAUGAUCAAGGUGGAGGCCAUGGACAAGAGUAUGACGGCCAUGCUCACUGUCAUCGAGGGAGAUCUGUACUUCACCACCAAGCUGCAGAACUACACUGCUGUGGAGAAGGACGAGGUCAAGCUGGUCUGUGAACUCAGCAAAGCCGUGGCUGAUGUGAAAUGGUUCAAGGACGGGGCGGAGAUCACUCCGUCCAAGAACAUUGCCAUUAGCACGGAUGGAAAGAAGAGGAUCCUGCUGGUCCGCAAGGCAGAGAAGGCCAACAUUGGAGAGUAUACCUGUGACUGCGGCUCAGACAAAACCACAGCACACCUCAAAAUUGAAGAGCGCGAUAUCAAGGUUGUUCGCCCCCUGUACAGCGUGGAGGUCACAGAGACAGAGACAGCAAAGUUUGAAACAGAAAUUUCUGAGGAGGACGUUCACGGAAACUGGAAACUGAAGGGAGAGGCUCUGCACCAGUCUGCGGAUGUGGAGAUUAAAGAGGAAGGAACCAAACACCUGCUGAUCCUGUAUAAUGUUCGCAUGGACAUGGCUGGACCUGUGGACUUCUCUGCUGCCAAUGCCAAAUCCAACGCUCAGCUCAGGGUCAAAGCUCGCUCCAUCACACUGAUGCGUCCUCUGAAGGAUGUGACGGUGACAGCCGGGGAGACAGCCACCUUUGAAUGCGAGCUGUCAUACGAAGGCAUUGAAGUGGAGUGGUUUGUUGGAGGACAAAAGAUGGAAUCCAGUGAUCGGGUAAAGCCUCGGGUGGCGGGUAGAGUCCACACUCUGACUGUCAGAGAUGUGAAACUGUCAGAGGCCGGCGAGGUCAAAGUGACGGCCAAAGAUUUCCUGACUCAGUGUCAGCUCAUUGUUAGAGAGCCACCGGUGGAGUUCACAAAGCCUCUGGAGGACCAGACGGUGGAGGAAGAGGCUACCGCCACGCUGGAGUGUGAAGUCUCAAGAGAGAACGCAGAGGUGCGCUGGUUAAGGGAGGGCCAGGAGAUCAGAAAGACCAAGAAAUACGACACCGUCGCUGACGGACGCAAGAGAGCACUCCUCAUCCAUGACUGCGCUCCAGACGAUGCCAAACUUUACACGUGCGACGCAAAGGAGUUCAAGACUUCCUGCUUCCUGGAGGUUACACCUCCUUAUGUGGAGUUUACAAAACCUCUGCAGGAUGUGGAGGUUAGAGAGAAGGAAUCAGCCAGGUUUGAAUGUGAAGUGUCCCGCGAGUCUGCCAAGGUCCGCUGGUUUAAGGACGGCAGUGAGAUCAGAAAAGGAAAGAAGUAUGAGAUCAUCGCUAAGGGAGUACAGAGGAUCCUCAUCGUCCACAAGUCGGCGUUUGAUGAUGAGGCAGAGUACGAGUGUGAUGCCAGAACCUUUAAGUCAUCCGGCAUGCUCACUGUCAUUGAGGAAGCAGCCACAUUCACCAAGAACCUGUCCAACGUGGAAGGAACAGAGACAGACAGCGUGAAGUUGAUUUGUGAAGUUUCCAAGGCCAACGCCGAAGUCACCUGGUACCGAGGAGAUGAAGAGCUGCCAGAAGGCGGACGCUACGACCAGCUCACGGACGGUCGAAGGAGGAUCUUGAUCAUCCAGGACCUGAAGAUGGAAGAUGCUGGAGAGUACAACUGCAGACUGAGUCCCACUGUCAGAACUUCUGCCAGCCUAAAGAUCAACGAACUGGCAGCGGAGUUCAUCUCUCGUCCUCAGAACCAGGAAGUGGUGGAGGGCGAGAAAGCCGAGUUCUCCUGCACCGUCUCUAAAGACACCUAUGAGGUGAAGUGGUUUAGAGGUGAUCGAGAGAUCCAAGCUGGAGACAAAUACACAAUCGUCAGUGAAGGAAAGCGGAGGGCCCUGGUUGUGAACAACUGUGACCUGAAGGAUGAAGGUGGUUACGUUGCUCACAUCGGCAGCGUUAAAGCCUCCGCUGAUCUCUCUGUGACAGAAAAACUGAGGAUCGUUACACCAAUUAAGGACACAGAGGUGAAGGAAGGAAGUGAGAUUGUGUUUAACUGCGAGACCAACACUGAGGGAGGAAAGGCCAAGUGGCUAAAGAACGAGGAGACCAUUUUUGAAAGCAGCAAGUACAUGAUGGCUCAGAGGGACAACGUCUUCUCUCUCAGGAUCAAGGAUGCCCAGAAGGCAGACGAGGCCAGCUACACCAUCUCUCUCACUAAUAACAGAGGAGAACAUGCCAAGUGCUCUGCCAGCGCUAAAGUUGCAGAGGAGAAACUCAAAUUCCUGGAGCCCAUCGAGGACAUUGAGACUCAGGAGAAGAAGACCAUCAGCUUUGUGUGCAAAGUGAACCGGCCUGAAGUGACCGUGAGAUGGAUGAAGGCCGGCCAGGAGGUGACGCUCAGCAAGCGCAUCGUCUACAGAGUCGAUGGUCUCAAACACACCCUGACCAUCAAGGACUGUGUCAUGGACGACGAGGGCGAGUACACUGCCAUGAUCGGAGACGACAAGUGUGCUGCAGAGCUGAUCAUCAGCGAGGCGCCAACUGACUUCACGGGUCAGCUCAGAGAUCAGACCAUCACUGAGUUUGAGGAUGCAGAGUUCACCUGCAAGCUGAGCAAAGAGAAGGCUGCUGUCAAGUGGUACAGGAACGGACGGGAGAUCCGAGAAGGACCCAGAUAUCAUAUGGAAAAAGAAGGCAAGACAUGCAGACUGAUCAUCAAGGUUUGCAGACCAGACGACGAGUGUGAAUACGCCUGUGGAGUUGAUGAGAGAAGGACCAGAGCACGGCUCUUUGUUGAAGAGACCCCAGUGGAGAUCGUCAGACCACCACAGGACAUGUUUGAACCUCCAGGCUCAGAUGUCGUGUUUGAGGUGGAGCUCAACAAGGACCGGGUGGAGGUUAAGUGGAUGAGGAACAACAUGAUCAUUGUCCAAGGUGACAAGUACCAGAUGAUCAGUGAGGGCAAGAUCCACAGGCUGCAGGUCUGUGAGAUCAGACCCAGAGAUCAAGGAGAGUACCGCAUCGUGGCCAAAGACAAGGAUGCCCGGGCCAAACUGGAGCUGGCAGCUAUUCCAAAGAUCAAGACCACCGACCAGAAUCUGGUGACAGACGCCGGCAAACCCUUCGUCAUGACGGUUCCUUAUGACGCCUACCCUCGUGCUGAUGCAGAGUGGUUGUUUGAUGGCAAAAGUUUACCCAUUCAGAACAUUGAUACUUCGAUUGACAAAACAGAGUACCGUCUUAAGAGCCCAACCAAGGAGGACCAGGGCCGGUACCGGGUGGUGAUCAAAAACAAGCAUGGUGAGGGGGAGGCUUUCAUCAACCUGGAUGUGAUCGAUGUCCCUGGACCCAUCAAGAACCUAAGAGUGGUCGACACUGCUGACGGGGAGGUCAGCUUAGCCUGGGAAGAGCCUGAGAGCGAUGGUGGCAGCAAGAUAAUCGCUUACAUUGUGGAACGACGAGAUGUAAAGCGGAAGACCUGGACUCUUGCUACCGACCGUGCUGAUACACCAGAAUACUGCGUCAGCGGUCUCCAGAAGGACUCCAUGUACCUGUUCAGAGUGUGUGCCCGUAACAGAGUUGGCCCCGGACCUAUCGUUGCCACUGAAGACGCGGUUCAGGCCAAGAACAAGUUUGACGUUCCAGAUGCCCCAGAAAAUGUUUCCGUCGGUUCGGUGAACCGGUUUGGAGCCACUGUCAGCUGGGAGCCUCCUAAGUUUGAUGGCGGCUCAGAGAUCACCGCAUAUGUGAUCGAGCUCCGAGACAGGACCUCUGUGAAAUGGGAGGCGGCCCUGGUGUGUGGAGCCAGCGACCGCUCGGCCACGCUGAACGACGUGGUGGAGCACAAGGAGUACAUCUUCAGAGUCCGAGCGGAGAACAAGGCCGGCAUUGGAAGACCCAGUGCUGCAACCAACCCCGUCAAGAUCAUGGAUCCCAUUGAGAGGCCAAGUCCACCUCUGAACCUGAACUACAGCGACCAGAUCAGUACCGCUGUCUCUCUGACCUGGGAAACCCCAGUGAGCAACGGCGGCAGCAUGAUCACCGGCUACAUUAUUGAGAAAAGCGACGAGGGCUCAGACAAGUGGCUGCGCUGCAACGCCAGACUGUGUCCUGACCUCUUCUACCGGGUUUCUGGACUGAAGCCCGGUCAGAAGUACCUCUACAGAGUUUGUGCUGAGAACGCCGCCGGCGUCUCGGAUCCAGCCGAGCAGCUCGGACCGCUCCUAGCUGACGAUCCACACGUUGGUCCAACGUUUGAUCUGAGCGGCUUUAGGAAUGGCCUGGAAGUAAUUGCCCCUCAGCCUCUCACCAUCAGAGUCCCCAUCACCGGAUACCCAACUCCCAAAGCGAAGUGGACCUUCGGCGAGAAGGAGCUAACCACCGCAGAUGAGCGCGUCUCCAUGGUGACGAAGCCGACGUUCACAGAGCUGACGAUCUCUCCGAGCGUCCGUCCCGAUAAAGGCACCUACACCCUGACCCUGGAGAACGACGUCUCAUCCGUCUCCGGAGAGAUCGAGGUCAACGUCAUCGCAUGUCCAAGUGCGCCCAAAGACUUCAAGGUAGCAGAGGUGACCCGGCACCACGUCCACCUGAUGUGGGAGCCUCCAGAACACGAUGGAGGAAGUCCAGUUACCCACUAUCAGAUUGAGAAGAGAGAAGUUUCCCGCAAGACCUGGGCCAAGGUUGCUACUGGUGUGAUGGAUCUGGAGCACACGGUAACUGAUGUGGUUGAAGGAAAAGAAUAUCUGUUCAGCGUCAUCGCCUGCAACAAGUGUGGACCUGGAGAGCCAGCCUACAUCGAUGAACCCGUAAACGUCUCCUCACCUGCUACUAUUCCUGAUCCUCCUGAGAACCUAAAAUGGCGGGAUAAGAGUGGAAAGAGCAUCUUCCUGUCCUGGGAGCCUCCAAAGUAUGACGGCGGUACGCCGAUUAAAGGUUACAUUGUGGAUAAGUGUCAACGUGGGACGGACAAGUGGGAACCUUGCUGUGACCCCAUCCCUGAACUCAAGUUCCAGGUGACAGGGCUAAUUGAGGGCCAGUGGUAUGCCUACAGAAUCAGAGCAGUGAACAAGUUGGGGGCCAGCAGACCCUGCAGGGCCACUGAUGAAAUCCAGGCUGUAGAUGCUCGAGAGGCUCCAGAGAUCCAGCUGGAUGUAAAGCUGCUGGCCGGCCUGACUGCCAGAGCGGGCACCAAGAUUGAGCUUCCUGCAGACGUGAAAGGAAAGCCCGAUCCCCGCGUGAAAUGGACCAAGGCCGACUUGGUCCUGCGAGCCGAUGACCGCAUCGCCAUCGACUCGCAGCCGGGACACUCCAAGCUGUCCAUAGGCAACACCACCAGAGACGACACGGCCACUUACAUCAUUGAGGCUGUCAACAUCUGCGGACGUGCCACUGCCACCAUCGACGUCAACAUCCUGGAUAAACCCGGCCCUCCUGCUGCCUUUGAUAUCUCUGAGAUCACCAACAAGUCGUGCGUUCUGGCCUGGAACCCUCCCAGAGACGACGGCGGCUCGCCCAUCACCAACUACAUCGUUGAAUGUCGUGAGACAGAGAAAGAGGAGUGGGUCAAGCUGUCGGCCACAGUGAAAGACACCACCUUCAAGGCCUGCAAGCUCACGGCUCUGAAGGAGUACGUCUUCAGGAUCAGUGCUGAAAACCAGUAUGGCAUUGGCAUUCCUACAGAGCACACCCCGAUCAUAGCGAAGUACGCCUUUGAUCCUCCUGGAGCUCCAACCAGAGUCACUCCUUCCGACAUCGCCAAGGAUGCCGUGACCUUGACCUGGUUUGAGCCCGAUGAGGAUGGUGGCAGCCCCAUCACUGGAUACUGGGUCGAGAAGUUUGACCCAGAGAGCGACAAGUGGAUCCGAUGCAACAAACUGCCCAUUAAGGACACGACCUUCAGGGUAAAAGGCCUUCCCACCAAGAAGAAGUUCAGCUUCCGGGUUUUGGCGGAGAAUUUGGCUGGACCUGGAAAACCAAGCGUAGAGACGGAUCCGGUGCUCAUCAAAGAUCCCAUCGAUCCUCCAUGGGCACCUGGAAAACCUGUUGUGAGGGAAGUCGGCAAGACCUCGGCCUUGUUAGCCUGGACACGGCCGGAGCACGAUGGCGGGGCGAAGAUCGAAGGCUACAUCGUUGAGUUCCAGAAGACCGGCAGCGAGGAAUGGAUCCGCAUUGCAGAGGAUGUUCCGCAGACGGAGCACCAGCUGCAGGGUCUGAUGGAGAAGCAGGAAUACUCCUUCAGGGUCAAAGCCGUCAACCAGGCCGGUGAGAGUGAACCCAGCGAGCCCAGCGACCCUGUGGUCUGCAAGGAGCGACUCUACCCUCCAUCUGCUCCUCAAUGGCUGGAGGUCACCAACAUCACCAAGAUCAACGCCGACCUGAAAUGGCAGGCUCCAAGCAGUGACGGUGGUUCACCCAUCACCAACUAUGUGGUGGAGAAGAGGGACGUGAGGCGUAAGGCCUGGCAGACCGUGGACACCACCGUCAAGGAGCUCAAAUACACCGUGACUCCUCUCAACGAAGGAUCCCUGUACGUGUUCAGAGUCGCUGCUGAGAACGCCGUGGGGAUGGGGGAGUUCUGCGAGCUGGAGGACGCCGUGCUCGCCAAGGACACCUUCACAACUCCUGGACCUCCAUACGCCCUAACAGUGAUGGAGGUCACCAAGAGACAUGUGGAGCUCAAGUGGGAACCCCCCAAGAGCAAUGGUGGAAGACCCAUUACCAAGUAUGUGAUUGAAAAGAAAGAGAAAGUUGGAACCCGCUGGCUGAAGUGCUGCAAGACUCCAGAUAAACAGACCCAGUUCAAGGUGACAGAUGUGGAUGAAGGAUCAGAGGUGCAGUUCCAGGUCAGAGCUGAGAACGAGGCCGGAGUUGGAGAUCCCAGCGAGCCCACCGUCAUCCUCACUAUUGAGGAUCCAACAAGUCCUCCAUCUCCUCCUCUGGAUGUGGCCAUCGUUGACGCCAGCAGGGAACACAUCAACGUCACCUGGAAGCCACCGGCCAAAGAUGGCGGCUUUCCGGUGACUGGAUACCAUGUUGAGGUGGCAGAGGCUCGUCCGGAGCUCAAGUGGCUGAGGGUCAACGCCCGGCCCAUUAAAGAGCUGAAGUUUAAGAUCGAUGAUGGAAUCAAACCAGAGAAAAAGUAUGUGAUCAGAGUCCGUGCCAUCAACUCUGUCGGUGUAAGCGAUCCCUCGGAGAUCUCCGACAAAGUUGCCACCAAAGAUCCUGACUGUGCUCCAACCAUGGAUCUGGACGCACAGGACGUGGUUGUGGUUGAAGGUGAGAAACUGCACCUGAACAUCCCCUACAGAGCAAUCCCAACUCCCAAGAUGGUUUGGCAGAAGGACACGGUGGAGUGCAAAGCCGACGACAGGCUCUCCAUGACGGUUGAGAUGAACAGCGCUCACCUGGAGAGGCUGAAGUGCCAGCGUGCCGACGCCGGCGCCUACACCAUCACUCUGGAGAACAGCCUGGGAACGGCCACUGGAACCGUCAACGUCAAAGUCAUCGGGCUUCCCGGUCAGUGUAAAGACAUCACCUCCAGCGAAGUCACCAAGAACUCCUGCAAGAUCAGCUGGGAAGCUCCGGAGGAUGACGGCGGCACGCCCAUCGUCAGCUACACCCUGGAGCGCCGUGAGGCGUCCAAGAAAACCUACGUGCCCGUCAUGUCAGGCGAAGACGUCCUGACCUACAACGUCAAAGACCUUUACAUCAACUGCGAGUACUACUUCAGGGUGAAGGCUGUCAACAAGGUCGGAGGUGGAGAAUAUUUGGAGCUGCGCAAUCCGGUCCUCACUGAGGAAAUCAAGCAGAAACCAGACCCUCCAAUCCAGGUCGAGGCUCAUGACCCCACAUCCAAGUCCAUCACGGUCACCUGGAAGGCUCCAGACUACGAUGGCGGCUGCCCAAUUCAGGGCUACAUCGUGGAAAAGAUCGAGAAGGACGGCGACCGCUACGAGAAGGUCACCCCCAGCCUGGUUCCUGGCUUCUCCUACGUGGUGACCGGGUUGAAGGAGGACAUGGAGUACCAGUUCAGAGUCCGAGCAGAGAACGCCGCUGGAGUCAGCGAGCCAUCACGCAGCACACAGCCUAUUAAGGCUGCAGACCCUGUUGAUAAACCAAAGGUCACUCUGCAUGCACGUGUGCAGUCCGGCCUCUGCGUCAAGAAGGGUGAGGAAAUCCGCAUCGACGCUUACAUCUCUGGCUCUCCGUACCCCAAAGUCACCUGGCUGAGGAACGAUGAGGAUGUGAGCAAGGAGCCCGCCAAAAAGAUGGCUCCAGUGCUGAAGAAGAAGAAGAAGACCAAAGCCCAUGUUCCAGAACCGGAGGAGGAGUUUGUGACUCCUCUGCGGGAACGUCUUGGCCUGGAUAAAUCCACCAAAGGCCAGUCUGCUGUGAUGAUUCGUGACGCUGUCAGGAUGGACCACGGCACCUUCACAAUCAAAGUGGAGAACACUCAUGGCUCUGCUUCUGCCUCCUGCUUCGUCAACGUCCUCGACAAACCGGGCCCACCCAUAAACUUCACCUUCGAUGAGAUCAGGAACACCUCGGUCAUCUGUAACUGGGAGCCCCCGGAGGACGACGGAGGCAGCGAGAUCCUGAACUACAUCCUUGAGAAAAAGGACAACAAGAACGAUGAGAUCGGCUGGAUCACCAUCACCUCCACCCUGAAGGGCAACAGUUUCCCUGUCACCAAACUCAUCGAAGGGAAGGAGUACAUCUUCAGAGUAACAGCUGAGAACAAAUUCGGCUGUGGCCCGCCGUGCAUUUCUGAGCCACUCGUAGCCAAGAACCAAUUCAAUCCUCCUGAUGCCCCCAACACUCCCAGAGUGCACGAGGUGACGGCAAGCUCAGCCCACAUCUCCUGGCACGAGCCAAAGGACAACGGCAGCCCGAUUCUCGGCUACUGGAUCGAGAGGAAGGAGGUCAACAGCAAACACUGGACCAGAGUGAACCGGGCCCUCCUCAACUCUCUAGACGUGAAGGUCACCGGACUGAUGGAGGGACUCACCUACAUCUUCAGGGUGUGUGCAGAGAACCUGGCAGGCCCCGGGCCCUUCAGUGAGCCCACUGACCGCAUCGUAGCCAUGGAUGCCAUUCUUCCUCCUGGACCCCCCACUCCACGGGUUGUGGACACUGGCAAGGACUCUGUCAUCUUGGCCUGGAAGCCCCCGCUGUACAAUGGUGGAGGAGACAUUUUGGGAUAUCACAUUGAGAAGGUGUUGGCUGGAGAGAAAGAGUGGAGUCGUUGCACCGAGUUCAGGUGUAAAGAACUAACAUACACCGUGACGGGCCUCACUGAAGGAGCGGACUAUUAUUUCCGGGUCCUUGCUGUUAACGACGCUGGUCCUGGAGCCCCUGGUCUCACUGAACCUGUAACUGUCACAGAGCCACAAGAAACUCCUGUUGUGGAAUUUGAUGACUCUGUGAAGAACGGCGUCAUGAUCAAAGCUGGAGAACCACUGAAGCUUCCUGCAGUCGUGACGGGACGACCUCAGCCAGAGGUGAAAUGGGCCAAAGAUGAGGCGGAAACCGACAAAGAGAGAAUGAUCGUGGAGACAGAGGGCAAGAAGAGCACUCUGUUCAUCAGGAAGGCUGUGAGGGCCGAUCAUGGAAAAUAUCAGAUCACCGGCACCAACAGCAGUGGCACCAAGUCUGCAGAGACCAGAGUGGACGUCAUGGAUGUCCCUGGACCGGUGGUUGACCUGAAGACUGUCUUGGUGACAAAGAAAAACAUCGUUCUCACCUGGUCAGAUCCUUUGGACAAUGGAGGCAGUGACAUAAUCGGCUACGAAGUGCUGAGGAAGGACGCCAAGAUGAAGCUGUUCCGUCAGCCUAUGGAGAUGGCGUCCUGCAGGUGUGAUGUUCAGGGCCUGCUGGCUGGUGAGGAGUAUGACUUCAGGGUCAUCGCUAGAAACAAGUACGGUGAUGGAGCUCCAGCAGACCUGGGACCCAUCCUGGCUGAGGAUGCUAAAGGUACUCCAUCUGCUCCUGAGAAACUGCACUACACAGACCGCAGCAAGACCACCAUCACUCUGGCUUGGCAGCCCCCUCGCACCGACGGCGGCAGCCCCAUCAGAGGCUACUAUGUUGAGAAGAUGAGGUCAGACAGCACAGAGUUUGACGUGGCCAACCGUAAGAUCUUCACAGAGUGCUGUGGAACCAUUGAGAACCUCUCUGAGAACCAGGAGUACCAGUUCCGCGUUAAAGCUGUCAAUGAAGUUGGAGACGGAGAGCCAUCCAGACCAAUAACAGCCAGGAUCCAGGAUGAUGAAAUUGCUCCAGUUAUCACUAUCCUGAAGUUCUUCAAGAGCAAUGCCAUCAUAGUGAGGAAAGGAGCAGCCAUUGACAUCCCAGCUGAGGUGAUCGGACUUCCCCUGCCAACACUCCAGUGGAAGAAGGACGAUGAGGUGAUUGAGACGCCUGAUGACGAGAAGAUGACCAUGGAGACAGAGGAGGUGAACCGAACCACAAUGAGAACAAAGAUAGCUAUCCCAGUGACCGUCCGACAGGACAAAGGGAACUACAAGCUGGUGGCUGAAAACUGCUACGGAAAAGCUGAGCAAGUGAUCAGAGUCGAGGUUCUCGACCGCCCCUUUCCUCCGAGGAAUGUUGUUGUGUCAGACAUCAAGGCGGACUCGUGCUACCUGACCUGGGAUGCACCAGAGGACAAUGGAGGCAGUGAGAUCACCAACUACAUCGUGGAGCGCAGAGAUGCCAGCAAGAAGAAAUCUGACUUUGACGCUCUGACCAUCAACCUGAUCGACAGAAGAUAUGGGGUUUACAAACUGAACUUGAACGGGGUCUACCAGUUCAGGAUCAAAGCUGAAAACAAGUACGGUGUCAGCGACGGCUGUGAUUCAGAGAAAGUCCAGCUCAGAGAUCCGUUUGGCCUCCCUGGACCUCCGCGUAACCCCAAAAUCAUAGCUGCAACAGCAACCACCAUGACCGUGACCUGGGAUCCUCCUCUGGACAACGGCGGCUCCACCAUCCAGGGCUACUGGCUGGAGAAGAGGGAGCGUGGCGCGGUCUACUGGGGGCGCGUUAACCGAGCCCCCCUUACCAAGCCGGCGGUGAAGGGUCUGCAGUACACGGUGUUGAAGCUCAUUGAAGGAACAGAGUACCAGUUCAGGAUUGCAGCCUGCAACGCUGCAGGAGUAGGACCCCACAGCGAGGCCACUGAGUGCCGCUUCGCCACCGAUCCAUGCAAUACCCCAAGCCCACCUGGCAACCCCGAGGUUAAAGAUAAGACCAAGAGCAGCAUCACACUGGCCUGGACGCCUCCAGAAAAAGACGGUGGAAGCCCGAUCAAGGGUUACAUCAUUGAGGUCCACGAGGAAGGCUCUCCAGAUUGGAGGAGGGUGAACCCAGCUGAAAAGCUCCACCCAUCAACAGAAAUCACCGUCCCUGACCUGAAGGAGGGCAAGAAGUGCAAGUUCAGGAUAUAUGCAGUGAACGCCGCAGGAAACUCAGAGCCUGCAAGGACAGGCGACAUCCUGGUUCAGGACAUCCUGAUUGAACCCACCGUAACGCUGGAUGUCAGCGCUCACGACCUGCUGUACUGCAGAGCAGGAACCCCCGUCAGAAUCCCUGCAACCAUAACAGGACGACCCAUUCCCAAAGUCACCUGGACCUUCGUGGACGGGACUGCAGAGACUGAAAAGAAGAACGACCUUCACACGCUGCCCGUCGACUCAGAGAUCCACUCUACUGACACAACUUCAGUGGUGGUGAUCCCAGAAAGCAAGCUAAGCCACACCGGUCGAUUCAUCCUCAAUGCAGAGAGCCCGGCUGGACACAAAGUACUCAAAGUCAGGGUCAACGUGCUCGACCUCCCCGGACCUGUUAGAAAUCUGAAGGUGAGCGAUGUGACCAGAGGAACCUGCAGACUCGCCUGGAAACCUCCAGAGAACGAUGGCGGAGAGAGAGUGAAGAGCUACUUUAUUGAGAAGAAGACCGUGGACGGCAAAGCCUGGACCAAGGUGAACCCAACCUGUGCUACUCAGUCUCUGGUGGUUCCAGACCUCAUUGUUGGGCAGGAGUACUUAUUCCGCGUCCGAGCUGAAAACCGCUUCGGGUUUGGGCCAUAUGUUGAGACAACUGAAAGCACCAAAGCCAGAGAUCCCAUCCAUCCCCCAGAUCCUCCAACAAGGCUCAAGAUCCAGAACAUAAGGAAAGGCACCGUCACUUUGACAUGGAAGGCUCCGAAGAACGACGGAGGUUCACCUGUUACGCACUACAGCGUUGAUCUCCUCUGCUGGGAUUCCAGCGGUGCCCAGAAGGAGUCCUGGAGGCGGUGCAACAGGAGAGACGUCGACACCACAACCUUUAAGGUGGAGGACCUGACUGAGGGAGACGAGUAUGAGUUCAGAGUGAUAGCUUACAAUGAGGCUGGACCCAGCCGACCAUCAUCUACUGCUGGACCCGUCACCAUCCAGGACCAGACCUGCGCUCCAUCCAUUGAGCUGAAGGAGUUUAUGGAGGUGGAGCAGGGCUCUGACAUCAGCAUCGUGGCCAAGCUUCGUGGAUGUCCCUUCCCCACGCUCACCUGGUACAAGGCGCCUCCCCACAAGCCAGACAACAAGGUGGAGGUCCAGUAUGAUGAGCACAUCAACAAGAUCGUGUCAGACGACAGCUGCACGCUGCUCAUCCAGCAGGGCAAACGUCACGACACCGGCCUCUACACCCUGGUGGCCUCCAACAGCCUCGGCAAGGCGUCCAAGGAAAUGAGGCUCAACGUGCUCGGUCGUCCUGGUCCUCCCUCAGCUCCUAUUAAGUUUGAGGAAAUCGGCGCGGAGAAGAUUACUCUCUCCUGGCUUCCACCAAAGGAUGAUGGUGGCUCUAAAAUCACAAACUACGUCAUCUGGAGACGGGUGGCCAACAGGAAGACCUGGGUGCCUGUAACCAACGAGCCCAAAGACCGCAUCUGGACUGUUGAGCACCUCAUGGAGGGACACGAAUACGUAUUCCGCAUCAUGGCACAGAACAAGUAUGGAGUUGGUGAGCCGCUGGACAGCGACCCCGAGGUCGCCCGAAACCUUUACACUGUUCCCGGUCAGUGUGAGAAGCCGACGGUGACCAAUGUCACCAUGGACUCCAUGACAGUCAACUGGGAGGAGCCUGAAGAUGAUGGCGGCACUCCGAUCACCGGCUACUGGCUGGAGCGCAAGGAGACCACAGGCAAACGCUGGGCCCGUGUUACCAGGGACCCCAUCCGCCCCAUGGGCCUUGGCGAGUCUUUUGUAAUAACUGGACUCAUCGAGGGAUCUCAAUAUUUAUUCAGAGUUUCUGCCAUCAACGCUGCGGGCCCAGGACUCCCCAGUCCUCCAACAGACCCCACCUUUGCAAGAGACCCCAUCUCUCCCCCAUCUCCUCCGACCCCGAAGGUUUCUGACUGGACAAGGUCCACAGUGGACCUAGAGUGGAUACCACCUCUGAAAGACGGCGGUUCCAAGAUCAUUGGCUACUGGGUGGAGUACAAGGAGGAGGGCACUGAGGCCUGGGUCAAGGCUAAGGAAACUGAAAUCCGAGGCACACGCUUUGUGAUCAGUGGCCUAAAGACAGGUGGUCAGUACAGGUUCAGGGUGAGUGCUUUUAAUGCUGCUGGUAAGGGCGAGCCAGGUGAAGUCCCAGAGGUGCUUGAGGUCAAUGACAGAGCCAUUGCUCCUGAGGUUGACCUUGAUGCCUCUAUGAAGGAGAGGAUGGUAGUCCAUGCAGGCGGUGUGAUCCGCCUGAUUGCCUAUGUGUCAGGGACGCCAACUCCUGAGGUCACCUGGACCAGAGAUGGUGCUGGACUGCCACUAGAAGCCAAAGUGGAGACCACAGCCAUCAGCUCUUCACUGGUCAUCAAACCCUGUGCCAGGAAACACCUCGGUGUUUACACUUUGACCGCCAAGAACGUCAGUGGGGAGAAGACAAAGAAUAUCACAGUAGAAGUCCUGGAUGUUCCUGGGCCUGUUGGCAUCCCGUUUCUUGCUGAAAACCUGAGCAUAGACUCCUGUAAGCUCAACUGGUUCUUCCCUGAGAAUGACGGAGGCUCUCCCAUCAGCAACUACAUCAUUGAAAAGCGUGAAGCUGAGCGUAAAGCUUGGACUUCGGUGUCCUAUAGCGCCAGCAGACAGAACGCCAUUGUUCGUGGUCUCACCAUUGGAAAGGCCUACUUCUUCAGAGUGGCUGCUGAGAAUGCCAUCGGCAUUGGACCAUUUGUGGAGACGGCAGCCGAGAUUAUAAUCAAAGAACCAAUAAGCGUACCGGACCGUCCUGAAGAACUGGAGGUCACCAAGGUUACCAAAGACUUGAUCAGUGUCACCUGGAAAGCGCCGAAAUUUGAUGGAGGGUCUGAGAUUACCAUGUACAUCCUGGAAGCCCGCAUGAUUGGCAAAGACAAGUUCGUCCGGCUCACCAAAGAGAAGCUGAUGGACAGGAAGUUCACAUACGAUGGUCUCAGAGAAGGCGACAGCUAUGAAUUCAGGGUGAUUGCGGUGAACGAAGUUGGGCCGAGCAAACCAUCAUUCUGCACCAAACCGAUUACUUGCAAGGAUGAACUUGAGCCACCUACAAUCGAGUUGGACUUCCGUGAUAAGGUCAUCAUACGUGUGGGAGAGAGCUGUCUACUUCAGGGACGGUACACAGGCAAACCCGCUCCAUCUAUUGUCUGGUACAGAGACGAUGAGGAGCUGAAGGCUGACAAACACGUCAUGUUCAAGAACACUGCAACCAUGAUGUCACUUGGCCUGGUGAAGGCAAAGAGGGAGCACAGCGGCAGAUAUGUGGUGGUUGUGGAAAACAGCACGGGAUCAAGGAAGGGUGUCUGCAACGUCACAGUCGUUGAUCGCCCAACUCCUCCUGUUGGCCCUGUGGUGUUUGAUGAGGUGCACAGGGAAUAUAUGGUGAUUUCCUGGAAGCCUCCUCUGGACAGUGGAGGUGUUGAUGUAUCUAACUACAUCAUUGAGAAGAGAGAUGUCAAUAGAGAGAUGUGGACCACUGUAACAUCUGCCACAACCAAGACCACAUGCAAGAUCCCCAAGCUGACGGAAGGAAGGGAGUACAUCAUGAGAAUAUUUGCAGAGAACAUGUAUGGUAUCAGCGACGCUCUGGAGUCGGAGGAAAUGAAAGCUAAAGAUCUCUUCAGAGUCCCUGAAGCCCCUGAGAUGCCAGUAGUCAGAGAGGUAUAUGCGACCAAUGCUUUGGUGCUGUGGAACCGACCCCGUGAUGGAGGUAAACCCAUUACCAACUACAUUCUGGAGAAAAAGGAGCCUGGAGCCAAGAGGUGGUCCAGAGUCACCAGAGACCCGCUUUACCCCGCCACUCAGUACCGAGUCCAGGACUUGGUGGAGGGCUGCGAGUAUGAAUUCAGGGUGAUGGCUGAGAAUGAGUUGGGAACUGGAGAUCCCAGUCCCCCAUCCAAGCCAAUCCUUGCCAAGGAUCCCAUUGUGCGCCCAAGUCCUCCAGUAACCCCAGAAGCUUACGACAAGACCAAAGACUCAGUUAGUCUGAGGUGGAAGAUGCCGCGUCACGAUGGAAAAGGACGAAUCUUUGGCUAUCUUGUGGAGUAUCAGAAGCCUGGUUCCGUAGAUUGGAUUCAGGCCAACGAGACUCCGGAGCAGUGUCCUGACCUCCACUAUGUGGUGACAGGCCUGACGGAUGGACAGGAGUAUGCCUUCAGGAUCUUUACUGUCAAUGCAGCAGGAAAAUCUGACCCCGCCUUCGUCAAACAGACCAUCAAAGUCCAUGACAGGCUUGAGGAGCCAGAGCUACUCCUGGAUGCGAACAUGGCUCGUGACCACUUGGCCAUGCUGGGCACUGAUAUCACUCUUAGUGCCACAAUUAAGGGUGUACCGACACCGACAGUCGCCUGGAAGAAAAAUGACGGAGAUGUUCCUUCUCACAUUACUGUUGCUGUCACCGCCACUGGCAGCAAAGUCUUCAUUCCCAAGUGUGUCCGUGCAGAUUCUGGCAACUACACCAUUACAGUCGAGAAUGCUGCUGGAAAGAAAUCUGCAACCGUUGCUGUUCUUGUCCUGAAUAAGCCUUCUCCUCCAAGAGAUCUUGUAGUGUCUGAGGUGACCAGUGAGUCUGCUUACCUGACAUGGAAGGCUCCAGAGGACAAUGGUGGAGCCGUGAUCUCUCACUAUGUUGUGCAAAGGAAGGAUGUGGCUGCUGAUCAGUGGGUACCAGUUGCUCCAGCUAAUAAAAAGCUUAGUCUUAUGGCAAUGUACCUGAUGGAGGGAAUCCAGUACCUAUUCAGGGUGGCUGCUGAGAACCAAUUUGGCAGGAGUGAUUUCAUAGUGACCAAGACACCCAUCAAAGCUCUUGAUCCUCUAUAUCCUCCUGGCCCACCCAAAAACCUCCAUCAUACUGAUGCAGACAAAACAGAGGUGUGGUUGGCCUGGGAGUGGCCUGAUCGCACCGGUGGAAGCGAAAUUACUGGCUUCAUUGUUGAACGCCAGGAAGAGGGCCAAACAGACUGGGUUACAUUCAAGACUGUGAGCAAUAACCACAGUCAUGUCACAGGUCUGGAAGAAGGCAAGACUUACCGCUUCAGGGUCAAGGCUCAGAAUGCCAUUGGUGUAAGCCGCCCUGACACCAGUGUCCCCAUCACUUGCCAGGAGAAGACCUUGCCACCUACUAUUGAAGUUGAUGUGAAGCUGAUUGAGGGUCUUGUAGUCAAAGCUGGAACUACUAUUACUCUACCAGCUAAAAUGACGGGAAUCCCUCUUCCCACAGCUAAAUGGCUUAGCGAUGGCAAGGAGAUACCAUCAGAGGGGCGAUUCAAAAUUGAAUCUGCUGGAUCUUCAACCAUCCUCAGUAUCACAGAGUGUCAGAGAGGAGACACUGGAGAGUACAUACUCACUGUUUCCAAUCCUGCAGGUAGUAAGACAGUCGCCCUACACGUCACUGUGUUGGAUCUACCAGGACCACCAAUUGGACCGAUCAAUAUCUUGGAGGUCACCCCUGAUCACAUGAUGAUACAGUGGAGGCCACCAAAAGAUGAUGGUGGCACACCUAUCACCAACUAUGUGGUGGAAAAGAAGGAUGUCAAGAAACCAUGGGAGCCCUGGUCAGUUGUUAGCUCCAGUGGAACCAGCACAAAGGCCAAGGUGACAAGGUUGGAGAAAGGUCGUGAAUACAUUGUCAGGGUCCGAGCAGAGAACAAAAUUGGUAUUGGUGCUGGUCUUGAAAGUCCUCCUACUAUUGCCAAGCACAUGUUCAAUCCUCCCGGUCCUCCAGGCUUCCCAGAGUGUUCUGAUAUCACAGAAAAUGCUGUGACAGUGGAAUGGGCCCUACCUGACUAUGAUGGAGGCAGUCCCAUCAGUGGAUAUGUGGUUGAACGCAGAGAGAUGACAGGAAAGUGGAUCCGUGUCAAUAAAACCCCGGUUCUGGACCUAAGAUACAGAGUCUCUGGUCUGUUUGAAGGCAAUACCUAUGAAUUCAGAGUGUUUGCUGAAAACAUUGCUGGUAUAAGUGAGCCUUCACUCACAUCUGACCCAGUCAAAGCUACACGGGCCAUCACAAAACCUGGACCCCCUGGUAACCCCAAACUUAAGGACUGGAGUAAAUCCUAUGCAGACAUCUGCUGGACCAAACCCACAAGGGAUGGAGGAAGUCCAAUUUUGGGUUAUGUUGUUGAGGUCCAAAAGUCCGGAAGUGCCCAGUGGGAUAGAAUCAACAAGGAUCUAAUCAAGAUCUGUGCUUACAGAGUGCCUGGCCUCAUUGAAGGAAUGGAGUACAGACUGCGUAUCAGAGCUACAAACAAGGUUGGAGACAGUGAUCCCAGGGAGCUUCCUGAGACAAUUUUGGCAAAAGACAUCCUGGUGCCUCCUGAAGUUGUGGUUGAUGUCUCCUGCCGUGACUCUGUCACAGUUAGAGCAGGUCAAAUAAUCAGUUUGAUUACAAGAGUUAAAGGCAGACCUGAUCCAGAGAUCACAUGGACCAAGGAUGCCAGAGUCUUGUCUCGGGAGAAGCGCACAGAAUUUAACAACAACUACCCUGUUUGUGAACUAAUCAUCAACGAUGCCAUCAGGUCAGAUUAUGGAAAAUAUGGCAUUGUUGCCAAGAAUAGCAGUGGACAAGCACAGGCCACUAUUUUGGUCAAUGUCUUGGACACACCAGGACCUUGCCAAAAUUUGAAAGUGGCCUAUGCAACAAAGAAAUCGUGCAUGGUCUCCUGGGAAAACCCAGAGGACAAUGGAGGCACUGAGAUAACUCAGUAUAUCAUAGAAUGCCGUCAGCCCAGCCAAAGAGGGUGGACAGUGGUCUCCAAUGAUUGGACCAAGCGCUUGAUAAAAGCUCCUCUUACUGAGGGCUGUGAGUACUUCUUCCGUGUAAGUGCUGAAAAUAAGAUAGGAGUGGGUCCAUCCACGGAGACAAAGUCCCCUGUUUUGGCAGUGGAUCCCAUUGAGAAACCUGGGGAACCCAUCGACUUCCAUAUAUCUGAGAUCGGAAAGACCUUCUGCUUCUUGAAAUGGAAGAAACCCGAUUACGAUGGUGGCAGUCGAAACUUAGCCUAUCAUAUUGAAAAGAAACCAAAAGAAGCCGAAGAAUGGGAGAGGCUUCAUAAGGGCGCUAUCAAGGAGACCUACUUCAUGGCAGACAGGUGUAUCGAAAACCAAAUCUACCAGUUCAGGGUUCAGACUAAGAAUGAGGGAGGCGAAAGUGACUGGGUGACCACGGGAGAAGUGCUAGUUAAGGAGCAGCUGGUAGAGCCUGAGGUUAAGGUUAAACUGGAUGCAACCCUUGUAGUGAGGGCAGGAGACUCUAUUGCAAUUGAAGCAACGGUCAAAGGCAAACCUCAGCCUGACGUCAAAUGGACAAAGGAUGAGCGCACAGAAGAGAUUAGGAAAGGCCUCAGACAUCAGCUUGAAACUGGUGUAGACUUCUCCAAGCUAUUGAUUACAGGUGCCAGGCGCACCGAUAGUGGCCAAUAUGUUGUCACAGCCUCCAACAGUGCAGGAACCAGCUCUGCUAAAGGCACAGUGAAUGUACUAGAUAGACCUGGUCCCAUCAGAGACCUCAAGGUGUCUGAUAUCACCACCGACAGGUGCAAUCUGGCCUGGGAAGUUCCCGAAGACGACGGCGGCUGCGACAUUUACAACUACAUCAUUGAGAAAUGCGAGACCAAGAGAGGUGUUUGGUCUGUUCACUCCAAUGCAGUCAUCACCAAUAAAGCUAAAGUAACCAGACUUAUUGAGGGUAAUGAGUACAUCUUCAGGGUUCGAGCUGAGAAUAAAAUGGGUCCUGGGCCUGCAGUUCAGAGUGACGCGAUUGUUGCCGGCACCCAGUUCAAUGUUCCUGAUGCCCCUGAAGCACCAGAGGUCACCAAGAUCAGUAAAGAGGAGAUGACCGUACAGUGGUCAGAUCCUGAGAAGGACGGUGGAAAACCAAUCAUAGGCUAUCUUCUGGAGAAGAGAGAGGAGCACGCAAUUCGUUGGUCUCCUGUCAACAAAGAUCCAGUCCCUGGAAAUCGUUUCACAGUGACUGGACUAUUGCCUCUCCAUGAUUACCAGUAUAGAGUUAAGGCAGUGAAUGAAAUUGGAGUUGGUAAUGCGAGUAAGCCUUCUCGUGCCAUAACUGCAAAGGAUGCAGUUGAACCUCCUGCACCACCUACCAACUUAAAGGUUGCAGACAGCACAAAAUCCACAGUAACCCUGAGCUGGACCAAGCCUGUGUCUGAUGGUGGAGCUCCUCUCAUUGGCUAUGUUGUGGAGAUGAGGGCACAGGGGACUGCAAAGAAAGGAGAUGAUGGCUGGAGGAGAUGCAAUGUGGCAGCACAACUUAUUGUCUGCGAGUUUACAGUCACAAGUCUUGAUGAGAAGCUUGUAUACGAAUUCAGGGUGUCGGCUCAAAACCAGGUGGGCAUGAGCCUGCCCUGUGACCUGGAGGGUGGUGUGAUUCCAAGAGAAAUCUUAGAGGCUCCAGAGAUUGACCUGGAUGCCAACCUGAAGGAUGGCCUCACAGUUCGCGCCGGUUGUCCCAUUAGACUUUGCGCCACCAUCAGAGGCAGACCACAUCCCACCGUAACUUGGAGGAGAAUGGGUAUCGACAACGUGGUUAGGAAGGGUAAAGUCGACAUCAUCGACACAAUGACCUUCCUGGUCAUUCCUGACAGCACCCGUGACGACUCUGGGAAAUACUGUCUGACGCUAAAGAGCCCUGCAGGAGAAAAGGCUGUGUUUGUCACUGUUAAGGUUCUGGAUACUCCAGGACCUGUAGCAAACCUUGAAGCCACAGACAUUAAACAGACCUCCGUUACGUUGGCUUGGAAUCCUCCAGAGAACAAUGGUGGCAGUGAGGUGACGCACUACAUAGUUGAAAAGCGAGAGCUUGACCGCAAGACAUGGGCAACGGUCAAGACUGAAGUUCAGCCGGAUAAGAUUCCCCUCAAAGUUAGUGGGCUGAUACCUGGAACUGAAUACUACUUUAGAGUCAUAGCUGUCAAUGAAUAUGGCUCUGGAGUUCCCAAAGUGACACCUACUUCUUACCUGGCUUCUGAUCCUGUCAGCAAGCCAGACCCUUGUCCGAAGAUUGAAAUUUUGGAGAUAACCAAGAACAGUGCAGUGGUUGGCUGGGUGAAGCCUGAAAGAGACGGUGGUGCAAAAAUCGAUGGUUAUGUUAUUGAGUACAUUGAAGUCAAACCUCCUCCAGAGCCACAGGCCCCUGUGGAGGUGGUUGAAGGAGAGGAAGCUCCUCCACCACCUCCUCCACCACCAGUGGUGGAUGAUGAAGAGGAAGAAGAACCUGAGAAGGAAGUGUGGAACGCCUACACAACAGUUAAAGGUUUAUCCAUCAGUGUCAGUGGCCUGAAGGAAGGCAAGAGGUACAAGUUCAGGGUGGCUGCCAAGAACAUCAUGGGUAUGAGUUCGUUCACUGAAACCAGAGAGCCAACUGAGAUCAAGGAACAGAUGGUCGAGCCAAAGAUUGUUAUGGCAGAAACAGCCAGUGCUAGGGCUGGAGCCAAGCUCAGAGUGGAGGCACUGGUUUCAGGAAAACCCGUUCCAACGUGCAAGUGGACGCGUGGUGAGAAAGCUGUGGUCCCGUCCAGUCGUUUGGCUGUGCAUCAAUCUGGCAACUUGUGUGUCCUGAUCAUCAAAGACGUGACAAGGAGUGACAGUGGAGAAUACAGUCUUGUUGCAGAGAACAGCACUGGACAAAUUUCCCAGGCAAUAAAGAUUGUUAUUAGAGACAUCCCUGGUCCUCCUGAAGGCCCUGUGGAGAUCAGUGACAUUGAUUCUGAUGCUUGCUCCCUGUCCUGGAACAAACCCCUGGAGGAUGGCGGCAGCAACAUUACAAACUAUGUGAUUGAGAAAUGUGACGUGAGCAGAGGCGAUUGGGUGACAGCCCUCUCCUCCUGCGCAAAGACCAGCUGCAGGUUGGGAAAGCUUGUUCCUGGAAAAGAAUAUGCGUUCCGCAUCAGAGCUGAAAACCGUUUCGGUGUGUCGGAUCCCCUUCAGUCUGAAAGAAUGGUCGCAAAGUUCCCCUUUGAUGUUCCAAGUGAGCCCACAAACUGCCGUGUGAACAAGACCAACAAGGAUUGUAUGUUUGUUGCCUGGGAUAAACCGGAGAAUGAUGGGGGCAGUCCCAUCACAGGGUACUACAUUGAGCGUAAGGAGAGAAACAGCCUGCUGUGGGUGAAGGCCAACGACACUGUGGUCCGCACGACUGAGUACCCCUGCGCUGGUCUAAUUGAGGGCCUGGAAUAUACCUUUAGAGUGUCGGCCAUUAACCGUGCUGGCCAGGGAAAACCAAGCAAGAAAACAGACUUUGUAACAGCAAGGACACCUGUUGACACUCCAGGUAAACCUGAAGUUCUGGAUGUGACCAGGAACUCUGUCACUUUGGUUUGGGCCCGUCCUAAAAACGACGGAGGAAGCAAGAUCAUAGGCUAUUAUGUUGAGGCCAUGCGGGUGCCUGGGGACACCUGGAUCCGUUGCAACACCAGCAGUCAGAACGUUCCCAAGGAGGAGUAUACAGUGACGGGACUUGAAAGAGACCUUCAGUACCAGUUCAGGGUCAUCGCUAAAACUGCAGUGAACAUGAGCAAACCUUCAGAGCCCUCAGACCCAGUCCUGGUCUGUGCUGAGAAUGUUCCUCCCAGGAUUGAACUUAACGCCAAGAUGCAAAAAGCUUUAACGGUAAAAGCUGGAGCCAAAAUCUUGUUGGAAGCAGAUGUGUUUGGUAAACCUAUGCCCAGAGUCACUUGGAAGAGAGGCGAUGAUACACUGAAGUCAGGCGAAGGCCAGGUCAUUACACAGCAAAGACAGCACUUCCAGUUGGAGAUACCAUCUGUCACCAAAGAGCACACAGGCACCUACACAGUGCUGGCUGAAAAUGCAAGCGGCUCCAAGACGGCAGAAAUCCAGGUCAAUGUACUAGAUGUGCCCGGCCCCCCUGCCAGUGCUACAUAUAUUGAGGUGUUAGCCUCCAGUAUCAAGCUGUCAUGGCAGCCUCCUGUGAAAGAUGGUGGUGCCCCUGUCUGCAGCUACAUCGUGGACAAGCGUGAAACCAGCAGAACUAACUGGGCACAAGUGACAACCAAGAUAAAGGGAGACGUAUUUGAAUUUAAUGUGGAGAAAUUAAUUGAAGGUCGUGAAUAUCAGUUCCGAAUUCGUGCUGAAAAUGCAUGGGGAGUUGGAGACCCAUUUAUAACCAGUCCAGUCAUUGCCAAGAACCCUUUCACUGUCCCAGGUCCCUGUGAAGCGCCCCUGAUAACCAAUGUGACCAAAGAAAACAUGACUGUGAGCUGGAAGGAGCCUGUUGAUGAUGGAAAGUCCACUGUUCUGGGCUACAUGGUGGAAAAGAAGGAGAGCAAGGAGAUGAAGUGGACCAGGAUUAAUAGAAAGCCCAUAACAGAAAGGAGUCUUGAAGUGACAGGCCUAACAGAAGGAGUUGAGUAUGAGUUUAGAGUCAUUGCUGUCAACAAAGCUGGACUUGGGAAUCCCAGCGAACCCUCUGCUGGCACCACCGCACAGAAUCCUAUUACUCCUCCUGGACCAGUCAUAAACCCCAAUGUGGCGGAUACAACUCACAGCACAAUCAGUCUCACUUGGACUGCACCAGCUAACAAUGGUGGAAGCCCCAUUAUUGGAUACUUGGUAGAAUGCAAGAGAACCGACACCACAGACUGGAUCCGCUGCAAUGUUCCCAGAAACCUGCAGGACACCCACUACAUCAUUCAGAACCUAAUUGACAAAGCAGAGUACCAGUGUCGCAUCACUGCUGUCAAUAAAGUGGGCUUUGGUGAGCCAGCUGAAGUCCCAGGCAAACAUGUUGCGAAGGAUAUCAUAGUUGCUCCAGAAGCAGAGCUAAGUGCCGAGCUGAAAGAAGUCCUUGAACUUAAUGCUGGCACGACGAUGAAGCUGUAUGCUACAAUCAAGGGUCGUCCCACUCCCAAAGUUACCUGGGCAAAGAUGAACACCAACAUUAAGGACCGUCAAGGCAUUGUCAUCAAGUCUAGCAACACUGAUACCAUGGUUAUGGUGGAGAAGGUCAACAGAUAUGAUGCUGGCAAAUACAUUCUCUCCCUGGACAGCUUGGCUGGCAUGAAGAUGUACACCAUUGUUGUCAAAGUUUUUGAUACGCCAGGUCCACCGGUAAACCUGAUGGUGAAGGAGACGUCCAAAGACAGUGCUCACAUCCUCUGGGAUGCUCCUCUGAUUGAUGGCGGUUUUGAAGUCACGCACUACAUAGUGGAGAAACGUGACACUGAAAGAAAGGCCUGGUCCAUCGUCUCGAACAACUGUGCCAAAACUUCAUUUAAGGUUCCAGACCUGGAUGCUGGACGGUCCUAUUGCUUUAGAGUGUCGGCAGUCAACAAGCUCGGUGUUGGAGAAACUUGUGAAACAGCUGAUGCAGUGAGAGCAACAGAGGAGCCUGGACCUGUCAUGGACUUCAAAACUUUGCUGGUGACCAAGGACUCGUGCACCUUAAGUUGGAAGAAACCCCUAACUGACGGUGGUAGUCGCAUUAUCUGCUAUGUGCUAGAGGUUCUCAAUGGUGAUGACAAAUACAAGGAGCUUAUGAGGUCCAAGAACAUGCAGUAUAGUGCCAAGGACCUUGUGGAGGGUAAAGAGUACACAUAUCGAGUCAAAGCUGUAAACGAUUCAGGAGAAAGCUCUGCCAAGGAGCUGAUCGUGAUUGCUAAGGACCAAAUUAUUCUUCCAAGCUGCGACUUGAGAGAGUUGCCCAACAUGUGCUACAUUGCCAAAGAGGGCAGCACCGUCCGUCUAAAGAUUCCAAUAAUUGGCAAACCUACUCCCAAGGUUACCUGGAAGAAGGGAGAUGAUGAAGAUCUGACAGACACCGGCAGGGUCUGUGCCGAAUCAUCUGCAGUCAACACCACCCUCCUGAUCAGGGACUGUCAGCGAACUGAUGCUUCGAAGUACACCAUCACCUUGAGAAAUAGUGCUGGCACAAAAGAGUCCACAAUCUUUAUCAGGGUGGUCGGUAAACCUGGCAUCCCUAUUGGACCAAUAAAAUUCAAAGAUGUUACUGCUGAUGGUGCUACGUUAAAGUGGGGUGUCCCUAAGGAUGAUGGUGGCUCAGAGAUUACUAACUACAUCUUGGAAAAAAGGGACUCCAUCACCAACAUGUGGGUGACCAUUUCGUCAACUGUGGAGACAAAUACAAUGAGGGUGACGGGUCUUCAUGAGGGCACAGAAUACAUUUUCAGAGUCAGUGCAGAGAACAAGUACGGUGUUGGAGAGGGACUUAAGUCUGAGCCUAUUGUUGCAAAACAUCCAUUUAACGUACCUGAUGCACCUCCUCCACCUCAGAUCAUGAGUAUGCGACAUGAUUCUGCAUAUCUCGCCUGGUCUGACCCCAGAAAGACUGGAGGAUCUCCAAUCACAGGCUACCAUGUUGAGUUUAAGGAGAGGAACAGUAUGUUGUGGAAAAGAGCCAGUCCAGCUGCCUUAAAGAUGAAGGAACACAAAGUCACUGGACUAACUGAAGGUUUGGAGUACGAGUUUAGAGUAAUGGCUAUUAACUUGGCUGGAAUCGGCAGGCCGAGUGCUCCAACGGAUCCGCAGGUGGCCCUAGAUCCCAUCGAUGCACCUGGUAAACCGGAUGUAAUCAGCAUUACUAGAAGCAGUGUGACCCUCCAGUGGACUGAACCUCAAUUCGAUGGUGGUCACCGGUUGACAGGAUACAUUGUAGAGAAGCGGGAUCUCCCUUCCAAGAUCUGGGUGAAAGCAAACAACGUGAAUGUUGUGGAACCAGCAUUUACUGUUGCUGAUCUCCAAGAAGGCUGCAAAUAUGAAUUCAGGAUUAGGGCAAAGAAUGCUGCAGGUGCCCUCAGCCCACCUUCUGAGCAGACAGAUACCAUUAUGUGUACAGACGAAUAUGCUUCUCCGACCAUAAUCAUUGAUGCUCAGGUAAAGGAAGGUCUGACCGUCAGGGCUGGUGAUACAAUUGUUGUCACUGCAACAAGCAUUUUGGGGAAACCUGCACCAACCUCCUGCUGGUCAAAGGGAGGAAAAUACUUCAAACCCUCUGACAUUGUUCAAAUAGAAACCACUCCAACAUCAUCCACUUUGUCUGUGAAAUAUGCUGGCAGAAAAGACUCUGGAGAAUACGUCAUCACAGCCACAAAUCCAUUUGGUGUAAAGGAGGAAACGGUCAAGGUCAAAGUUCUGGAUGUCCCUAGUGCUCCUGGGCCCAUAGAGUGCAGCGGAGUGUCCUCUGAAAAGGUGACUCUUACUUGGACAGCCCCUACCGAGGACGGAGGCUCUCCUAUCAAAUAUUACACCCUGGAGAAGAGGGAAACUAGCCGUCUGCUCUGGACAGUCCUGGAAGAGAAGGUCCUUGACUGUCACUAUGUGGCUCACAAACUCAUUCAGGGCAAUGAGUAUUUCUUCAGAGUCUCUGCCGUGAACCAGUAUGGUGCUAGUGAGCCAUCUCCUUCUGAAGCUGUCAAGAUGAUUGACAGAUUUGGUCCCCCUGGUCCACCAUCUAAACCAGAAGUUGAGAAAGUUGAUGGACAUGCAGUAACCUUGACUUGGAGAAGACCAGCUGACGAUGGAGGAAGUGACAUUACUGGUUAUAGUAUUGAGAAAAAGGAAAAGAAAGCGAUGCGUUGGGUUAGGGCAUCCAAGAAAUCCAUUGCUGAGCUCAGCUUCGAAGUCACGGGUCUUACUGAGGAUGUUGAAUAUGAGUUCCGUGUUCUUGCUGAGAACAAAGCUGGUUUUGGAGAGCCAAGUGAACCAUCUAUGCCUGUCAAAACAAUAGUUGCAGCCUAUGUUCCAGGACCUCCCGUCAAUCCAAGAGUUACAGAUACAACUAAAACUACUGCUACACUGAACUGGGGGAAACCUCUGGAUAAUGGUGGACUUGAAGUCACUGGAUAUGUGAUUGAGCACAGAAAGGAGGGAACAGAAGAAUGGAUUAAGGACACUCCUUCUUCUCUACUUAGAAUCACAGAGUUUGUUGUUCCUGGCUUGGAAACUGGUGCCAAGUACCAUUUCAGGAUUAGUGCUGUAAAUGCCAAAGGAGCUGGUGAACCUGCUGAAACUCAGGAAUUGGUUGAGAUUGUAGAACAUGCUGCCGAGCCUGAUUUAGAAUUGGAUAUAGAGCUGAGGAGAACCCUUGUUGUCAGAGCUGGUUGCUCCAUCCGUCUCUUUGUGCCAAUCAAGGGUCGUCCGGCUCCCACAGUCACUUGGAGUAAAGAGGGUGGGCCAGUUACACGUGCAGUCAUUGAUAGCACUGAAUCUUUCACUAUGCUGCUUAUCCCUGAGAGUUCAAGGAUUGAUGCUGGCAAAUAUGAGCUCACCCUUGAAAACUCAGCUGGAAAGAAAAGUGCUGAUAUUCAUGUGAGAGUCUUGGAUUCACCUGGACCUCCUCUUAACCUCAAACCAGUAAAGAUUGACAAAGAUAGUAUUACACUUCAGUGGGAUAUUCCUCUAAUUGAUGGAGGAGCCAAAAUCACAAAUUACAUAAUUGAGAAAAGAGAAUCAACACGUAAGGCUUUUGCUACUGUGAUUACAAAGUGCCCAACAACUUCAGUCAGAAUUGGUGACUUAGGUGAAGGCUGCGAAUACUACUUCAGAGUGUCUGCUGAAAAUGAGUAUGGCAUUGGAGAGGCGGUUGAAACUGCUGAUCCCAUUCGUGCAUCCCAAGCACCCACUCCUCCAGAGAGCAUUAUUCCCACAGACAUCACAAAGACCUCUGUAAGCCUAGCAUGGACCAAACCCAGACAUGAUGGUGGAAGCAGAAUUACAGGAUAUGUUCUAGAAGCCAAGAAGAAGGGAACAGACCAGUGGGCACAUGUUACGACAGUGAAGACCAUGGAUUUCACAGUGAAGAAUCUCAAUGAGAAUGAGGAGUAUAUUUUCCAUGUCAUGGCUGUCAACCACUCUGGUAGAAGUGCUCCGCGUGAGAGCAAACCCAUUAUUGUCAAAGAUUCUACAUCGCUUCCUGAGUUUGACUUGCGUGGUGUGUGUAGGAAGACUGUCAUUGCUAAAGCAGGAGAUGACAUUAAGGUUGAAAUUCCAGUUAUGGGACGUCCGAGACCAACAAUUUCUUGGCAGAAGGAUGGAGCAGCCCUGAAAGUCACCCAGAGAAUCAAUAUAGAAACGACUGCAGCUACUGUUAUUAUCAGCAUAAGUCAAUGCACUAGAGCUGACAGUGGUGUUUACUCCUUAACAGCGAAGAACAUUGUUGGAUCUGUGACAGAGAACAUAAUCAUCAAGGUGCAUGAUGUACCCGGGCCACCAAAAGGACCUGUGAAGAUUGUGGAUAUAUCUCGCACCUAUUGCACCUUUUCUUGGGAAGCUCCUGAGAAUGAUGGCGGUAUUCCAAUUAACAACUAUGUGGUUGAAAUUAGAGACACCACUUCCCAAACAUGGACUGAACUCUCAUCAACUGUUAUUCGCACAGUGUUUAAAGCUAUACGGUUAAACACUGGAUCAGAGUACCAGUUUAGAGUAAAAGCUAAAAAUAGAUAUGGUGUUGGACCCCCUAUCACAUCAGAGGCUGUGAUGGCUGCCUAUCCAUUCAAAGUACCUGGGCCACCAGGAACUCCCAGUGUAGUUGCGUUCACUAAAGACUCAAUAACAAUUGGCUGGAACGAACCUGUCUCUGAUGGUGGAAAUGAAGUCAUUGGCUAUCAUGUUGAAAGGAAGGAAAGAAGUGGCAUUAUAUGGCACAGGAUCAGCAACAGUCUUGUGAAAGGCAAUAUUUUCAAGUCAUCAGGACUUGAAGAUGGAGUUGCUUACGAAUUCCGUGUCUUGGCUGAAAACAUGGCUGGAAUCGGUAAACCAAGUAAAGCCUCAGAGGCAAUUCUGGCCUUGGACCCUGUGGAUCCGCCAGGUCAGCCUAUUCCCAUUUUUGUUAACAACAGCGCCAUAACUGUUCAGUGGACAAAGCCUGCCUAUGAUGGUGGCUUUAAGAUCACUGGUUACACAGUAGAAAAGAGAGAACUGCCGGCUGGCCGUUGGAUGAGAGCUAACUUUACCAACAUCAUUGAGACGGCCUUCACUGUCAGUGGACUGGCUCAGGACACCUCAUACGAGUUCCGUGUCAUAGCCAGAAACUCAGCCGGAGCAGUAAGCAUGCCAUCCGAACCAUCUGACCCAAUUACCUGCAAAGAUAACAUAAUCGAGCCACGUAUUAUGGUUGAUGCCAUCUUUAAGGACAUUGUUCUUCUAAAGGCAGGAGAGUCCUUUAAGCUUGAAGCUGAUAUUGCUGGCCAGCCAACCCCAUCUAUGGCUUGGACAAAGGACGGAAAGGAAGUUGAGAACACAAUGAAGCUGGAGGUUAGGUUCACUGAACUAACAACUAUUCUGACUAACAAGGACUCUGUUAGAUCGGAUGGAGGUGAAUUUGUUUUGACUGCCACUAAUGUCGGUGGAUUUGCUAAACACAUCUUUAAUGUUAAAGUGCUUGACAGACCUGGACCACCGAUUGGACCCCUGAAAGUGUCUGAUGUAACUGCUGACAACUGUGUACUUACCUGGGCUCCACCAGCAGACGAUGGUGGUGCCAAAAUCGAAGGAUAUGUAGUCGAGAAACGUGAAUCCAGUAGACUUGUUUGGACCAAUGUGGUUUCAGGGCUGCAAGUUACACAGCACAAAGUAACUAAGCUUCUCAAAGGAAAUGAAUACAUUUUUAGAGUAAUGGCUGUGAACAAAUAUGGCCUUGGAGAAUCUCUUGAAUCAGAACCCACUAUUGCAGACAACCCAUAUGUGAAACCUGACCCACCAGAAAAUCCUGAGGUGACAGCUAUUACUAAAGAUUCAAUGGUUGUCAUGUGGCAAGCACCUAGGAGUGAUGGUGGAACUCCAAUUACCAACUACAGUAUUGAAAGGAAAGACAGAGCUGGCCUCCGCUGGGUCAAAUGUAAUACAAGAAAAGUCAAAGACCUACAGUUCAAGGCAACAGGUCUUACUACAGGACAUGAAUAUGAAUUUAGAAUAUUUGCUGAGAAUGCUGCUGGAGUGAGUGUACCAAGUGUGCCCAGUCUAUUCUACAGAGCCACUGAUGGGCUGUACAAGCCAGGGGCUCCAUGCAACCCCAGAAUCUUGGACACAACCAAAUCCUCAAUUACCAUUGCCUGGAACAAACCUGUAUACAAUGGAGGCUCUGAAAUCACUGGUUACAUUGUUGAGACAUGCAUCCCAAGUGAAAAAGAGGAAGAGGAGGAAUGGACCAUUGUAACUCCCAAAGAAGGUCUCCUUGCAACAUUGUUUACCCUCACUAAUCUGAAAGAAAAUCAGGAGUAUAAGAUUAAUAUUUCUGCCAUUAAUAGUGAAGGAGUUGGUGAGGCAGCACUUGUUCCUGGAAAUCCUAAAGCUGAGGACAGACUCCUUCCUCCGGAGAUAGACUUAGAUGCUGAGCUCCGCAAAGUGGUCAGUCUGAGAGCUUGCUGCACACUCCGACUGUUUGUUCCAAUUAGAGGCAGACCAGCUCCUCAGGCAAAGUGGUCUAAAGGUGAUGGUGAGCCUUUAGAGAGGGCAACCAUUGACAGUACAUCAUCAUACACAUCCCUUGUAAUUGAAAAUGUCAAUAGAUUUGACAGUGGAAAAUAUAACCUCACCAUUGAAAACAGCUCUGGCUCCAAGACGGUUACAGUUCAAGUCAGGAUUCUUGAUACACCAAGUGCCCCACAAAAUCUGAAAAUUACUUCAGUCACAAACAAAGCUGUCACUUUAACAUGGGAUCCACCAGUGAAUGAUGGAGGAGUCAAAAUUAAGAAUUAUAUAGUAGAAAAACGGGAGUCCACAAGGAAAGCAUAUGCCACAGUUAAUGCCAACUGCCAUAGUACCGUCUUCACAGUUGACCAGCUUUUAGAAGGGUGUAACUAUUACUUCAGAGUUUUAGCUGAAAAUGAAUAUGGCAUUGGCUUGCCCAUUGAAACAACUGAAUCAGUUAAAGUGUCUGAGAAGCCACAACCACCUGGUAAAAUCACUCUGAAAGACGUCACCAAGAACAGCGUAACCCUAUCAUGGGAAAAGCCAGAACACGAUGGUGGCAGCAGAGUAGGUUGUUAUGUUGUUGAGAUUCAGCCAAAGGGUGUGGAUAAGUGGACCCAGGCUAUGAUUGUGAAAGAGACAGAAGCUACUAUCAGUGGACUAAAUGCAGGGGAGGAGUAUAUGUUCCGUGUAGCAGCAAAGAAUGAGAAAGGAACCAGUGACCCUCGUCAAAUUGGUGUCCCUGUCAUAGUGAAAGAUCUAAUCAUUGCACCAGUUGCUAAAAUACUGUUCAAUACAUUCAGUGUUUUGGCAGGAGAAGACUUGACAGUGGAGAUUCCAUAUGUGGCACGCCCUAAAGCAACUGCUACCUGGAUAAAAGAUGGUCAGCCUCUGAAAAGAACUACCAGAGUCAACUUUGGUGCAACAGACACAUUGUUGAACCUCAACAUUAAAGAGGCAGCUAAGGAUGAUGUUGGCCAGUAUACUGUCACUCUUGGCAAUAUAGCAGGAGAGACAACGGUAAAUAUUGGUAUUGUUGUUCUAGACAAGCCUGGCCAGCCCAGAGGGCCUGUCAAGGUGGAGGAGGUCACGUCUGAUAGUAUAACAAUCUCCUGGAACCCACCAGAUUAUGAUGGUGGAUGCCCCAUCAAAAACUACACUGUGGAAAAAAGAGACACAUCCACAACUACCUGGAUGGUUGUAUCUCAAAACCUAGCAAGAACAAAAAUUAAGGCAGGCAGGUUGAAGACUGGCUCUGAGUAUCAGUUUAGGAUUGCUGCUGAAAACAGAUAUGGAAAGGGACCAGCUCUCCAAACAGAAUGUAUUGUUGCUCAGUACCCAUACAAGCUCCCAGGACCACCAGGAACACCAAACAUUGCCGCCUGCUCUAAGGACAGCAUGGUUGUAGCCUGGAAUGAGCCUGUGAGUGAUGGUGGAAGUGCUAUCUUAGGCUAUCAUCUUGAACGCAAAGAGAGAAAUAGCAUCUUGUGGGUCAAACUAAACAAGUCUCUCAUUACUGACCAAACUUUCAAGACCACAGGUCUGGAACCAGGAAUGGAGUAUGAAUACCGUGUUUACGCUGAAAACAUUGUAGGAAUAGGAAAAGCAAGCAAAGUGUCUGAAGGCCAUAUUGCAAGAGAUCCCUGUGAUCCUCCUGGCACUCCAGAAGCAACAAAAAUCACUAAAGACUCCAUAACCAUUGUUUGGACCAAGCCUGAAUAUGACGGUGGUGCAAAGGUGACGGGGUACAUUGUUGAAAAGAAGGAGCUUCCUGAGGGUCGUUGGUCAAAGGCCAAUUUUACCAAUGUCAUUGAGACAGAAUAUGUUGCAACUGGACUUAUACAAGAUAAUCAAUAUGAGUUUCGGGUUAUUGCUAGAAAUGCUGCAGGUGUUUUCAGUUUACCCUCUUACAGCACAGGCCCUAUAACCGCCAGGGAUGAGAUUGAACCACCACACAUCAGCAUUGACCCUGAAUACACACAGACGCUUGUGGUUAAUGCCGGGGACAACUUCAAAAUUGAUGCCGAUGUGCAUGGCAAACCAUUGCCGUCCAUUCACUGGCUGAAGGGAGAACAGGAACUCGGCAACACUAUUCAUAGAGAAAUUAAGAACACACCCACUAAAGCUUAUAUAUCAGUUAAGGAAUCUAAACUGUCAGAUGGAGGCCGAUACACUCUUUUGCUGAAAAAUCCUGGUGGAGAAAAGGCUGUCCAAAUCAACGUUGUUGUCCUUGAUAAGCCUGGGGAACCUCAAGGACCUCUUGUUGUUACAGGAAUAGCCAAAGAUCAUUGUUCCCUUGCAUGGAAACCACCACUUCAAGAUGGUGGCAGCAAAAUAUCUCACUAUAUUGUUGAGAGAAGAGAGACAAGCCGACUUGUCUGGACUGUUGUUGAUCCAAAAGUACAGAAUAUUUGUCUCAAAGUAAAUAAGCUUCUGGAAGGAGAUGAAUAUAUCUUCAGAGUCUAUGCUGUGAAUCAGUUUGGAGUGGGCUCACCUCUGGAAUCUGCUCCUGUUUUAAUUAAAGAUCCAUACGUCCCACCUGGAACACCAAAGAAUAUUGAAGUUUCAGAUGUUAAAAAGGAUUCAAUGGUGCUAAGCUGGGAGGCUCCUUCUGAAGAUGGGGGCAGUCCUAUUACUGGAUACAUAAUUGAGAAGCAUGACAAAGAAGGAGUGCGAUGGACAAGAUGUAACAGGCAAACAGUUACAGAUCUGACAUUUAAAGUAACUGGACUAAUGGAAAGUCACAUUUAUGAAUUCAGAGUUGCAGCUGAGAAUGGUGUGGGCGUUGGUGAGCCAAGCACCCCAACAGUUUUCUACAAAGCUCUUGAUCCAAUCUUCCGACCGGGCCCACCACAAAACCCUAAGGUCACUGACACAACAAAAUCAUCAGUAUUUCUGUCAUGGGGGAAGCCUUUAUGUGAUGGAGGUUGUGAGAUUCAGGCAUAUAUUGUUGAGCGUUGUAUUGCUGCUGAGCCAGUAGUACAAUCUGAAGCCCCAGAUGCACCUGAGUCUGCCACAGAUGCACCUGCUGAGGAAUGGGUAAUAUGUACACCCCCAACCGGUAUAAAGACAACUAAAUUUGAAGUUGGUGAUCUGAAGGAAAACCAGGCAUACAAGUUUAGAGUGUGUGCCAUAAACAAGGUUGGAGUUGGUGAGCAUGCUGAUGUCUCUGGAGCUGUUGUUGUGCACGAGAGGACUGAGGAGCCAGACCUUGAUAUUGACCCAGAACUUAGGAAGAUUGUGACCAUUAAAGCUGGUGCUUCCCUUAGACUGUUUAUCCCCAUUAGAGGAAGACCUACUCCAGCCAUCAAUUGGGACAAAGAUGAAGCAGCUCUCAAAGAGACUGCUCAGGUUGAAAUAACCAGCAGUUACACCUCCCUUGUAAUUGAUAAGAUGAGCAGAAAUGACAGUGGAAAGUAUACAGUGACUGCUCAGAACUCUAGUGGAACCAAAUCUGCAUUUGUUGUUGUCCGUGUCCUAGAUACACCCAGUGCUCCUGUUGAUCUUAAAGUAAAGGAAAUUACAAAUCAGUCAGUAACACUGGAUUGGAAGCCACCUCUUUUAGAUGGUGGAUCCAAGAUCAAGAACUACAUCAUUGAAAAGAGAGAAAGCACACGUAAAACCUAUGCAGCUGCUGUAACAAAUUGCCAUGCUCUUUCAUGUAAGAUUGAGCCCCUACAAGAAGGAUGUACUUACUAUUUCCGAGUCCUUGCUGAAAAUGCUUAUGGUGUUGGCUUGCCUGCUGAAACAGUAGACCCUCUUAAGGUUUCAGAGGUGCCCCAGUCUCCAAAGACUUUGAUUGUUACAGAUCAGACAAAAACAAGCAUCUCCCUGGCAUGGGAGAGGCCGGAAUAUGAUGGUGGGAGCAGAGUUCAGCAAUACCUGCUAGAGAUACAGUUGAAGGGCCAGGAUAAAUGGUCUGGUGUAAACACGUUUAAGACAAUGGAGACUACAGUGUCCAAUCUGAACCCAGGACAGGAAUAUCUGUUUAGAGUUACUGCAAUCAAUGACAAAGGAAAGAGUGACCCAAAAGUUCUUGCUGGUCCAGUGAUGACCAAGGAUCUGGUCUUUGAGCCAGAUAUUCGUCCUGCAUUCAGCAGCUACAGUGUCCAUGUUGGCAAAGACACGGACAUUAAUAUUCCCAUCUUUGGACGCCCUAAACCAACAAUCACAUGGACCAAGAAUGGAGCCCCUUUGAAGUUUACCACCAGAGUCAAUAUUCACAAUACAGUUACACAUACAACACUAAGCAUUAAGGAGGCAGCAAGUGAUGAUAUUGGUAUGUAUACCAUAACUGCCACCAACUCAGCAGGAAAGAAGGAAAGUGCAAUUGAAGUAAUUGUACUUGACAAACCUGGCCCUCCAUCUGGUCCAGUGAGAUUUGAUGAAAUCACUACACAGAGUGUCACAAUUUCAUGGGACCCACCAAAAUAUGUUGGUGGGUGCCAAAUCUCAAACUACAUAGUACAAAAAAGAGAUACUACCUCAACAACAUGGGAGAAUGUGAGCAGCAACUGGGCUAGAACAACCAUCAAAGUUACCAGACUAAAGACUGGAGCUGAAUACCAGUUCAAGAUAAUUGCCCAGAACCGCUAUGGAAAGAGUCAAGGUCUAGAUUCAUCAGCUGUAGCUGCUCAAUAUCCUUACAGAGAGCCAGGCCCACCAGGGACUCCCUUCAUCGCAUCUCUCUCCAGAGACCACCAAGUUGUUGAGUGGCAUGAGCCUAUAACAGAUGGAGGAAGUCCUGUUCUUGGCUACCAUCUUGAAAGAAAGGAGAGAAACAGCAUUCUCUGGGUCAAGAUCAAUAAGACACUUAUUCAUGGAACUACAUUCAAGAGUUAUCCUUUGGAAGAGGGUAUAGAAUAUGAAUACAGAGUUUAUGCUGAAAAUAUUGUUGGCAUUGGCAGAAGCAGUAAGGUUUCAGAAGGUUGCUUUGCCCGUGACCCAUGCGAUCCCCCAGGCACACCAGAGGCCAUCCAUGUUACCAAGGAUACCAUUGUCAUUCAGUGGACUAAACCAGAAUAUGAUGGAGGCAGUAAUAUCACUGGCUACAUGAUAGAAAAACGUGAUCUACCAGAAGGUCGGUGGGUGAGGGCAAAUUUCACUAAUGUGAUUGAGACCCAAUUUACUGCUACUGGUCUCACUGAAAAUGCCCAGUAUGACUUUAGAGUCUUUGCUAAAAAUGCAGUUGGAACAGUCAGCAAGCCAUCAUACAACAGUGGACCUAUCACAGCAAGUGACAAGGUGGAGGCCCCUAAAUACUCAAUUGACCCUGCCUUUACCAAGACUGUUAUUAUAAAUGCUGGAGAGACAUUCAGGUUGGAUGCAGACGUCCGUGGUAAGCCACUGCCUUCAGUCCAGUGGUUCAAGGAUGAAAAGCCAGUUGAGAAUACAAUCAGACUAGAAAUCAAAAACACAGAAAAUCAUGCAAUGAUCAUUGUCAAAGACUGUGUAAGAGUUGAUGGUGGGACUUACACACUUCUGCUGACAAAUGAGGCUGGCAGUGAAACUGUUCUAUUUAAGGUCUUGGUCCUGGAUAGGCCCAGUCCUUGUGAAGGGCCUCUCCAUGUCACUGGAGUAGCUGAAGAUAGAUGCACACUGGCAUGGCGGGCCCCAUUACAUGAUGGAGGUAGUCCUGUAACACAUUACAUCAUUGAGAGGAGAGAAACAAGUCGCCUAGCUUGGACUGUUGUUUCUAAUACUUGCAACACCACAUGCUACAAAGUUACUAAAUUACUGGAGGGCAAUGAGUAUAUAUUCCGUGUAAUGGCAGUAAACAGCCAUGGUGUCAGUGAGGCACUGGAGUCAGGUGCAGUUACUAUGAAGAAUCCAUUUGUUCCACCUGGUGCACCUCACAUUGAAGAUGUAUUCAACAUUUCCCAUGAUGGCAUGACUCUCACUUGGUCUGCCCCUGAGACCGAUGGUGGCACUGAGAUUAUCAGUUAUAUAAUCGAGAAGAAGGACAGGGCUGGAAUCAAGUGGACCAGAUGUAACAGGCAAAAAGUCACUGAUCUGUCAUACAGAGUUACAGGUCUAACCACAGGCCAUGAGUAUGAGUUCAGAGUAUCUGCUGAGAACACUGUUGGACCAGGAGAACCAAGCCUUGCUAGUUCAUAUUACAAGGCAUCUGAUCCCAAGUACAAACCCGGUCCUCCAGCAUAUGUGAAUGUAAUCGACUCAACAAAAAGCUCCAUUACAGUUUCUUGGGGAAAGCCUCUAUCCGAUGGAGGUAGUACCAUUCAAGGAUAUAUCGUUGAAGUAUGCAAGGCUGAAGAGGAAGAAUGGACAAUGGUUACUCCCCCUACUGGCCUGCGUGUUAACAAAUAUGAAAUCCCCAAACUUACUGAGGGCCAGGAGUACAAAAUUCAAGUGUGUGCUUUGAACAAAAUGGGAGUUGGUGAGCCAGCUGUUCUUUCUGGAACAGCGAAGCCAGAAGAAAGGAUGGAUCCACCACAAAUCCAUCUGGACUCCGAGCUCAGGAAAGGCAUCACAAUAAAAGCUGGUGGAUCUGUUAGGAUCUUUGUUCCCUUCAAGGGCAGGCCAACACCAGAAAUUAAAUGGACAAAGGAUGGCGGAGACCUUUCUGAAAAGGCCAUAGUUGAAAAAGCUGUGAACUACACACAGCUCUCUAUUGACAGUGCUGACAGACAUGACUCAGGAAAAUAUUCUCUGAGCUUGACAAAUAGCAGUGGCUCUGUUUCUGAGUUUGUUUCAGUAAAAGUCCUGGACACACCUGGGGCCCCACAGAAACUUGUGGUGAAAGACAUCAGAAAGGAUUCUGUUACUCUCGUAUGGGAUGCACCAGUAAUUGAUGGAGGUUCGAAAAUCAAGAACUAUGUCAUUGAUAAGCGUGAAUCAACCAGGAAAGCAUAUGCAAAUGUGUCUACAAAAUGCACCAAGACUACUUUUAAAGUUGAGAAUCUAAUUGAAGGAGCUAUGUACUACUUUAGAGUGAUGGCUGAGAAUGAUUAUGGAAUUGGUCAGGCUGUAGAGACAAAAACUGCUUCAAAAGCCUCUGAAGUACCACUGCCUGUUGGAAAGGUUUUCCUCACCGAUGUCACCAAAACCAGUGCCACACUGGCCUGGGAGAAACCUGAGCAUGAUGGUGGCAGCAGGAUUGGUGGCUACCUGGUUGAGAUGCAGCCCAAGGGUACAGAUAAGUGGGGAGUUGCUGCAAGCCCAAAGAUUUGUGAAGGAACUGUUAAAGGCCUAACAGCAGGAAAGGAAUACUUAUUCCGGAUCAUUGCAUACAACGAGAAAGGAAAAAGUGAGCCAAAGGCACUUGCUGCACCAGUGAUUGCAAGUGACAUGACCAUAGAACCAAGCAUUAAGAUGCAAUUUAACACAUACAGCGUGCUAGCUGGAAAAGAUCUUAAAUUGGAGUUCCCUGUACAUGGCCGGCCCAAACCUAAAGUCAGCUGGGAAAGGGAUGGUCAGGCUUUAAAGGUGACAUCUAGAGUUAAUGUUUUUAACACUCCAUUAACUACUGGAAUUAAGAUUACCGAGGCAUGCAAAGAGGACUUUGGUAAAUAUUCUAUUACUGCAACAAACACUGUCAGCACCAUCACAGAAGAUGUGACUAUUAUUAUCCUUGACAAGGCUGGCCCACCAAAAGGUCCGGUCAAAGUCUUAGAAGUGAGCAACACUUUUGUCCAUCUCUCUUGGGAGCCCCCAUUGUACACUGGUGGUUGUCAAGUUAAGAACUAUAUAGUGGAGAAGAGAGAUACAACAACCAAUACAUGGCAGCCAGUUGUUACACAGCUAGCUAGAACAGCUUUUAAGGUAACAAAACUGAAGACUGGUGCAGAAUAUCAGUUUAGAAUCAUUGCUGAAAACAGAUAUGGAAAGAGUGCGCCUCUGGACUCCAAGGCCAUUGUAGUGCAGUAUCCGUACAAACCACCUGGACCUCCUGGGACACCAUAUGUUAAAUAUGCAACUAAGGAAAUGAUGAUCAUUGAAUGGAAUGAGCCAGUCAGUGAUGGUGGAAGUGCGGUUAUUGGCUAUCAUCUGGAAAGUAAAGAGAGAAGCAGCAUCCUCUGGAACAAACUAAACAAGACCCGCAUUACAGAUACUCAGUUCAAGAUCUGCAACCUUGAGGAGGGUAUUGGUUAUGAAUUCAGAGUUUAUGCUGAAAAUAUUGUUGGCAUCGGCCGAUGCAGUAAAGUAUCUGAGUCCUUUGUUGCUCGCGAUCCAUGUGAUCCUCCUGGUGCUCCAGAAGCUGUAUCUAUUACUAAAAAUCAAAUCAAAAUUCAGUGGACCAAACCUCAGUAUGAUGGCGGCAGUAAAAUAAAUGGAUACAUUGUGGAAAGAAAAGAUCUCUCCUCCCCCGAUGAUCGCUGGGUAAGAUCCAACUUUACUAACAUAAUUGAGACUGAGUAUACAAAUACUGGUCUGACAGAGAACGAGCAGUAUGAAUUCAGAGUUAUUGCAAGAAAUGCUGCUGGAGUCUUCAGUGAGCCAUCAGACAGUUCCGGACCCAUCACUGUUAUUGACGCAAUUGAAGCACCAAGGGCCUCAAUGGACCCCAAAUACAAGGAUGUAAUUGUUGUUGCUGCUGGAGAAAGUUUGCUUUUUGAUGCAGACAUUUAUGGAACUCCACAACCUGAGGUUGUCUGGCUUAAAGAGGGAAAAGAAAUGGAUAAAGCCUUACGUAUUGAAGUUAAAACAACUCAGAAGCGUGCAGCUAUGACCAUAAAGGAUGUCACCAAACUAGAUACUGGCCACUACGACCUUGUUCUCAAAAAUCUUGGUGGUACAAAAACCUUCCCCAUCACUGUUAAAGUCCUUGACAAACCAGGUCCACCCACUGGACCCAUUAAAGUGACAGGAGUCAUGGCCGACAGAUGCAUCCUUUCAUGGUCUGAACCAGCUCUGGAUGGCGGAGCUACUAUCAGUCACUAUGUUUUGGAGAAGAGAGAGACUAGCAGGUUGUCCUGGACUGUAGCUGCAGCAGAUGUAAAAAGCCUUUACCACAAAGUAACCAAUUUGCUUCCAGGAAAUGAAUACAUUUUCAGAGUCAGAGCAGUAAACAAAUAUGGGGCUGGUGAUUGUCUUCAGAGUGAACCCAUUAUUGCACGCAAUCCCUACAAGCCUCCAAGUGCUCCUGGAACUCCUGAAGCAAGUCAAAUCACGCGAGACUCUAUGAUUCUGUCAUGGACAGCUCCAGAAAACACAGGUGGAGUUGAUAUUCAAGGUUACCACCUUGAAAAACGUGACAAAGAUAGUGUGAGGUGGACAAAAUGCAACCGGCAAAGGUUGACAGACACGCACUUCAAGGUCACAGGUCUUAUAUUAGACCAUUUCUAUGAGUUCCGUGUUGCAGCUGAGAAUGAGACUGGAAUUGGAGACCUCAGUGAGUUGUCUCUUUUCUACAGAGCAUGUGAUGCCACAACACCACCUGGACCUCCACGCCACCCUAAGGUGACAGACUACACAAAGUGUUCUGUGUCUCUGUCCUGGGGUAAACCUGACUUUGAUGGUGGAGCCUACAUCAAGGGAUACAUUGUGGAAAUGAGGGAGUAUACACCACAUCCUGAGUUAGCUGAAGAAGCAGAGGUAGCACCAACAGUAGAAGCACCCGUUGAAAAAGAAUGGACCAUCUGUACUCCACCUACAGGUAUUCAGGUUACUAAACUUACCAUCACAGACCUGAAGGAGGGCGGAGAGUACCAGUUCCGUGUCUGUGCCAUUAACUCAGAAGGAGUUGGGGAGGCAGCUAAUGUCCAUGGCACCGUAGUGACUUCAGACAGGGCAGAUGCACCUGAGAUGGAGUUGGAUGCAGACCUCAGAAAGGUGGUGUCUGUCCGAGCUGGAGGAACCUUGCGAUUGUUUGUCACUAUUCGAGGGAGACCUGAACCUUCUGUGAAAUGGGAGAAGCUUGAGAGUACUCUAACAGAGCGUGCCUCUAUUGACACCACUACUUCAUACACCAUGCUUGUCAUUGACAAUGUCAAUCGCUUUGACAGUGGAAAAUAUUCAUUAACACUGGAGAACAGCAGUGGUACAAAAUCUGCAGUUAUUUCAGUAAGAAUUUUGGACACACCAAGUGCACCACAAAACUUUGCUGUCAAGGAGCUUAAGAAGGAUUCAGUAACUCUUGCCUGGGAUACACCAGUGAAUGAUGGUGGUGCAAAAAUUACAAACUAUAUUGUUGAAAAGAGAGAGUCUGUGAGGAAGGCCUACACCACUGUCACUAGCAACUGCACUGCUAACUCAUUUAAAAUUGAAGAACUCCCUGAGGGUGGAAUAUUCUAUUUCAGAGUCUGUGCUGUCAACGCAUACGGUCAAGGACAGGCAGUGGAAACCAAAGAAAUCAAAGUAUCUGAAGUGCCUCAACCACCAAACAAGGUAACGCUUGUGGAUGUAACAAAGACUAGCGCAUCACUGGCUUGGGAGAAACCUGUUCAUGAUGGUGGAAGCAAAGUAAUGUGCUACAAUGUGGAAUUCAAACCCAAGAGUGGUGACAAGUGGGGCACAGCCUGCACAGUUAAAGUACCCGAAGCAACUGUUCCUAAUCUGAAUCCCAAUGAAGCAUAUCUGUUCAGAGUUGUUGCAAUCAAUGAAAAGGGAAAGAGUGAACCAAAAGAUCUGGGAUUACCUGUGGUUGCAAAAGAUGUUGCAAUAGAACCCUCUGUAAAUUUACUGUUUACCACGUACAGCGUCAAGGCUGGGGAUGAUCUCACUAUAGAAGUGCCCGUAAGAGGCAGGCCAAAGCCUGUUGUAUCGUGGAAGAAGGAUGGCCUUCCUUUGAAGCAAACAUCAUCAAUAACUAUCAUAAAUGCAGCAACCUCAUCUAAAAUUAUUUUUAAAGGAGCUAGCAGAGAGCAUGUUGGCAAGUAUGAAAUCACUUUGGCCAACACAGCAGGAACUGUAACAGCUAGUAUUGGAGUUGUUGUCCUAGACAAACCAGGUCCACCUAAAGGUGUUAAGGUGGAUGAUGUGACUUCGGACAGCAUUACACUGUCCUGGUCCCCACCAGAUUAUGACGGUGGCUGCUCCAUCAGCAACUAUAUAGUGGAGAAGAGAGAUACAAACACCCAAGAGUGGCAUAUAGUAGCAAGUAAUGUGGCCAGAACAGCAAUAAAAGCUGGCCGCCUUACACAUGGAGCGGAGUACCAAUUCCGCAUUUAUGCUGUCAACCGUUAUGGCAAGAGUAGUGCCCUUGAUUCUCCGGGAAUUACUGCUCAAUAUAACUUCAGACAACCUGGACCUCCAUCAACACCUAUUGUGAAACUGGCAACUAAGUCAUACAUGUUGGUGACCUGGAAUGAGCCGGUCACUGAUGGCGGAAGUGCUGUUCUAGGCUAUCAUUUGGAGAGGAAGGAGCGUUCUAGCAUUCUUUGGAAUAAGAUGAACAGAGGAAUGAUCAAAGAUACCGAAUACAAAGUCACUGGUAUUGAAGAGGGUAUGCUCUAUGAAUACCGUGUUUAUGCUGAAAAUAUUGCUGGUAUUGGUAAAUGCAGCAAGGCCUGUGAAGCUGUUGCAGCAAGAGAUCCAUGUGAUCCUCCAGGGACACCUGUGGUUACAACUAUCACAAGAACAUCAGUUUCAUUAUCAUGGGAUAAACCUGAAUAUGAUGGUGGAUCCAAGGUUUCUGGCUACAUCAUUGAGCGGAGAGACCUACCUGAAGGUAGAUGGACAAGAUGUAACUUCACCAAUGUGCCAGAGACCCACUAUGAGGCUACUGGCCUUACAGAGAACAGCCAGUAUGAUUUCCGUGUCAUUGCAAAGAACGCAGUUGGACAGUUCAGUAUUCCUUCAUACAACACAGGCCCUAUUACUGUCAAGGAUGAUGUAGAUCCACCACGCAUCAUGAUGGAUGUCAAGUUUAGAGAGACUGUGUUUGUGAAGGCUGGAGAAACUCUGAAGAUUAACGCUGAUGUUGCUGGACGUCCUGCCCCUGUCAUCUGCUGGACAAAGGAUGGCAAAGAGAUUGAGCUGAGAGCCAGGAUUCAGAUUGUUUCGACAGAUACAAGCACUUCUGUUGUUGUAAAGGACUGUAUCAGAAGGGAUUCUGGACAGUAUGUACUAACUCUACAGAACAUUGGUGGAACAGUCACCAUGCCAAUUAACUGUGUCAUAAUCGACAAACCAGGUGCCCCUGCAGGCCCUCUUCAGAUCACUGGUCUCACAGCUGAGGCGUGCACUUUGUCAUGGGGUCCUUCUCAGGAGACUGGUGGGGCUCAGAUCACACAUUAUGUUGUUGAGAAGCGUGAGACCAGUCGUUUGGCGUGGACAUUAGUUAAGGGUGAUGUCACAAAAACCUACUUUAAAGUCACUGGUCUGCUUAAGGACAAUGAAUAUAUCUUCAGGGUUCUAGCCGUUAACAAGCAUGGUGUUGGCGAAGCUCUGGAGAGUGAGCCUAUAAAAAUCACUGAUCCAUACACAAUUCCAACUGCUCCAGCUGGUGUUGAUGUGACUUCCAUAACUGGAGAUUCAAUGACCCUUACCUGGUGUAAGCCAGCCAGUGAUGGAGGAAGCCCCAUCGCUGGAUAUGUAAUUGAGCGUCGGGAGAAGACAGGCAUGCGCUGGAUCCGUGUGAACAGAGAUUUAGUUAAGGAUGUCACCAUGGUGGUGACAAAACUUCGCAAGGGUUGUGAAUAUGACUUUAGAGUCUAUGCUGAGAAUGCAGCUGGCCUGAGCCCUGCCAGUGAACCAUCUGCAACAUUCAGAGCACUAGAUCCCCUGGUUGUUCCUUCUCGUCCAAGCAAACCAAAGAUUAUAAGUUCGACAAAAGACACAGUGUCUAUCUUUUGGAGACCACCAACAGAUGAUGGCGGAACUCCCAUCUUAGGAUAUAGUGUAGAAUACAGAGAAUAUAUUCCCAAACCAGAGCCAGAGGUUGAGGAUGAAGAGGAAUAUGAGGAGGAAGAAGAGGAACCCGAGUCACCCGAAGAACUAGCCAGAUGGGUCGAGGCAAUACCUCUUACCAAAAGCUUGGAGUUCACAGUCCCUGGUUUAAAGACAGAUGUAGAGUACGAAUUUUGUGUAAAGGCAAUAAAUAAAGUUGGCAGCAGUGUUCGGAGCCCAUAUUCAGAUCCGGCAGCAGCAGCAGACAGAACAGCAGAACCAUCAUUUGAUGCUGAUCUUGAGAUGCGUAAGGUUCUUGUUGUAAAGCACGGUACAUCGUUCACCCUUAGAGUGCCGUUUAAGGGAAAACCAACACCAUCAGUUGAAUGGAGCAGAGAAGGUGUAGAUCUAAAAGUAAGAGGAACCAUUGAAUCAACAGAAUCCAGCACCUCACUGACUAUUGAGAAGUCAACUAGGAAUGACUCUGGAGAGUACUGUGUCACCAUUGAAUCACCACUUGGUAAAGCAACUCUGCCCAUGUUAGUGAAAGUGCUCGACUCCCCUGGACCCCCUCUCAACGUAAAAGUUUCAUCUGUGACCAGGGAUUCUGUAACUCUGGUAUGGGAGGCUCCAGAAAAUGAUGGUGGAGAUGCAGUGAAAGCCUAUCAUGUUGAGAAACGUGAGGCAAGUAAGAAGGCCUGGGUGUCUGUGAGCAGCAACUGUCAUGAAUUGACCUACAAGGUGGAAGACUUGCAGGAGGGAGCCGUCUAUUACUUCAGAGUUAUAGCAGAAAAUGAACAUGGAGUGGGUUUACCUCAAGAGGCCAAGGGAGGAACAAAGAUAACAGAGGUACCAAGUCCACCCAUGAAACUUGGUGUUGCCAAUGUUACUAAGGACAGCGUUACACUUGCCUGGACAAGACCAGAAUAUGAUGGUGGAAGCAGAAUCACUAGUUACUUCAUUGAAGCGGUGGAGAAGGGUCAGACCAAGUGGGUGAAGUGUGCAACUGUGAAGACCCUGACUCACACCAUUAAGAGCCUGAGAGAAGGAGCCGAGUACUUCUUUAGAGUUUCUGCUGAAAAUCAUGCUGGACUCAGCGAACCUAAAGAGAUGAUUGUUCCUGUUAUUGUCAAGGAAAUACAGGAGGCUCCAGAGUUCGACUUGAAGAACUACCCCAAGAAUACAGUUUAUGUAAAAGCAGGAUCUGACCUGACUUUUGAGAUUCCUCUCACUGGCAAACCAAUGCCAAAGGUGACAGUAUCCAAAAAUAAUGUUGUCAUCAAAGGAUCCAAGAGACUUCUCACAGAAGUAACUCCGGACAGCCUCAUCAUAACUCUAAAUGAAAGUGUUUCAAGUGACGCUGGCAAGUAUGAAAUUACUGCCUCAAAUGCAGGAGGUACAACCAAGAUAUCCCUCAUUUUCAUCGUGCUUGACAGACCUGGACCUCCAGUUGGUCCGGUUCAGAUCGGAGAGAUUGGAGAGACCACAGUAUGCCUAAAGUGGGAUCCUCCAGAAUAUGAUGGUGGCAGCCCUGUUACCAACUACAUUGUGCUGAAACGUGAAACAAGUACUCCUGCUUGGGUUGAGGUGGCAGCUAACGUCGCCAGGAGUGCCAUCAAGGUGACCAAACUAACCAAGGGAGAGGAGUAUCAGUUCAGAAUCAAGGCUGCAAAUCGUUACGGUGUUAGCAACCACAUUGACAGUAAACCAGUCAUGAUCAAACUCCCCUACAUAAUACCGGGUCCUCCAUCCACCCCAUGGGUUAGCUUUGUUUCCAGAGAGAGCCUGACAGUGUGCUGGAAUGAGCCUGUCAGUGAUGGAGGAAGCCCUGUAAUUGGAUAUCACCUACAGAUGAAAGAGAGAAGCAGCAUUCUCUGGCAGAAGAUAAACAAAACAGCAAUACCAGGAAACCAGUGGCGUGUUACAAAUAUCUGUCCAGGUCUCAUAUAUGAAUUCAAGGUAGCAGCUGAAAAUGCUGCUGGUAUCGGAAAGCUGAGCAAGACAUCAGAAGAGGUGCUAGCUAUUGAUGCCUGUGAGCCCCCAGCAAAUGUCCGUGUCACAGAAGUCACAAAGAACUCAGUCAGCCUGUCUUGGCAGAGACCACCGUAUGAUGGAGGAAGCAAGAUUACUGGCUACAGUGUGGAGAGGAGGGAAGCUCAGAGUGGCAGAUGGGUGAAAGCCAACUUUACAAACAUCAUUGAAAUGGGCUUCACUGUAUAUGGACUCACCCAAGAUGAAUCCUAUGAGUUCAGAGUAUACGCCAGGAAUGCUGUCGGGUCUGUCAGCAACCCAUCUCUUAUUGCUGGCCCCGUCACCUGUGUUGAUGCAUUUGGUGCCCCAGCCAUUGAUCUUCCUCCUGAGUAUCUGGAUGUGGUCCAGUAUAAAGCUGGGGUUUCAGUAAAACUCAGAGUAGGAAUUAUUGCUAAGCCUCUGCCAACUAUUGAGUGGCUCAAGGAUGGAAAGGAGCUGGUAACCUCUUCGACUGUGUCAGUUGAAAGCACAACAGACUCCUCUGCUGUUCUGAUCAAGGAUGCAACUCGCUUUGACACUGGCUCAUAUGAGAUUAAGAUCAAAAAUGCUCUGGGAUCAGCUUCUGCUAAUAUCAGGAUUGAAAUACUUGACAAGCCUGGACCCCCAACUGGCCUCAUUAACUUUAACUCCAUAACAGCAGACCGCAUAAUCUUCAGCUGGAAUCCAGUUCCAGAGUCUGAUCAGGGAGGUUCCAAAGUCACUCACUAUAUUGUUGAGAGGCGUGAGACCAGCAGAGUGGUUUGGUCAACGGUUUCAGAUAGACAUGAGGCAACACACAUCACAGUCGGAAAGCUGGUGCGUGGAAAUGAGUAUGUUUUCCGAGUCAUGGGAGUUAACAAGUUCGGCGUUGGAGAGCCACUCGAAUCGGAGCCUGUCGUCGCUAAGAAUGCCUUUGUAACCCCUGGCCAACCUCAUACUCCAGAAGUGAAUACUACCACCAAGUCCACCAUGUUGGUAGAAUGGGACAAACCAGGAGUCGAUGGCGGUAGCUCUGUGACUGGCUACUACUUAGAGAGACGUGAUAAAAAGAGCUUGCGCUGGAUAAGAGUGUAUAAAGACCCAAUCAUUGACACCAAACAGAUGGUGUACCACCUGACUGAAGGAAAUGAGUACCAAUAUCGUGUAUGUGCCAUUAACAAAGCUGGCGAGGGACCGUUCUCUGAUGUAUCCGACUACUAUAAGGCUGCCGACCCAGUUGAUCCACCGGAUGAGCCUUGCAAGUUGAAGGUUGAGGACUCCACAAAGACAUCCAUCACCCUGGCUUGGUCUAAACCAGAAUGGGAUGGAGGUAGUGAGGUUAUCAGCUAUAUGGUGGAGAAGCUUGUUGAAGGAGAGCAAGACUGGGCCAUGAUUACUUCUAAGGGUGAAGUCAAGACUACAGAGUACACAGUUCAUGAUCUAAAACCAGAUACAAACUACUUCUUCAGAGUCUCUGCUGUGAACUGUGCUGGCCGUGGAGAACCUUUAGAGAUGACUGAGCCUGUGCAGGCCAAAGAUAUCCUGGAGGAAGCCCAGAUUGACUCGGAUGUUGCCAUGAGAACUCACUACAUUGUGAAGGCUGGUAAAGAUGUGGAGCUAUCUGUUCCAUUGAAGGGCAGACCUGCUCCCACUGCUUCCUGGAGCAAAGGAGAAGAAUGUAUAGAUCGCGAUGCCAAAUAUGAGUUCCACCACUCAGACACAACAACAGUGCUUAUCAUGCGUGAAGUGACCAGACUGGACACUGGAAAGUACACAGUCAAGAUAGAGAAUGGUGUAGGAGAACCAAAAGCCCUGACUUUGUCUGUAAAGGUACAGGAUAGCCCGGCUCAGUGCAGGAACCUGGUUAUGAAGGAUGUUACCCGUGGAAAGGUCACUCUUUGCUGGGACCCUCCACUCCAUGAUGGCGGUGCUGAGAUCACAAACUACAUCGUUGAAAAGCGGGACUCCUCUAAGCGAUCAUACUCUGCAGUGACAACCAAAUGCACAAGCACUACAUACACUAUUGAAGAUCUCUCAGAAAAGACAUCCUUCUUCUUCCGUGUCUUAGCAGAGAACGAGAAUGGUAUUGGUGAUCCAUGUGAAACACAGGAGCCUGUCAAGGCUACAGAAACUCCAGGACCGGUCAAGGAAAUUUCUAUGAAAGAUUCGUCCAAGACCUCUGUGACACUACAGUGGCUGAAGCCGGAUUACGAUGGAGGCAGCAUCAUCUCUGACUACAUAAUUGAGAAGAAGCUUAAGAAUGAGGAGUGGUCAUUGGGAGGGGUUAGCAGACAGUGUGAAUUUGAGGUCAAGAAACUCAAGGAGCACUCUGAGGUGUUCUUCAGAGUUGCAGCCAGAAAUGAGAAGGGACAGGGCGACUUUGUUGAGCAUGGUCCUAUCAAGGUCAUCGACUACAUUAUCACUCCUGAGGCAGACCUUAGAGAGUACCCAGGUGGUAGGCUCAGUGUUCGUCUGGGUCAUAACGUGCAUAUUGAAUUGCCAUACAGAGGCAAGCCCAGACCUGCUGUGCAGUGGUUAAAGGACAGCAUACCACUGAAGGAGAGCGACCAAGUUCGCUUUAAGACAACUGAAAACAAAGCCACUCUGAUGAUUAAGAAUGUGAAGAAGGAGAAUGAGGGAAAAUAUACCUUGAGUCUUGACAACAAGGUCAACAGGAAAUCUUUCCAUAUCUUUGUCAAUACACUUGGACCACCAUCUAAGCCAGUUGGACCCAUCCGCCUGGAUGAAGUCAGAGCUGACAAUAUCAUGAUCUCCUGGGAUGAACCUAAUGAUGAUGGUGGUGGAGAAAUUACCUGCUACACUGUGGAGAAACGUGAUACCUCCCAAUCUAACUGGAAAAUGGCUUGCUCCCGUGUAGAGGGUACUCAGUUCAGGGUACCCAAUUUAAUCAAGGGUGUCCAAUAUCAGUUCAGAGUAUUUGCUGAAAACCGAUAUGGAGUCAGUGAGCCUCUAAUCUCACAAAUGGUUAUUGCCAAGCACCAAUUUAGACCUCCAGGCCCACCAGGAAAACCUGUUGUGUACAACGUUACUAAUGACGGCAUGACAAUCCAGUGGGAAAAACCCAUCUACGAUGGUGGAGUCCCUAUCCAGGGCUACCAUGUGGAGAAAAAGGAAAAGAACAGCAUCAUGUGGCAAAAGGUGAACACAGUCCUGGUCAAAGAAAUGACUUACAGGAUUUUGGAACUCAUCGAAGGUCUGGAGUACUCUUUCAGAGUCUAUGCGCAGAAUGAUGCUGGCUUCAGCCGAAUGAGUGAUGAAAGCAAGCCAAUAAUGGCUGUGAGUCCUGUUGACCCUCCUGGCCAACCUGAUUACAUUGAUGUCACCAGUGAUUCAGUAACAUUAAAAUGGGAUGCACCUAAACGCGAUGGUGGCAGCAAGAUUACAAACUACAGCGUUGAGAAACGUCAAGGAAAAGGACGCUGGUUCAAGGCCAAUCUGACUGAGGUACAUGACUGUCAGUACACCGUCACAGGGUUGACGACAAAUGAACGCUACGAGUUCAGAAUCAUUGCUAGAAAUGCUAUAGGCGUGGUCAGUCCCCCAUCCAACUCCUCUGGCUUAAUUGCAGUACGAAGUGAAAAUGCUGCUCCAAAUAUUGAGUUUGGCCCAGAGUACUUUGAGGGUUUGACAGUGAAGGCAGGAGAUAACAUCCGGGUGAAGGUGACCAUCACUGGACGGCCAGUUCCUAAAGUUGUCUGGUACAGAGAUGAUGUGGAGAUUACCAAAAAGAUGAUGGACAUCAUUAAUGUUCCUGGAUCCAGUACCUUGUUUGUCAGAGAUGCUGACCGCACAUAUCGUGGCCUUUACACUGUAGAGGCAACCAACGGAUCUGGAACCAAAAAGGAGAGCAUUGUCAUCCAAGUUCAAGAUACACCCGGAGAGCCGGUAGGACCAAUCACCUUUACAAAUAUUUCAGAGGGCAAAUGCACUCUGUCUUGGAACCCACCAGAGAAUGAUGGAUGUUCUGAGAUUUCACAUUACAUCAUUGAGAAGCGGGAGACCGCCAAGAUCUCUUGGGCCUUAGUAUCUGAUGAAUGUAAGCAGUGUACUUUUAAUGCAACCAAGCUCAUCAAGUCUAAUGAGUACCAGUUCAGGGUCUCUGCAGUUAACAAGUUUGGUGUUGGAAGACCUUUGGAAUCAAGUCCCAUCAUUGCACAAUUGCAAUACACAACUCCUGAUGCCCCAGGAACUCCUGAUGCCACUGAUGUGACAGGAGAGAGUAUUACUCUGUCCUGGACUCCUCCAACAUCUGAUGGAGGAAACCCGAUUCAGCACUACAUUCUAGAGAAACGAGAAAAGAAAACAGUUCGGUUCUACAAGGUGAUGACCAAAAAGCCUAUCAUUGAAUGUGCUCACAAGGUGCUUAACCUCACAGAAGAUAUGGAAUAUGAGUUCCGAGUCAUGGCUGUCAACGACGCUGGUGUUGGGGCUCCUAGCAAUAUCUCUUUGCCAAUCAAGGCUGCUGAGCCUAAAGACAUCCCAUGUGCUCCAUCUGUGAUUUGUGUGUCAGACUCUACCAACACUUCCAUUAGCUUAGAAUGGACCAAACCAGUUGAUGACGGCGGCAUGGAGAUCCUUGGCUACAUCAUUGAAAUGGUGAAGGGAGAAGAAACUGAAUGGAAGAGAGUAAACGAGGAACUUGUGUCUGAACCUAAUUAUGUGGUGACGGGUCUACAGACAGGUGCUGAGUAUAAGUUCCGUGUUGCAGCUGUCAAUCAUAUAGGCAGAGGAGAAGACAAGGAGAUUCCAGAGCCUGCUCAGGCUGUUGAUAGGUUAACACCACCACAGGUGGACAUUGAUGCCACAUUUAAGCAGACACACAUCAUCAAGGCUGGAGGUUCUGUUUGCUUGGGCAUUCACUUCAGAGGAAAGCCCAUUCCUGCCGCUACCUGGGUGAAGGAGGAAGGAGAGCUGAGCGGGAUGUCAGAGAUCACAACCACAGAUGGCUACAGCUCUUUAAGCAUUGAAAACUGCUCUAGAUAUGAUGCAGGCAAAUACACAGUUAAUCUGGAGAAUUCCAGUGGUAGUAAGGCAGUUACCUUUGUGGUGAAAGUAAUGGACACCCCCGGCCCUCCAGAGGACGUAGCUUUCCAGGACGUCUCAAGAGGCUCAGUCACACUCUUCUGGAAGCCACCUGUCAAUGACGGUGGAGCACGUAUUCAUCACUAUAUUGUUGAGAGGCGCGAGGCUAGCCGACGCACAUGGCAGCAAUCUGGUGGGAAAUGUACACAGUGCGUUCUCAAGAUCCAGGACCUGCUGGAGGGAGUGCCUUAUUUCUUCAGAGUCUCAGCUGAAAACCAUCAUGGUCUUGGUGAGGCCUUUGAGAUAACUGAACCAGUGAUUGCCACAGCAGAGCCAUCGUCUCCGAAGAGACUGGAUGUCCUCGAUACCACAGAUAGCUCUGUGUCGCUGGGCUGGUUGAAGCCGGAGCAUGAUGGUGGUAGUCGUAUUCAGUCGUAUGUCAUUGAAGCUAGACCAAAGGGUGGAGACAAAUGGGUAGUGGUUGGCAGCACCAAGAAUCUUACAUUUGUUGUUGAAAAGCUCAAUAAGGGUGAUGAGUAUGACUUCCGUGUGAAGGCUAAAAACGAAGCUGGCUACAGUAGACCAAAGAAAACUCUGGCUCCUGUCCUGGUCAAAGAGCCUCAUAUUGAGCCUGCUGCUGACCUCAGUGAGAUACCCAACCAGCUUAUCACAUGCAAAUCUGGCAGCACCUUCACCAUUGAUGUCCCUAUUAGUGGUAGACCCGCUCCUAAGGUCUCAUGGAGGUUGGAAGAAAUGAGACUGAAGAACUCUGAUAGAGUCACCAUCAAAGUAACUAAGGACAGAGCCAGUAUCUCCGUCAAAGACGCCAUGAGAGGAGAUGGAGGAAAAUACUAUCUUACUCUUGAAAACGUAACAGGAACCAAGACAUUUACGGUGGAAGUUAACGUCACAGGCAGACCAAGUGCUCCAUCUGGACCAAUUGAGAUCUCCUCCAUCACAUCUGAGUCCUGCGUUGUUAAUUGGGAACCGCCUGAAGAUGAUGGUGGCACUGACAUCACAAACUACAUUGUGGAGAAGCGUGAAUCUGGCUCAACGGCUUGGCAGCUAAUCAACUCUAGCGUGAAGCGCACAUCUCUUCAUGUUAGCCACCUGACUAAGUACAUGCAAUACACAUUCAGAGUCUCAGCUGAGAACAGAUUUGGAGUCAGCAAGCCCACUGAGUCUGAGACGAUUGUUGCAGAGCAUCCUUUCUCACCUCCUGGCCCCCCAACAAAACCUUCAGUCUUCAAUGUUACAGCAAACACAAUGACCCUGAAAUGGGAGGAACCCUACCAUGAUGGUGGAAGCAAGGUGACAGGCUACUGGAUUGAGAAGAAGGAGAGGAACAACAUAUUGUGGGUUAGGGAGAAUAAGAUCCCAUGCUUUGAGUGCUACUACAAGGUAGAAGGUCUGGUUGAAGGCCUGGAAUACCAGUUUAGGAUUUAUGCUAUGAACAGUGCUGGGCUCAGCAAACCCAGCGAAGCCUCUAAGGGAGCAGUUGCUCAAAAUCCAGUUGAUCCACCAAGUAAACCUGAAGUCACCAAUGUUACAAGGACCACAGUCUCCUUGAAAUGGUCAGCGCCGUUGAAUGACGGUGGCAGUCCAAUUAUUGGCUACAUCAUCGAGCGAAAGCCGUACACGCUGACCGGUGAGGGCCGCUGGCUCAAGUGUAACUACACCAACGUGACAGAUCAUUUCUACACAGUUACUGCCCUGGGAGAAGGAGAGGCCUAUGAAUUUAGGGUGAUUGCCAAGAAUGCCAACCAAGUUUUCAGCACACCAUCCGAAUCCACAGGCUCUGUUCAGUGCAAGACUGAUUUCGAGCCUCCAAAGGCCCAUUUGGACAGCAAGCUCCUUUCUGAAACUGUAAUGGUCAGAGCCGGUUCCGACCUGGUUCUGGAUGCUGCAGUGGGAGGUAGACCUGAUCCAAAGGCUUUCUGGUCCAAGGGCAACAGGGAGUUGGAGAUGUGUGAAAAAUAUCACCUGCAGUACACUGCCACCAGAGCUAUGGCCAUUAUUAAAUUUUGUGACAGAGAUGACACUGGAAAAUACAUCCUGACAGCCAGAAACGUGAGUGGAACCAAGACUGCAGAGGUCAACGUCAAAGUGCUUGACACACCUGGAGUGUGUGAAGGCAGCAUUGAGAUCAGCAAGAUAACAGAAGAGUCAUGCACACUAAGCUGGAAGCCUCCUCUUGAGGACGGCGGGGAUGACAUUGCACACUACAUUGUAGAGAGGCGUGACACCAACAGGCUGAACUGGGUGGUCAUGCAUGCCGAGUGUAAGGAGCUGACAUGCAACAUCACCGGUCUGUUCAAGAACACAGAGUACUUGUUCAGAGUUCGUGGAGUCAACAAGUAUGGUUCUGGUGUUUACCUCCAAUCAGAGCCCAUGGUUGCCAGAAACACAUUCACUGUGCCCACUCCUCCUGGAGCCCCAGAGAUCCUGGUAUCAGGAAAGGACUUUGCCACUAUUGAGUGGCUGAAGCCAGAAAGUGAUGGCGGCAGCCCAAUAACUCAUUACCUGGUGGAAAGACGUGAGAGAAAGAGUGCCCGAUGGGUAAAGGUGAACAGGGAUGGCGCUCACCUGGACACGACACUAAAGGUGUCUGGUUUGACUGAAGGCAACAUCUAUCAGUUCAGAGUAACAGCCAUUAACAAGGCCGGAGAGAGUGAGCCCAGCGAGGUCUCUCUGUAUGUCGUCUGCAGAGUGCCAACAAGCACUCCUGCUCCUCCUUCUAUUCCUCGAAUCGCUGAUACCCAUGCUGAUAGCAUCAGCCUUGCUUGGUCCCGACCUGUGGAUGACGGAGGUGCUGAUGUCAUUGGCUACAUUCUGGAGAUGCAGGAAGCUGGAGCAGAGGAAUGGAAAAAGGCACAUGAAAAGACUCUGCGUUCUACAGAGCAUGUGGUGACUGGACUUUCCUCAGGCAAGAAGUACUGCUUUAGAGUGGCUGGCAUCAAUGUUAAUGGAACAGGAGACUUCAGUGAACCUUGUGCUGAGACUGAGCCAGUGGAAAGAAUUGAACCUCCAGAUUUUGAGCUCCACGAUGACCUCAAAAAGACCAUCUGCUUGCGCGCCAGUAGCUCCCUUCGUCUUUUUGUCAAUGUCACGGGUCGUCCUGCCCCUACCAUAACAUGGAGCAAACCUGGUGUCGACCUCCAUAACAGAGGCUUCAUUGAGGUCACCAACAAAUCUACUACCCUCAUAAUCGACAAAGUACACCGCUAUGAUGCUGGCAAGUACACGCUGCUGGCCGAGAACUCAGCUGGAAAACAGGAAAUCAGUAUGCUUGUCAAGGUUUAUGAUACACCUGGACCAACUGGACCAAUCAAGAUCAAAGAGCUGACUAAAGACUCUGCCACCAUCUCCUGGGAAGCCCCAGCUGUGGAUGGAGGUGCUCCUGUUAACAACUACAUCAUUGAGAGACGCGAGGCCUCCAUGAGAGCUUAUAAGACCGUAACCUCCAAGUGUAGCAAAACUUCCUAUAAGAUUGAUAAUCUUAUGGAGGGCAUGCUAUAUUACUUCCGUGUCCUCCCUGAAAACAUUUAUGGAAUCGGUGAGCCCUGUGAGACCCCAGACGUCAUCCUGGUUUGUGACGUUCCUCUUCCACCACAUAAGUUUGAGGUGGCAGACGUCACUAAGACCACAGUCACUCUGGCCUGGGAGAAGCCUGAGCACGACGGUGGCAGUCGAUUGACCGGCUACGUCAUUGAAGCUUGCAAGGUUGGCACUGACAAGUGGAUGAAGGUGGCAACACUGAAGCUCACAGACUUCGAGCACACCAUUGAGAAGUUGAAUGAAAAGGAGCAGUACUUGUUCAGAAUUCAAGCUGUCAACAGCAGAGGAGCCAGUGAGCCUAAAGAACUUGUUGCUGCUGUCACUGUCCAGGAACAGAGAGUGAUGCCCAGUGUAGACCUGUCCAGCAUUCCCCAGAAGGUUGUUAAUGUUUUGGCUGGUAAGACAUUGGAACUGGACCUGCCAAUCAUCGGUAGGCCUCCUCCUGUCUCAUCCUGGUAUUUUGCGGACAACAAGAUAAAGAUAACAGACCGUGUGAAGGUCAAAAGCACUGGCAAGUUCUCCAAGCUGACUGUGUCCAACACAACCAUCAAUGACAGCGGCAACUACACACUUGAAGUCAAGAAUGUUGUUGGAGUCAUCACUGAGGUCAUCAAGGUCAUCAUUCUCUCCAAACCCGAUGAACCAGAAGGUCCAAUCCAAUUUGAUGAGAUUGAUGCCACCACUGUCACCUGCAGCUGGAAUCCUCCAGUCAGAGAUGGCGGAGCUCCGAUUAGUGGCUAUUUAGUAGAGCAGCGUGACGCUCACAGACCUGGCUGGGUGACUGUCUCUGACUCUGUGAGCAGACCGUUGUUCAGGUUUGAAAACCUAAUUGAAGGAGCUGAGUACGUCUUCCGUGCAGCUGCCAUAAAUCGCUAUGGCACCGGAGAGUUCCUGCAGUCUGAGAUUGUUACCUGUAGGAGCUUGAAGAAUGUGCCUGGACCUCCCGGUCGUCCCAUCACCUUCGAUGUGUCUCGUGACGGAAUGACUGUGGCUUGGGAGCAACCAGAUGAAGACGGUGGUCUGGAGGUUUCUGGAUACAUCAUUGAGCGCAAAGAAGUAAGGGCUGACCGAUGGGUGCGUGCAAACAAGAACCCUGUCACAAUGACCAGGUACAGGUCAACUGGGCUAAUUGAAGGCCUGGAGUACGAACAUAGAAUCACAGCCAUUAAUGCAAGAGGCCUGAGCAAACCAAGUCUGUCAUCCAAACCAGCAGUUGCUACAGAUCCCAUUGAUCCUCCUGGCUGUCCUCAAAACCCGAGGAUCACUGACACUACCAAGUCAUCUGUGUCACUUGCUUGGAGUCCACCAGAUGAUGAGGGAGAUGCCAGGGUUGAUGGUUAUUUGAUUGAAAUGCAGAAGGCAGGCUCUGUGGCCUGGAUUAAGUGUAACACCACUCCAUCUCUGAUCUGCGAGUACACCCUGACCAACAUGCCGCAAGGAGAGGAGUUCAAAUUCCGUGUGAUGGCUUGUAAUGCCGGUGGUUCUGGAGAGCCUGCAGAAGUACCAGGAACGGUCAAAGUAACAGAAAUGCUUGAAUCUCCUGAUUAUGAGCUGGAGUUGAAAUACAAAGAUGUGUACGUUGUCCGUCAUGGAGGUGUGGUUAGACUCUCUGUGCCCAUUAAAGGUAAACCCCUUCCAACCUGCAAGUGGUCGAAGGAUACUGGUGCUAUCUCCACGAAGGCUAUGAUUGCAUCCACCGAGGACUCCAGUGAACUGGUGAUUAAGGGAGCGGAGAGGACAGAUUCUGGUCUCUAUGAACUCCUGCUGGAAAACAAGGUGGGCAAAAAGAAAGCCCAAAUUAAGGUCAAGGUCAUCGGCCGCCCGAAUGCUCCAGAGGGACCAAUGGUCUUUGAAGAAAUCCAAGCCAAUUCUGUCAAGGUUUCCUGGAAGCAGCCGAAGGAUGAUGGUGGCUCUGAGAUCCUCGGCUACAUUGUAGAAAGGCGUGAAGCAGCCAGAAAUGCCUGGUACACCGUGGACUCUAGAGUAACUGAAACCCAGCUUGUUGUUAAGGGCUUGAGAGAGGGAACAGAGUACCACUUCAAAGUCACUGCUGAAAACUCCUUUGGCAUCAGUGCAUCUCUAAAAUCUGAGCAGCCACUUGUACCCACGACUCCUCUCUGUCCCCCUGAGCCUUCAAGUGUCCCACCUGAGAUCAUGGAUGUCACCAAAAGCUCAGUGGCACUGGCCUGGUCCAGACCAAAGGACGAUGGAGGUUCUGCAAUCACCGGCUACUUUGUUGAGUACAAGGAGGUGUCCUCUGAGACUUGGCUCCGCCACGAGACCAAGAUCACCUCUACCAUGUUUACUCUACAUGGACUUACCCCUGAUACAGACUACCAAUUCCGGAUUGUUGCCGUCAACAGUAUCGGUGAAAGCGAGGCUGGUUCAGCAUCUGAUUCUGUCACAUGCAAAGAUCCAUUUGACAAGCCCAGCCAGCCAGGGGAGAUCGACACGGUGAAGGUGGCGAACAACUUUAUCACCAUUUCCUGGCAACCACCAGAAUGUGACGGUGGAAAGGAAAUCCUGGGCUACUGGGUGGAGUACAGAAAGUCUAUUGAGAGCACCUGGAAGAAGUGCAACAAACAGAGGGUUAAGGAGAAGGAAUUCACCAUGACGGGACUGGCCGAAGCCACAGAAUAUGAGUUCAGAGUUUUUGCUGAGAAUGAGACAGGAAUGAGUAGACCUCGUAGGACUGCCACAUGCAUCAAAACUAAGCUGAUGGCUGAAAGUAAACCAAGCCUGAGGAAGGAAAUGGACGAAGUCACUGCCAAGCUUGGCCAGCCUGCUGUCAUGAAGUGCCAGAUUGUUGGCCGACCCGUUCCUGAAAUCAAGUGGUAUCAUGCUGGCAAGGAAAUCGUUGAGUCCCGAAAGUACGAGAUGAGCUCUGAUGGCCGCAACCACUCCCUGUCUAUCAUGACAGACCAGCAGGAAGACGAAGGAGAAUACACCUGCAAGGCCGUGAAUGAAGCUGGAGAAAUUGAGACCACUGGCAGUCUAGUGUUGGAGGCUGCUCCAUCCUUCCACCCUGAUUACCCACUUAAGGAAACCUAUUAUGCUGGACUUGGAACGACUCUACGCAUCCAUGCCGUUUAUAUCGGUCGUCCUCAGCCAAAGAUCAUGUGGCUGCAUGGGGCUAAGACACUGGAAAACACAGAGGAAAUCAGCAUUGAGACCACCGAGCACUACACACACCUGGUUGUGAAGAAUGUCCAGCGCAGAGUGAAUGGAGGAAAAUACAGGAUCAGACUGCACAACCACUUUGGCAGGGCUGACACUGCCUUCAAUGUUGAAAUUUAUGACAAACCUGAUAUACCUCAGGGACCCAUUGUCCUGGAUGCCCUCCUUAAGAACUCUGUCAUCAUUAGCUGGAAGCCUCCAAAGGAUGAUGGAGGCUGUAUGAUCACCAACUAUAUUGUGGAAAAGAGAGAAGACAAAGAGGGCAUGGAGUGGGAACUCGUGUCUUCCUCCAUCAACAGCACAUCUUGUCGUGUCCCCAACCUCAUUGACAGCGCAGGAUACUUUUUCCGUGUUUAUGCCCAGAAUCGAUAUGGCAACAGUGAUCCACUGGAGCUUUCCUCCCCAAUCCUGAUCAAGAGCCAACUGGAGAGACCAUCACCACCUCUGUCACCAGUUGUUUCUGGCAUCACUAAGGACUCCUGUGUGGUUUCCUGGAAACCUCCGCUGAGUGAUGGUGGUUCUAAGAUAAAGAGCUAUUGCCUUGAAAAGAAACAUAAGAAGGAUAAGAAGGAAUGGACCGAAUGGACUCCAGUUACCACAGAUGAGAUUAAACAAACUGUGUUCUCUGUCAAGCGCCUGACUGAGGGCGUUGAGUAUAUCUUCCGAGUCAAGUGUGAAAACCUCGGAGGAGAGAGUGACUACAGUGAGGAGACUGCGCCUAUCAUUCCAGCUACUGCUAUAGAUGUACGCGCUCCUGCCUUCAAGGAGGAGCUGAGGAACAUGAGUGUUAAGUACAAGAGCAAUGCUACCCUUGUAUGCAAGAUCACAGGACAGCCCAAGCCUGUGAUUAAAUGGUUCAGGCGAGGAAAGGAGAUCCAUUCAGACGGCAAGAAGAUCAAGAUCCAGGAGUUUAAGGGAGGAUACCACCAGCUGGUCAUCACUGAGGCUGAUGAGGAAGACUCCACUGUUUAUCAGAUCAGAGCCACCAACCAAGGAGGUUCAAUAUGUGCCACAGUUUCUCUGGAUGUUGAAAUCCCUGCCAAAAUCCAUCUGCCAAAGAACCUAAAGGACAAGGAAGCCAUCCCGGCUCUACGUGGGGAGGUAGUCAAUAUCAAGAUUCCUUUCAGCGGUAAACCAGAUCCUGUCAUUACAUGGCAGAAGGGACAAGAUCUCAUUGACAGCAAUGGUCAUUACCAGGUGAUUGUCACAAGAUCCUUCACUUCCUUGGUUUUCGCCAAUGGAGUUGAAAAGAAAGAUGCCGGUUUCUACAUCGUCUGUGCCAAGAACAGAUUUGGCAUCGAUCAGCAAACAGUGGAGCUGGAUGUUGCAGAUGUGCCUGAUCCACCUCGUGGCCUCAUAGCCAGUGAUGUGUCCAGAGACACGGUCACACUGAAUUGGGUGGCUCCAGCCAAUGAUGGCGGCAGCAGGGUUAUAAGCUACAUCAUCGAAAAAUGUCCCACGACCGCUGAGCGAUGGGAGCGUGUUGCACAGUCCCGUGACACUCGCUACACUGUGAUCAAUUUGUUUGGUGGUACAAGCUAUCAGUUCAGAGUUAUUGCUGAGAACAAGUUUGGACAGAGUGCUCCAUCUGAGAGCAGUGGACCUGUCAUGACCAAAGAAGACAAAUCCAGAGUUCUGCUUUAUGACAGAGAGGUUGAUGACACUGAACGGGUCCCCAAGGGCAAAGCUCAGCAUUCGGACACCAAGAAUCUGCACAACAAAUAUUCCAUUGCAGAGGAAUUGGGCAGAGGCCAGUUUGGCAUUGUUCAUCGCUGCGUUGACAUCAGCUCUGAGAAGACAUACAUGGCUAAAUUUGUCAAAGUCAGAGGUGCUGAUCAGGCAAUUAUCAAAAAAGAAAUUGCGACACUAAAUUUGGCCAGACACACUAACUUCCUGCUCCUUCAUGAGUCCUUCGAAAGCCCCGAGGAGUUGGUGCUGAUCUACGACUUCAUCUCUGGGCAUGACAUCUUUGAGCGCCUUAACUCAGCCGAGUUUGAGCUCAAUGAGCGAGAGAUUGUCAACUAUAUCAGGCAGAUCUGUUCAGCUUUAGAAUACAUGCACACUCAAAGAUAUGGACACUUUGAUAUCAGACCUGAGAACGUUGUGUACACGACUAGAACCAGCUCAACUGUGAAGAUUAUUGAGCUGGGGCAAUCCAGACACCUCACCCCCGGAGAAAUAAUCAAGCUUCAGUACACUACUGCAGAGUACGCUGCCCCUGAAAUCCACCAGUGUGACAUGGUCAGCACAGUUACUGAUAUGUGGUCAGUCGGUGUCCUUGCCUAUGUGCUUAUCAGUGGACUCAAUCCGUUCACAGCCGAAACCAACCAACAAAUGAUUGAUAACAUUUCAAACGCAGCCUAUGGCUAUGAUGAUGAGUCCUUUAAACAAGUCAGUGUAGAAGCCUUAGACUUCACUGAUCGUUUAAUGACGAAGGAACGCAAGCACCGUAUGACUGCGGCUGAGGCUCUGGUGCAUCCUUGGCUAACAAAGCCUGCAGAAGAAAUCAGUGCCAGGGCAAUCCCAACAGGCAGACACAAGAGAUACUAUCAGGCAAUGGUCAGGAAAGAAUGGAGCACUGUAGUCUCUGCUGCUCGUGUGGCCAGCGGUGGCUCAAUCAGGUCUCAGCGCGGCGUCUUUGUGUCAAAGGUGAAGAUCGCUCCAUUCGAGCAUGGUCCUCUGGCAGGCCAGGUUAGCCACGCAGUAGUCAAUGAAGGAGACAGUGUGAAGUUCAUCUGCAACAUUGAGAACUAUGACAGCACCACAGAAGUUACAUGGUACUGUGGUGUCAGGCAACUUGAAGCUGGAGACAAGUAUGAAAUUGAAUAUGAGGAUGGUCUGGCUGUAAUUACCAUCCACAAGAUCACUAGAGCAGAUGAUGGCACCUACAGAUGCAAGGUUGUGAAUGAGUAUGGAGAGGACAGCGCAUACGCAGAGCUGUUUGUCAGUGGUGUUCGUUCCUACCGUGACUUCUUCACUACUCGUGUGGUUAGAAGAACAAAGCGGAGAGUUGACACGGCCAGAAUGCUUCAGAAGCCACCAGAAUUCACUUUACCUCUGGUCAACCGCACAGCUUACCUUGGUGAGGAUGUGCGCUUCGGUGUAACCAUCACUGUUCACCCUGAGCCCCGUGUAAUCUGGCACAAGUCUGGACAGAAGCUUAUCCCUGGAUAUGAUGACAAGAAAUACACCUUCAUUACUGACAAAGGCUUGUACCAGCUUAUUAUUCACAAUCUGGAAAAGGAGGAUGAUGCCGAGUACAGUGUUGUAGCCCGUAACAGGUAUGGUGAUGACAGCUGCAAGGCCCGUCUCACUGUUGUUCCUCGCCCUAAACCGGCAGACCUCACCUUGAGGCCCAUGUUUAAACGGCUGCUCGCAAACAUCGAGUGCAGGGAGGGUCAGAAUGUCCGUUUUGAGAUUAGAGUUUCUGGCCACCCAACACUGAAAUGGGAGAAAGAUGGUACACCUUUGGCCUUUGGACCUUCCAUAGAGGUUGUUCAUGAAGGCUUGGAUUACUACAUCCUCCAUGUAAGAGACACGCUACCUGAGGACUCUGGAGUUUACAGAGUUACAGCCACCAACUCUGCUGGAUCUGCUAGCUGCCAGGCAAUUCUUAAAGUUGAGAGAGUUACCCAUGUAAAGAAGGAGUAUGAGCCCAGUGAAAAGGAGAAGAAAAAGAUGGCAGGACAGGAGGAACUGGAUAAAAAGGUUAGGCUGUCCCAGAUUUUGGCAGGCACUGUUGUCACACCUCUCCCGCCUGCGGCAGUAGAAGCUGUCAGGGAGGCGGCUGCUAUGUUCAAACCCGCUGUCACAACCAAGAAAGGUGCGAAGACUGAGGCUGAAAUUAAGAAAGAACAAGAGGAGAGGAAGAAGCGGGCAGAUGAGAAAAGGCUUCGUAUGCCCUAUGUUGUUCCUGCACCUCGUGUCAUUAAUCCAGCUAGUCUCGAGGAAGAUGUUGAAAUCAAACACUUCCAGCCCCUCUCUGACAUGAAAUGGUACAAGAAGCUGCGAGAUCAAUAUGAGUUCCCUGAGCCAAUGGAGAAAAUCCCGCAGAGGAGAAUGAAACGCAUUCGUCUGUCCCGGUGGGAACAGUUCUACGAGGUGCCCAUGAGAAUCAAGGAACAGUAUAAGCCUAAGUGGCGCAUCUCAUCUUUGACUCAGGAUGACCUGGAGACAGUGAGGCCCGCAAGGCAUCGCACCCCAUCUCCUGAGAUGGAGGCCUUCCGCAGACUCAGGAGGAGGUCUUUGGGUGACCUCUCAGAUGAGGAACUGCUGUUACCUGUAGGCGAAUAUCUCUCUAUGAAGAGAACAGAGGAAGAACGGCUCCGUCUGGAGGAGGAGCUAGAGCUUGGCUAUUCUGCUUCUCCACCCAGCCUGAGCCCAGUUCGCUUUGAGCUGUCUGCUUUGCGACCAACAUCUCCAAGGAGAGUCUAUAGUGAUGAGGAAGAAGGAGAAGAGGUAAAAAGAUACGAUUCCUACAGAAUCCCCUCUAAAUAUGAGGCUGGCCCAAGUUUUGUGGACCUUCGUCAGCGCCAUGACAAGGCAACAUACAAGCCGCCGAGACAGAAGCAACGAGUGUAUGAAGAGAGAGAGGAUCUGGAGCUGCUCCGCCCACAUUCAACCUCUCAGAGAAUCUCUACUUACAAAGGUCAACUCAAGCACAUGGAGUUUGAGGAGAAGACAAGGAGCUCUAAAAAGGAAACCGUUACGGUUUCAACAUUCUCAGAGACCACUGAGUCUGAACAUAUAACGAGUUUUGCAUCUGAAUUUAUUCCUAAACCUGUAAAAAAGGUCCCAUUACCCGAACCACAGCUGGUCAAGUCUUCUGCCGCAGAAAAAGCUGUAAAGACUGAUGUUACUCUUCCUAAAGUGGACUAUUUGUCCAGGUAUGAGGAGAGAAAACAGGCACUCAGAUCAGAGAGAAGAUCUGUGGAGAGGAAAGUUGAGGUUGUAACACAGGCCCCCUUCAGCCUGGACCAUGCCCCACGUAUUACCAUAAGGAUGCGAUCUCACCGUGUACCCUAUGGUUCCAACACAAAGUUUACCCUGAAUAUCCAAGCCAAACCCGAACCAGAGAUUAAAUGGUUCCACAACGGGAAGGAGAUUCAUCAAAGCGGCAAGUACUACUUAACCAACAUCAGUGGAGUUUUAACUCUCCAGAUCAAUAACUGUGUAACAGAAGAUUCUGGCACAUACCGGGUAGUCUGCAGGAACACUAAAGGAGAAACCUCUGAUUAUGCCACACUGGAUGUAGCAGGAGAAGAAUAUGCUGCUAUGUCAUCAUUCCGAAAAGAUGAGGAACCACCAUCAGCUCAUCUGCCAGAGAUGACCCGAACAGAGGUCUACCAUGUUUCUUCUUCCAAAACAACUGUGGAGGAAACUGUCUCUGAAACUGUAAAAGAGACCACUGUUGUUGUUGAGGAGCCAAGGGAGAAGCGAGACAUCCCAGCCACAAUUCUGACAAAACCAACGUCCUUGACUGUGGAGGAAGGAGACAAUGCGAGAUUCGAGUGUGAUGUGGAUGGUGAUCCAGCACCUUCUAUUACCUGGGUUCGUGAAGGAACAACUGUUGCUCCCUCUGCCCGGCACCACAUUGUAUCUACUCAGUACAACUCCACCUUCGAGAUUUCCGCUGUUGAGAUGUCAGAUGAAGGGAGCUAUACAUUGCUAGUGGAGAAUGCUGCUGGAAAACAGGAAGCCCAUUUCACUUUGAAAAUAAAGAAGUCUGAGUCAAAGGAGAAAGUGCUUGCCUCUGCCAGAGUUACUUCUCCAGAGGCUAAAUCACCGUUACCCAAGUCUCCUGAACCAGUUAAAACUCCUCAAAGAGUCAAGUCACCUGAGCCAAUCAAAUCACCGCAAAGAGUAAAGUCUCCAGUCUCACCAAAAUCCCCAACACCAAAGUCCCCAACACCCAAGUCUCCUACUCCAAAGUCUCCAACUCCCAAGUCUCCUACCCCAUCUGAAAGAGAGCAAAUGAUUCCUCCAAUCAAGUCACCUAAGAGAGUGAUGUCACCAACUCUCGAAAAGAAGCCUUUCUUCUCAGCAGUACUCCGUGACAUCACUGCGUCAUGUGACUCUAUAGUCAAACUGUCUGUGAAGGUGACAGGGGAGCCCAAGCCUGCUGUCUCUUGGUCAAAGGAUGGAAAGGCAAUAUCUCAAGGUGGGAAGUAUGAAUUAUUCGAGGACCAAUGUUCAGCACAUCUAGAGAUCUAUGAAUCAGAGGUCUCUGAUAGUGGGGUCUACAGGUGCACAGCCACCAACUCUUCUGGAGCAGUGUCAACAAGCUGCAUAGUCACUGUGCAAGCACCAAAGAGCUCUGCAAUGAUCUCUGAGGAAGUCUUAAGAAAGGAAAUGAUCCAUGAGGAAAUACGUUCUUCUGUGACAGAGGUGAAGUCCUCAGAAAUUCAGAAAUCAGUCAGGGAAGGCCAUUCUCUUACUCUGAGGGCCAACAUCCAUGGGGCUUCUAACAUCAAAUGGAUUCUGAAUGGGCAAGAACUGGCCAACUCCGAACAGUACCGGUAUGGAGUAUCUGGAAGUGACCAGACUCUGACUAUCAGGUGUGUCACCCAGCGAGAGCAGGGGAUCAUCACCUGUCAGGCUCAGACGGAGCAAGGGCUGGUUCGGUGUCAGUUUAACACUGAUGUCACCCCCAAGAGCUCAGAGGCACCCCACUUCCUGGUGCAACCAAGGUCCCAAAAUGUGGACCAGGGUCAAAAUGUUAUGUUUACCUGUGAAAUUGCAGGGGAUCCUUCCCCUGAGGUGGAGUGGUUGAAAGACAACACGAUUAUAUGUGUCACUCCAAAUAUCAAGCUGAGCCGCUCUAAGAACUCGUACACUCUGGAAAUUUGUGAAGCCACAGUUGCAGACAGUGGGAAAUACACCAUAAAAGCCAGGAACCAGUUUGGACAGUGCUCUGCAACGUCAUCGCUCAACGUCCUCACUCUUGUUGAGGAACCAACAAAAAUGACUAUUGUGGAGCAAAGAGCUUCUACUGAGGACGCUAUGAGCAUGCAGAAAAGUUUCUUAGCCUCAUCAGUUCACAUGGAAGCUGCCUCGAUGCAGGCCAGCAGCUACAGCAGCAGUACCCACUCUGCUGCUGGCCAAUUUUCAUUUGAGAGCAUGUCUGCAACAAGCAUGUCUGCCAUGAAGGCUGAGUCAGUGGUGUCCAUGAGCUCCAGCAGCCAAACAAUGGGAAUGUCUGCCCAUUCGCAUGUAAAGGCACUCACCACCGGGGUUAAAAGAGGCACUCCACCGAAGAUCGAGGCUCUUCCCCAGCAUGUGAGCGCAGAGCCGGGGAAGUCCCUGUCUGUGGCAGGCAUGUUUUCUGGAGACCCGGCUCCCUCAGUCCAGUGGGUCCGCUCAGGCAGAACCCUUCCCAACGGAGAUGAGCGGUUCCAUGUGGACAACGCGGCCGACCUCUCCACCCUCAUGAUCUCUGCAGUGAAGGAGGACGACGCCGGAGCGUACACUCUCCGACUGUCCAACGAGCUCGGCUCUGACUCUGCAACCGUCAACGUUCACAUCCGGUCCAUGUAAAAAGAAAAAAAGAGAAAAACAAAUCACAUCCCUUAUUCCCAAACUUUUUAUUUACAAUAAUCUUACUUGAUAAAGAUCUGGAAUAUUCUUGUAAAUAGGAACUAUUUUUGUACCAAACUUGACGUUAAUUUAUGCCAAACUAGACUAAAGUCUAAAAUUGUAAAAUGUGCCAUAUUGGAUAACUAUGACUUCAUUUUUCUGUGACAUGUACAUAAUGUAUAUAGCCGAGUUUACCGGUUAUGGGAAAUGUAUGCAUUGUUAUUUAUGACAAUAAUAUUAACUGAAACUAAAAGAAGCUAAAAGUGGUUAACAGGAGAAAGUUUCCGCUGGAACGAAUACCCUGUGAAACUGGGAAACUAAACUCUGUGCCUCAACGAUAAGUUGAAGACUUUAAGAUUGCCUCAACAGGUAGAGAGGCUCCCUGUUGAUGUUAUGAAGCAGAAACAAAAAGACAAAGUUCUUGUUUUGACGCGCGUCGGUGCGUGGGAGUUAAACAUGAGUUGUACCGUGAGCAUAAGACCCUGAGUGCUGUUUGCACUACCCUCGUGUAAGCAGCAUGAACCGGCCUUGUGCUCAGACUGACUGUGUCGUACCACCACGAUUUGAUGACCAGCAGAGAGGGCGAGCGGCCUGCUCUCUCUGCGUUUAGAUUCAUUUUGAUAAAGAGCGCUGCUUCUGGCACAGGAUGGCAGGAUUGGCUUCACUGAAGCAACAUCUCCUGGCCAAAAAGAAAACAGGGAGUCAAAGCCAGCUCUGCUGUGCAGAAGCAGCGCCGUCUCUUGGAGGAUUGUAGCUGACGUGUUAUUGUUUUUGAGUGUGCGUGUCUGUAGUUUGUAGUUGUUUCACUUCGUCAGUAGUCAGGGUUUUUUUUUUUUUUUCUUUGUUCACAUCACUGAGUUCAUCUGUGGUGAGAAGAGAAGCAGUUAUGGUUUUACCCUGCACUUUGACUUUAUUGAUCUGCUGAUGUAGAACUUAUAUAUCAUCCUCCUUGAGUUUUACUGAUUUAAUAAAGCAUGAUUUCAGCACUAUAAAGG